GCGGGGCACGCUGGGACUCGCAGUCCCCUGGCUCUACUUCUACGUAUGCCUUGGCCAGAGCAGCUGCAGGCCGAGGAAAACUACUUUUCCCGGCGUGCCCCGCGCCGCGGCUCCGCUGCCGGGUCUGUGCCGUCGCCUCCGCCGGGGCGGAAUGUCCGAGGGUGCGGGCGUGGGGGCGGGGAGGGCGCUGGGUCUCCUUCCGCCUGAGAGGAAGAGGAGGAGGAGGAAGAGGAUGGCGGCGGCCGAGAAGGAGGAUGAGGCGGCGGCGGCGGCAGCCGAGGCCGUGAGGCGGUAGCGAGCGAGAGAGAGAGAGCUGAGAGCGUGUGUCCGAGCGCGGCCCUCCCUCCCUCCGUCCGUCCGUUUUUCUCCCCUCAGGAUGUUCGGGCGGUCGCGCAGCUGGGGAGGCGGCGGGCACGGCAAGGCCUCGCGGAACAUCCACUCGCUCGACCACCUCAAGUGAGUGUUCAGGGCGGGAGGAGGCUGUGAGGGAAUCACACGCCGGAGGGGGGAGGGGCCUCCAGGCAGGUGGGCUCAGGUGGACGCCCCUCCCCCACUCGCCUCCCAACUGCCUCGGGGGCUCCUCUCACGCGGGACCCGCUAUACGCCCCCCCCCAGGUCCUCGCUUAUACGAACGCCAGGAGUUAGUCCCAUAAUUCAGGUAUCUGGGCUGUGAGCAGGGCCGGAUUUAGGUUUGAUGAGGCCCUAAGCGACUGAAGGUAAUGGGGCCCUUUUUAUGUCCAGCUGUCCUUUGUCAACAACAAAGUGCCGCUGGUUUUUGUGUUGAAUAUUUGCCCUAUGGUAAUUUAUGGACCUAAUAGGUAUCUAAAGCCAUUUGCACAUAACAAAUAGGAGCCUACACAACACUGUUGCUGUAUGUAGGUUUUAUUCUAUUCGUUUUUUAACUUAUAGUUUGGAAAUGUACAUCCAGUUUUUCCCCCCUUUAAAUUUUUGGGGGGCCCCAAGAGAGUGGGGCCCUAAGCCAUAGCUUGUUUAGCUUAUACUGUAUGUAAAUCCAGCACUUAUGGUGUGCACAAGCAAGGUUCCUGCAAUGCGGGGGGGUGGUGAAGUGGGCUAGAUUGAAAUUGAAAUACUUUACUGUCACUUGUACAAUUUGUAUACAGUGAGAUUACACAGAUUAUACAGUGAGAUGACCCCCGGAGGGUCCCCUUUCCACUCUAGGAUUCUGCGAUUCCAUGAGCAGCCUUAUAAGUGAACCUCGCUGUUUUGUGUUCGCUUUUCUGGCAGCCGCUUGGCCAGGAAGGGAGAUCAGACAAGUGGAGGAGCGUUUUUUCACUUGCCUGCUUUUCUUCUUCUUCUUCUUCGGUUUCCCUGGGUUCCACACACCCUGAUCCUUUUGAAGUCAAGGUUGUGUUGGUCGGGAACUUGUUGGAAAUUUCCACAUAGGAAUCAGUUAUGCAAACGCUCACCUAAGGAGCAAUUCUCUGACAGCACAUUGUAUUCAGACGGCAGGACCUGUGUGCGUGUUUAUGUAUUGGUUUAUUUAUUGCAUUUCAUAUCCCGUUUCUCCCAACGACCUCAAGGUGGUGUAUGUGGUGACUGGCCCCCAAAGUCGCACCAAGUGGUCUUGUAUAUCUUUCCGUAUAAAUAUUUUUGUGUGAGAGAGAGAGGCUUUAAGAGAGAGAGAGAGAGAGAGGACACUUGAGGAAGUAACGAGGGAGAGUAAUGUGCAAUGCAUAUGCAAUCACCUUUUAUUAGUAUUUAUAGCCAGUGACCAUUAACAAUAUCAGCACAAAUUCUUACAUGUAAAAGCACCAGUGGUCCAAUAAGGCAAAGAUAAACCUCUGGAAUACAAAUAGGAUUUAAAGCAUUCAUUUGGCUUCUACAGAUACAAAAUUAGAUAUAAAAGAUUUUAAAAAUAGCAGAUAAUGAAUCCAUUCAGAUAGCAUGUACAUAAAUAUGUGUCAGUGCUAGUAUAUCCUGUAUGUGUUAUGUUUAAUAUUGGUAAAUAUGUAUUGCAUUAUUCCCACCUUUUUCUCCAAGGAGUUGAAGGUGGAGUACAUAAGGUCUUUUCUCCCCUCUUAAUUUUAUCCUCACAACAACAAGCUUGUGAGGUAGGUGAGGCUGGGCUUGAGCUUCAUGACUGAGUGGGUGAGCUCUAGCUACUACUAUCCAUGGGUGUAGAAGAGGCCUGCUGAAGGAAAAAGUUGUAUUGGGAGCUCCUUUUUUUAGCUUGGGGGAAAGUGAGUAAGGAAGGGCUAUAUGAUGAUGGUGUAUAAAUCAUGCAUGGCAUGGAGAUAGUGGAUAGAGAACAGUUUUUCUCGAUCUCCAGUCACAUUGUAACUUGUGGAAAUCCAGUGGAGUUGAAUGAUGGAAGAUUCAAGGCAGAUAAACAAAGGACUUUUUCACAUUGCACAUAGUUUAACUAUGGAACCCGUUUCCACAGGAGGCAGUGGCAGUCACCAACUUAGAAUGCUUUGAAAGAGGAUUAACCAAAUUCAUGGUGGACAAGGUAAUCAAUCUGUCUGCCCUCAGGGCCCAUCCAUACCUCAGCUUAAUGCACAUUGUUGUUGUUGUUUAGUCGUGUCCCAACUCUUCGUGACCCCAUGGACCAGAGCACGCCAGGCCCUCCUGUCUUCCACUGCCUCCUGCAGUUUGGUCAGACUCAUGUUUGUAGCUUCGAGAACACUGUCCAACCAUUUCGUCCUCUGUCGUCCCCUUCUCCUUGUGCCCUCUAUCUUUCCCAACAUCAAGGUCUUUUCCAGGGAGUCUUCUCUUCUCAUGAGGUGGCCAAAGUUUUGGAGCCUCAGCUUCACGAUCUGUCCUUCCAGUGAGCACUCAGGGCUGAUUUCCUUAAGAAUGGAUACGUUUGAUCUUCUUGCAGUCCAUGGGACUCUCAAGAGUCUCCUCCAGCACCAUAAUUCAAAAGCAUCAAUUCUUCGGCGAUCAGCCUUCUUUAUGGUCCAGCUCUCACUUCCAUACACCACUACUGGGAAGACCAUGGCUUUAACUAUACGGACCUUUGUUGGCAAGGUGACAAAGACAAUAAUGCACAUUGUAGACCUCUAAAGUGACUCCUUUAAUUCCCCCUUGUCCAUGAGGCUUUCUCCUCCAACAAUGGCUGUCCCGCGAUUUCUGCUCCCUAAAUCUGGAGAUUGCCCUAUGUUUUGUUAAUCCAAAUAGAAGAGCUCCAUCAACUGCAUAGAGAAUCUCCAGAUUUUGGGAGGAGAAAGUAUGGGACAGCCAUUGCCGGAGGAGAAAGCCUCAUGGACGGGGUGGGUGGGAAUUAAAGGAGGCACAAUCUACAUUAAACCAAGGUACGGACGAGUCCUUAAUGCCACUUGCCGGGAAGAUAGAGAGAAUGCUGUUGUGUUCAGGUUCUUCCUACUAUCUUCCCAGGGGCAUCUGGAUGGCCACUGUGAGUUCUGAAGUAGAUGCACUUUUGGCCUGAUCCAGCGGGCUCUUCUUACGUUCUUAUGGAUGGAUGGACUGACUGACUGGAGUGACAUGAUUUGUAUUAAGUUUAUGAGGUGCCUGAUUAAAAAUCAAAUUCUCUUGAUGAUGUAGACAGUAAAGGAGGCCAAAUUAAAAGGAAACCAUGCAACAGUUCAAUAAAACCAUAAAUCAAUAAAACCAACCCAGCAAUAGGCAAGAUCUAGCCAUAAAGUGCAUCAUAGCCAGUUGCAAAUUAAAACGCCAGCAGCCAAUUCAGCUAAACACAGCACAGGUUGCCAGUCCAAUUGCCAGUACUGUAUUCUGCAGAGGCAAAACUAAUAUGAAUGAUGUUAAAGGAAAGGUGCCCAUCAUAUCAGUGACCCAUCAUCCAGUGGCCUGUGGGAAACCCACAAGUAGAACCUGAAAAAUAUUUCAUAGCAUUUUGCUUUCCUCAUAUUUAUUUACCUAUUUAAUUUAUAGAGCUGCCACAUAGCAGAAGUACUCUAGGAAGCCAGCGAUGUGGUGCUAGAGUAGGACUUGGGAGAUCAAGGCUCAAUUCCUCACCCAGUCAUGACCUGGGUGACCUUGGAGUCAGUCACAGCCUCUUAACCUACCUCACAGGGUUGCUGUAGGGAUUAACUGAGGAGGGGGAUGAAAGGAAAAGGUGGGAUCUAAAUGCAAUAAAUAAGCUCUUCUGCUUACCUGCUUUAGAAAGCUGGAAGGCCAGCCAGAUGGAGAGGUCAGUCAGUCACCAACCUGGCAUACAGAGAUCUCCACAGGGUCACAACUGGACCUGCAAAAUGUGUCUAACAUGGAGAGGUGCACCACCUCUGAUACUGGAGGGAUUAUAUGGCUAUCAUGACUGAUAGCCUUCUCUAAUCCUCUUUUAAACCAUCUUAGUUGGCAUCCCUCACCAUAUCUUGUGGGAGAGAAUUCCAUAGUUUAUGUACCAUGUGAGGAAGAAUUAACUUUUGUCUGCCCUAAAUCUUCCAAUGUUUAGCUUCACUGAAUGUCCCCCAUUGGAUUCUAGUAUGUAACUUUUUUUGAAUAAGGAAAGUAGAAUACAGUUUACUGUUUUGUAUUGAGAACACAACACAUUGUGUGUGUGUAUGUGUGCAUGCGUGCAUGUACACAUAUAUUUGCAUGUUUGUAUAUACACACAUACACACACACACACGUGUGUAGUGGUUAAAGUGUUGGGGAGACUGUGGUUCAAAUCCCCAUUCAGUCACGAACCUCACUUGGCGACCUUCAUCAGUCAGUCUUACUCAGCUUAACCUACCUCGCAAGGUUGUCGCAAGGGGGGAAAAAGGGAGAGGAUCCAGCUAUAUAUCCAGUCUUCAGAUCCUGGAAGGAAAGCUGGGAUAGGAAUGUAAUGUAAUGAACAUAAUUCUAUUGCAUUCAGCUAAGUCCUACUCAGAGCAGAGCAGAGCAGAGCAGAGCAGACCACUGAAAUUAAUGGACCUAAGUUGAUUAGGCCUGUUAACUUCUAUGGGUUGACUCUACCAUCCAUUUUCACAGCACUUUACAAAGUAGGAGAGGGCAUCUCACUGACCUAAAAACAGUUACAGGGAAGAUGAGUGUUCAGGGAUGGAGGUGGAGGCAAGGGUAAAUUGAGAAAUGUUAAGAGUUCUACUUCAGUAGCAAACAACAGGCCAGUGCCAUGAGAACCUUCCAGUUUAAAAUUUGACACAAUGAAGAGGGAGGAGACGGGAAAUAGAGACAAGGAUGCAUGUUUCAUUAAAUGUAAUUAUAAUGUUGCAUGUGAGACAGAGGAGUGUGUAUGUGCACACUCCAUGAUGACCUUGUGCAUGUGACAGGCUUGUUCUGAUGUUUGUUUCCUUUUAUUUGUGGUGGGUGUUGGGUAAUACAUACAUCUAACUAAACAGUGUUAAGUCUCUUGCCUUGCUGGUUGUUUAUUUACACACUCUCUGAUAUGUAGGCAAUAUGUUGACACUUUGUAUGUUCAUUUGUAUUUAAAAGAUUCCCUCCCCCCCCUUAGAAUUAAAAAAACACCCCAUAAUAGCUUACAAAAUUAGAUUAAGACAAAAAUAGCAAUAUGUCAAUCUGGUAAAACCCUACCAGGAAUAACAACCGCAAACCAAGGAAUGGUGUGUGCAAUUAUGGUCACACAUACAUAGAUGUGUGCAUUCUCCUGGACUGUUUUUAUAUCGAUAGGCAAGUGUGUGCGUGCACACACAAACUCUCUCUUUCACUCUACAUAAAUACUUCAUAUUAUUAUUAUUAAUUUAUUACCUGCCCUUCACCUUAAGGUCCUAGGGCAGGUUGCAAAAAUUAAAACACAAUAUUAAAAGCAGUUCAAAACAACUUGCAACCACAGAAAUAAAGUGGACCCUAAAAAUAUGCAUCUUGAAUGUCAGAAGCCAAGGUAAAGAGGUGCUUCUUCAACAUUCCCCAAAAGCUGUAUCAUGAAGGUGGUAGGCGUACUUCUGUUUGUGUGUACAGACACAGAGUAUAUUAGAUAUAAUAGCCUUUUUUUUAAAAAAGCAGCUGAUAAAACAGAAGCAACUUGAAAUUAUUUAGUUGUUUUGGUGCCUGCCUUAGCCUGUAGUAUGACCGAUAAGAAACACAAAUGGAUUCCCUUCCAGGUUCUGGGAAUCAAGGUGGUGUCAGUCACACCACUGGAUUCCAAAGCAGCGACAGAUGAUGAAGUGUUUACUUUUGAGCUCCUCUCUCUUUUGACAUGCCGAUUUUUGAAACCAAUUCCAUCUUGAUAGGCCUUAGAACCUAUCUGAAAGCAGCUUUGCUGAAUUGUCAUCUACAUGAAAUCUGUGUGUGGAUUUCCAGGUUCGGUCCAGUGGGGAUAAGGAGAUUGAUGCCUUGUGUAUGUGGUGUGCACUCAGGAGGAAAAUAUAUACCCAGGAUUUGACCAUCUGUGAUCAUGAGGGUUCUGUUUUGCAUGGGUUGUAUGUGGUGUUCAGUAUAGAAUAUUUGUGUAUGUCUUUGUUUAGGACUGUAGAGUUUAGCCACCUGGCAUGGUGAGACUCAUACUUGAUUGUGAGUGUUGUAGAAGGCUGAAAAGCCACAGAGAGUCCUGUAGGGUGAAAAUAAGGAGGGUGAGCACAUGCGGAUUGAUGAUGUGGGUGCAGAGUUUGGGCAUGUAAGGCUAUGAGCUAUUUCUUUCUAGGCAAGAUUCGGAAAACAAUUCUGACACAAAAUUGUGCUGGGCACAUUGCUGACUCUUGGCCUCAGUUUUCCUUCUCUGUGAAAAAAGAGCGCCGACCCAUAUCCCUUUUCUAAGGCCUUAGUGAGGUUGAAUGACUUGCCUUGCAAGCUUGUGAGUCUCCUUUACGUGGGCAUUGAUUCACUGGGGUUUACCACUAAGAAAAUAUGCCUGGGGAUUGCAGCCUCGUAUUAUCUUGAUGCAGGAGAAGUUCUUCAGAGCAUUCCAGAAGCAUUUUAAAUAACUCCUAGUGCAGUUGUUUGUUUAAGGUGCUUCUUGAUUCAUCAGAGUCGACUGACUGGUUCCCAGAUAGCUAUGGCUGGCUGCACCAGUGUAUUGAAGAAGCCUAAAAAAAAAAAUUGAACUGUUCGUAGACAAUGGACAGUUGGAAGCACUUCACACAAGAGAGAAUGAGCUCCACUGUCUUUGAGAUGUAGGGAUGGGAACCAACUUUGAAAGCUUUGAAAAGGACUGGACAGAUUUGUCAUGAUAGCUGAGUGGAACUUUCCAUGUUCAGAGGCGGUAUACUUUGCAUCUCAGAUGCUGAGGACAAACUAAGGGGAAAAGCCAUGUCCUGCUUGCGAUCUUCCCAGAAGCAUCUGCCUAGCCACUAUAGAAACAGGAUACUGGGCCAGGUACAGCGGUACCUCGGGUUACAUACGCUUCAGGUUACAGACGCUUCAGGUUACAGACUCCGCUAACCCAGAAAUAGUACCUCGGGUUAAGAACUUUGCUUCAGGAUGAGAACAGAAAUCGUGCUCUGGCGGCGCGGCGGCAGCGGGAGGCCCCAUUAGCUAAAGUGGUGCUUCAGGUUAAGAACAGUUUCAGGUUAAGAACGGACCUCUGGAACGAAUUAAGUACUUAACCCGAGGUACCACUGUACAUCCUUGGCCUGAUCUAUCUGUCAUAAUCUACAUACUUAUAAGUUUUACUAAGGCUUUGGAUAAAUCUAAUUUAUUAUUUUGUUCAGUGUCUUAGCAAUGGAAGCUUGGAGCUUGUGUAAGAAAUGUAGCCUGCAUCUUUGUAAUAAAGUGGAUUAGAAGUUCCACAGAAAUGAAAAGGGCUAAAAAUAGUGUCAUGGUUAGUGCUGCAGGAGGUGUGGUUAAAUCUGGUUAAGUAGAAUCAUCUGGUGCAGUUCUCUUAAUUUGUCAUAUGAAAUACUGGAACUGAUUUUCUAAAUUAAAAAGAUCAGCAUGUUGUGUAGACAUCCUCCUAAAUAACACUUUUUGCCUGAAAUAGAUUUGCCAAAGCAUGGAGUACAGAUUUCUUGAGUCUUUAGGGCACAAUCAACAUCUGAAUUGUGAUUGGAAAACCAUACUGUGGUUGGUGUGGUCCAUUAUAUGGGACCUGUUGCUGUGAGCAGCAGGCUUUGAAAGCGCAAUUCUUUGGCAGACAAGUAUGUAUGGGACAGGCUCCCUAAAAGUAGAAUGUUUGUACCAUAUUUAGUUUAGUUUAAUAGCUGAUGUUGUAUCAGUUAUUGUUAAUUUUUAUUUGCUGGAAAUGGGCUGCUCUUUCCACCUGGAAACCAUCUUAAAACAGGAUACGCAAUUGUUUUUGCAAAAUAGUGUUUCAUAAGCAGGGGUGGAGAACCUUCAGCCCUCUGGAUGUUGCUGAACUACAUUUCCCAUCAAGCCCAGCCAGCAUGGCCAGAUGCAAAUUGAAGUCCCAACAGCACAGGGAGUGCCUUUGUUCAUUUGCAAGUAAAGUAGCAGAGCCAUUUCAAAUGGCCGCACUUCAACACGCUUGUUGCAAUCAGUGUUUUCAUAUCUUUUUUCUCGUUUGCUUGUCUUUCAGGUAUAUGUAUCAUGUUCUGACCAAAAAUACCACUGUGACUGAACACAACCGCAACCUGUUGGUGGAGACUAUUCGAUCUAUAACUGAGAUCCUAAUAUGGGGAGACCAAAAUGACAGUUCAGUGUUUGAGUAAGAGCUUUUAAGUGUUUGCUUUUGAAUACAGAAUAUAACAGUAUGAAAUAUAAGCUGAUACGCCACUGAUGCAAGGGAAGAAGUAAAAUGAGGGUGUAAAUCCUACCUAUGCGUACUCAGAAAGUCAGUGGUGCUAAAUCCCAAGUAAGCCCAUGCUGGACUGCAACCAUCGUAGCUUGAUUUAAAUCAGUGAUGUGCAGCCCAAUGCUGUGUUUACUUCUACAUGGGUGGGGGAACCUAUGGCCCUUCAGAUGUUGAUGACCACCAGCUCUCAGUAGCCCCAGCCAGCAUGGCCGCAGGUUCUCAAUGUCUGGUUUAAGAAGCCCCAUUAUGGUUUAAUGAGCUACAGGCUGGAUUGAGAGCUGCAGCCUCAAAUUGAUCACAAAAAAGGUAGUUUCUCAUUGGUACCUCAUGCAUUUUCUAAGCUGCGGUGGACUUAUAGUACAAACAGUAUUGUCCUGGUUCACACGCAGUGUUAAAUCAUAGUUUAAAUUUAAACUGUGGUUUACUAGGAAUUUUCAGUGUGUUUAUGCACACUGCUUAAUAUUGCCCUAUUUGCUCCUCUUCCAUUCAUGUGCUUGCCACACUGGGAGGAACAAACCAGAGAACAGGCUGAUUGUGUUGAACAAACCUUGGCUUCCAACAGUAGUGCAUUUGGAGAAAAAACACAAUUGCUGGUUCACAUGAAACGCUAAGCCUUUUGUUUUACCCCAUUGUGGCAAAGGCAGGAGCAAAUUGCACUACUGAGCAGCGUUCACUAGCAUGCUGCUCAUUUGUGUUAAACCACAAUUUACUUUAAAUGAUAGUUUAGUGUGGCAUGCAAACCAGGCCUUAGUAGGCUCUGCUUCUUUCUGGUGGUUCUGCUCUAUGUUUUGCAUCUGUUUUUGUGUGCUAUACAACUCUUCAGCAUUGCCCCAAACUCAUCCUUACCUCAAAGUAGUAAAACUUUUGCUCCAUUCAGAUGGUGUACCAUUGCCUGUUUUACAGACAGCUAAGCAUUUCAGAAGUGAGGCUUGACAUUUACCAGUCAAUUGUACCAAAUGGCAUCUCCUGGAGCCAAAGAGCAAUUCCCUGUGCCUGUGAUGACUCGCUGGCCUCCAGUUUCCAGCCCAUAAUAUAACAUGAAACCUAUUUUUAAAUCUUUACUUAUUUUUCCCAUUAAAAAAAAAACGUGGGGAAAAAAGUGCCUUAACCCAAUGGCCAUGGUUCAACACCAGCAAUGGUCCCACAUUCUUAAACAGGACUUGCUCCCUAGUAACUGCAGCUGAAAUGUUUUGCAAUAAUCCUUUUAAGGAUUGAUUGAUUUCCUUCAUGUAACAAAUAGCAAACAAAUCAGUAACAACUUUCAAUGUUGUUCUAGUUUUUUCUUGGAGAAGAACGUGUUUGUGUUCUUUCUGAACAUUCUGCGUCAGAAGUCUGGCCGUUACGUGUGUGUGCAGCUCCUGCAGACCUUGAACAUCCUUUUCGAGAACAUUAGUCAUGAAACGUCUCUCUGUAAGUAUGCAUGCCUCCAUGUUGCCUUUAACGAAAUCAGCAUAGUUUUGAUUUUGCAGUACUAAACCUUUGCUGCCUGCCUUUCUCAAGUGGGAUGGGAGGAGAGGGCUAAGGGUCCAUUUUCCCAGGUCAGGAACUGGAAGGUGCUACUUUGCUGUUCUGAAGAUUAUGAGUUUGCAACUUGCACUGGAUGGUUGUUGUGUGUCAGCUGGGCUACAAAUUAGGGCCCUGUUGGUAGAGGUAGGGAUGGCAACCAAGGCAUGGAGCAAUCCAUAGCCGUAAUCCUAUGGAAAUGGCUAUGGCUCACUUAAUAUUAUUAAAUUGCUCUCCUUGACAGUUUAUUGGGCUACACAUUUCACCUCCUUCACCUCCUUCCUACUCAUUCUAAAUCUGAUAAAGAUAACUUGGUUUUCAUAGACCUUCUAGGUUCCUGUGGUCCAGACAAACAAACAAACAAACAAACAAAUAAAAAGCCACCUGUCUGUUUAGAGCAGUAAACAGGAAGCCUUCAUUCUGAGGAGGUAGGCGGGGAAAUGGAAUAGAGACACGGAACAGGGAAGGAGUCAUGUGAUAGAAGCAUUUAAAAGUUGGUGUAUGCAACAAAGGCUGCUCCUUACAUUGGAGAAAAGUAUGCUAUUAGGGAGUUGAGGCCUAUUAUUUGCUAUGUCUUCCCUUUAAAAGGGAUCUGCUACUAGGUUGAAGUCUAGAUAAGAAUCUAAAACUAGAGGGGGAUGAAGAAACAAGAUGGCAUCAAAAACUCAUGUGCAGACUUUUGAAUGUGCUUCUAGCAGAUUGAUUUUUUAUUGUUCCCAUUGUUGCUGUCUGGCUUCUCUUUAAUCCAGCCUUUCUGAACUUGGUGCCCUCCAGAUGUUUCUGAAUUGUAGCUUCCAUCCACCACAGACCACAUGGUUGUAUUGACUGGGGCUGAGCAUCUUGAGGUCACUAGGUUGGCAGAGGCUGUUCUAAUCGGAUGCUGGAAUACUUUUAGGAAACAUUGCUUAAUAGAACAAUUUGUGUGAAUCUCUUCAUUUUUGUGCAAUUUAUAACGUUUGUACUGAUUAUGAAUAUGUUCCCCCCCUUCCCAGACUAUUUGCUUUCCAACAACUACGUAAAUUCUAUCAUUGUGCACAAAUUUGACUUCUCGGAUGAAGAGAUUAUGGCAUACUACAUUUCGUUCCUGAAAACGCUUUCUCUGAAGCUCAACAACCACACGGUUCAUUUCUUUUACAAUGAGGUAGGCAGAGGAACCCCUUUCAACUUGAAAAUAAAAAGUUGCGGCUGCAGUGGAUCUAUGAAAAUGAGGUUCUUAAAUUGGCCCUGCAGCCAAGAGGGUGGUGACCAGGCAGGAGUCAAGAAGCUAAGAUCUGUUUAGAAGGGUUUAUUUUAAAUACCCCUGCAAAAUACUUACGAAUGCUUUUCACUUUGUGAAAGAUGUAAGUGUAGUAGCAACAAAGAGAAAUCACUAGCACAUUAUACCUGAAUGAUUCUUGGGGAAGGGAGAAAUAGGGAGCAAUAUAUGAAAAUAUUUGUAUGGCAACACAAAAUGGAACAUGCGUAUGCGACUUAGCUAUACUUCACUCGGAAAAACAUAUGCAGAUUUAAAUUAACUACAGCUUAGCUAGUGAGGGGUCAGUCUAACCUAGGACUGGGAAUCUUUGGCCCCCCAGAUGUUGCUGGGUUCCAACUCGUAUUAUCUCUGGCCAUUGGCGUUGCUGGUUGGGCCUGAUGGAAUUUGAAAUCCAAUAACUUUUGAACGGCCACAGGUUUCCCCAGUCCUAAUAUAGCCCUGUACUGUUGAUGGUCUUUAAACCCAGCACUACUGCCCAACAGACUGUGGACAUUAGAAGCUAUCUCCUUGGACUCAAUCAAAGAUCUGUCCCAUGAGACACUUCUUUGGCAGUGUUGCCAUGGAAUGAAUUUUUUUCCUGCUUUUCUUUGUCCUUUAUCUGCUUCUUACCAGGAGAGGGCACCAGAGCUUAAGCAGUCUGACUUGGCAUUAGAUUAAAUGUUUGUUUUUCUGUGGAAGAGGCAACAUGUUGAUCAUUAGCUACAGCUGCUUUCACUCAGCAAAUAUAACAUUGCAAGCCUGUCUUUAUUGCAGGCAUGGGGAAUCUUCUCUGGCCAGUGGGCUAGAUAAUUAUUGCCCUGUCCCUUGUUGGACCAAACUUGCACAGGUGAGCAGAGUUUCCCACCUGUCAAGUCACCCGAUCAUCACAGUUACACAUCAGGUGGUGCUGUGCUUUGAAGCCCAAAUGGUUGGGACCGUACAUGAGUUUCGCUGAGGGGCUAGAGAGGAAGGGCUGUAUUUUUUGUAUGAUAAAAAUAAUUGAUUUUUCACUUUCUUUCCUUUUUUUUAAUAAAAAAAGGUGCUCAAUGUCUUGCGCUCCUGAGUGUUGCUGUUACCAUUUAUUGUUCAUCAUGUUGCUGUUAUCAUUUAUUGUUCAUCAGUUGCACCUUAUUUUAUUAUGUUAGCUACCUUAUUUUUCCGUCUUUAAGACGCCCCCUUGUAUAAUAUGCCUCCUAUUUUUAGGGCCUCAACAUUUAGAAAAUAGGGGGAUUGAGCUUUUGGGGAGGACCUGCAGCAGCCCACCAGGGCAGAGCGCGUGGCUGCUCUAGCCGGAGCAUGGCCGCGGAGGGGCUGCGCCGGCUUCCCAUGGCUGGCAGCCCAACCAGCCGAUGGAUCCUGGCGAAGGGAGGCGGCUGAUCAGGCCUGGAGAGAGGGAGCACAAAACAGCAAGGUACCCUCCUCCUUAAAGGGACAGCUCCCUGCCUGUCCUGGUCAAGACAAAGGACCCUGCUUACAGCCACUGUACCAUUCAGGCUUGUGCCUUCCUCCCAAACUUUUGCCUCUCUGCAGGGAGCGCUUGCAAAUCGCCGGGGGUCUCUGUCGGGGGACGCGGGGAACCAGUCAAUCAAUCUCUCCCCACCACAACAUUUGGUUCCGCUUGCUUCGCAGAAACCACUAUCAGCUCCCUGAUCGCUGCCAGCGUGAUUAAUGGCGGUGAUCAGGCAGCUGCAGCACAAGUGGCUGUGUGCUAUGUUCUGGCGGGUGAGUGGUUUUCGGGAUUCCCCCCCCCCCCCCAAUCAAGCGGCCAAUGCCGAAAAUCGCUCACCUGCCAGAAUGAAGCGUGAGCCUGAGUUUUUAAGUGGCAAAUGGCCACUUGAUUGUUGGGGGGGGGGAGAUGUCCCCCUCAGCACUACCCAUGUAUAAGACGAGCCUAAAUUUUGAACCUCAUUUUUGAGUCAAAAAAGCUCGUCUUAUACACGGAAAAAUCAGGUAAUCUGGAAAUUAUCAUUAUUUAUGACCCGCCCUUUGCCUUAAGAUCCCCAGGCAGGUUGCAGCAUCAAAACACAAUGUUGAAAAGAGUUUAAAACAAUUUACAUUUGUAUUGAGGGACAGGAUACAAAUGCGUAAAACAAAUUAAUUCCUUGGACUUAACUGUCUUCUCUUUCAGCACACAAAUGAUUUUGCCCUGUACACUGAAGCCAUUAAAUUCUUCAACCACCCAGAAAGCAUGGUCAGGAUUGCUGUUAGAACGAUAACUUUAAACGUCUACAAAGGUAGGUUUUCCUAAACCUGUAGCCUUAGAACAGCUAGUACUUGGGUGACAAUUUUUUUGUAAAUAGUGAGGCUUGAAUGCAGAGGUGAAAAUAAGACUUAACAGCUUGACAGGUUUACUAAACGAGAGAGAGAGAGCAAAACUAUGAGUGUUGCCACUUUUAAAACUUUCAUCUCUAAAAGAAGAGUUCUCCAGAAUAGUGUCCCAGCAGUGAAAAGUAUUUAAAGGGUUCUAUAGAAGUUGUGCCUGUAAGCGCCACCAGAGGUCAUUCUUUGCAAGAUCAUGCAUGCAUGAUACAUGCUGAAGAAUGUGCAAAUCGUUGUGCAAAUGGGGAACGUUAAGUUGCAUGAUCAAAAUCUCUUUCUUUGAAUGUUGCGUGUCUCUCUUUGUUCAUCAGUGAAGAAAAUGUCAGUGUGCCGUAGAAUAGAAUUGAGCAAAAUAUUUCCUGUCUCAGGAAAUAUGAGCCAUGUUUAUCCGUGCAAAGUCAUAAAAGAUGCUAGAAUCUGAGAGGGACCCAUGAAUUAGGAAUUCAUUUUGAAUGCGCUGACUUGCCUAUUGAGGUCCAACGACCAAGUUGCAAAGAAUCAAGCGAAAGGGCAGGGGGAGUACUUAGGGCUGCCCCCCAAGCUACUUCCUCUCCUUUGGAUACCAAUAAUAAAAUAAAAUGCUAAUGUGCUGAAGGAUAUGUUAAAGACCCUGAGUGUCCAAAAUACUUUAGUAGAUCCUGGGUUUGUUUUUUUCUUAGACUCUAUUGCACCAGCAAUACAGCGCGAUUUUACUGACAUUUAAGUCUGCAAAUUGAUGCAUCUCUGCAGCUCCUGCAUAAACAUUUGAACAAUGUGAAAUAACUUCCAAGCCUCUCUGGAGAUUUCAAUCCUGCAUCUCUUCUGGUCUUGCACCUGCAUUUCUCUAGGUCUUCCCUUUCCCCACCUUUCGGGAAACUCUUCAAGAAUUAAGCUGGCUAUUUUUAGUUUGAGCUCUAGCAGUUAACAUCACUAGAAAUUUCUUCUUAGAAGUGCUGCGGUUGCCCUAUAUGCGCGAUAUAUGUAAACAGCACAUGUUCCCAAGUUCACCAGAAGAUAUUUGAGGAAGGAAAAAAGAACAGCUGAUGUGUAGUAAAAGGCAGGUUUUGUAAUUGGGGGAACGUUUUAUCCACCGGUUUGAGUGAAACAGCAUAGUGGGAUCAAGUUAGAGCUAUAAAGACAAGGGCAGGCUUUGCAUUACAUGUCCUAAAUACUGUAGAGCAGAGGAUCAGGGAUGCGGGUGGUGCUGUGGUCUAAACCACUGAGCCUCUUGGGCUUGCUGUCUGUGGAACAGUUCCAGACGGGAGCUGCUGCUAAUCCCUUGCAGCUGAAACUGCAAAGGAUUCGGUGGCACGUUUAAGAGCCUUAAACGUGGCCCUCCCAAGCGUCUCAGUCUGGCCCUUUGGACUCCCUCCAGCCAUAGCCUCCUCUCUCCUCACCAGCCUUGCUUUGCAACCUCCUUGAGUGCUUUUGUUCAGCUGGAUUGUGUCCUUGAACUCCAUUAAUGCCUUUUGCUUAUCUGGAUGGAGGAUAGAGAGGGUGUUGGUGUAGAAACUAGCUCACUGUACAAAUUUAAAAUUUACAUCUGUUGCUCUGCACACUCCAGCCUUUGGCGUGUGGCCCCUGGAAGGUUGCCUAGAAGGGAAUGCGGCCCCUGGGCUGCAGUAAAAGUUUCCCCACCCCUUCUUUAAAGGCUCAUGCCUUCCACUGUGGCACACACUUAUGUGAACUAGAGCCUGCACUGGCAGGUAAUAAUAAUAAUAAUAAUAAUAAUAAUAAUAAUAAUAAUAAUAAUUUUUUAUUUAUACCCCACCCUUCCCGGUUCAAAAACCGGGCUCAGGGCAACUAACAACAAAUUUAAAACACUUUAAAACACUUAAUUAUAAAAAGCGCAUAAAAUACAGUAUAAAAACACGAAUAACAAUAAAAUUCAAAAAUCAAUUAGAUAAUCCCCAGGCCUAGCUGGCUGAAUUGGCCCUACUUGGGUUACUUGCACAGGACCCCUAAACGUGGAGGCAGGUGGAGAAAAUAGACCUUUAUGGUUUCCUGCAUUGCAGGGGGUUGGACUGGAUGAUUCUCAGGGUCCCGUCCAACUCUACAGUUUUAUAAUUCUAUGAUCUUCCCUUCCAGUGCUCUUCUGUAGCUGAACCCUGUGUCUGUUCCAGGGUGUGCUGCAAAGCAGCGGCAACAGUCCCUUUGACUUGGCCAGUGCCCUCAGCCAGCCAGUCCCGCCCCCGGCAGCACAAAGGGGAAACAGUGCCAGAGCCCCCACAGCAGAUACAUCCAUGUGGAAAAGAGUUCUCUGAAGGGAGGAUGUUUCUGACAACCGCUGCCCCCGAGUUGAGUUUGGAGGCUGCCAUGCCAUGUCACUUGGGAGGCGGGGAGUGGGCUCAAGAUGGUAGCAUGCACACAGCAUGGUUUUCUACUGCUAUCUCCUCCUAACCUCUCUCUUCUAGCCUAGAUGCUUUGUGCUUUAGCUGCUGAGCCCCUUGGAGGAUGUCUUGCCAUCCCAGUUCCUAACCCUGUUAACCAUUGUCUGUUUUUUCCCUCCCUUUCUUCACUGAUGAUCCUGUGUUCCUUAAUGCAGUGUCAUGUAAGUCUGCUAAUCACUUUGACUUUCAGCCUUAUUGCUUUUAUUCUUUCACUUUUGUCCAGUUCUCUAGAAAGUGAGAAAUGACUGGUUUCACCUGCCUGUUUUCAGAACGAUGCAGGAAUAACUUAAAUGUCACCUUAAUGGACUUGUUUAACCUCACGAGGGAUGGAAAAUAUGAUGAACUGUGAUAGAUAACUUAGGCAUGAAAUAAAUCUGGUUUGGGCUUCAGCUACUGAAAGCCAGCCUAUUUAUUGAAAGGGAUUCGUGGGUUGUAUCCAAUACUAAUCAUACUCGGAGUAAACCCAUUAAAUUAGUGGACAUGACUGACUUAGGUCCAUUAAUUUCAAUGUAUCUGCUCUGAGUAGAAUUUAUUUGAUUUGCAUUUUACUUCUUUUUCGAAAUGGAUCUUUUAAAAGAUUUCUCCCCUCCCUCUUAAGUGGACAACCAGCCUAUGCUGCACUACAUACGAGACAAAACUGCUGUCCCUUAUUUCUCCAAUCUCGUCUGGUUUAUUGGGAGCCACGUGAUUGAACUGGAUAACUGCGUGCAAACGGAUGAAGAGUAAGCCCUAUUUUCUAACUCUUGUUGUGAGGAGGGAUGUCGCCUGAUCCGAGGAAGCUUAGUCCGUUGUAUUAAAUCUGCAUACAUUGGCAUAUGCAUUAAAAGAAAACAAAAUCCCAGGAGGAAAGGGGAGAAGGGAGCUUGGUGCUAGUGGCUGUUCCAUUGUGGCAAAUGGGGCACUGCCCCACCAGCCCCCAUCUCUAUUCCUCCAAGCCCACCUUUCCGGUUAACUGCAAUAACGUAUUUUUGGGGGGAGGUGGGGGGUAAUGUAUACAAUUUUUUUUUGUUCUGUCCCCCCCCCCCACAUAGGUACUAUUUCUUUUCUUUUCAUUCUGCCUUUUUGUGUCUUAUUUUACUCUGUGCACUUGUAAUCAUGUACUUUUCAGUCUUUCAAUAAGGAGCAAUAAUUAAAAGCCUAGCUUCCUGAUUAUAACCAGCCCAGCUGGUGGGAACUGCCUUCCUCCUUCUUUGUCUCAGUGUUGUUCUUGUAGAACAGGGAGGAGGAUAGGGAUAUUUUUAUUAAUCAUUAUCACUAUUAUUUAUGACACUUAUUAGUUCCUUUUUAUAUUUAUAUUUCAGCUUAACGGCUUUGAAUGGCUUCUGUUUUAUUGUUUCAAAUUUAGCGGGGUCCUUUUUCCCCCUUCUCCCCCUUCUGUCCAAACAGACAGAAUUUCCCUUAAUGUUCUAGCAAUACACUAGCUAGCACCUUCUGACACUGACUCAGAAUUAUAUAUAUUCCUGCUGGAAAUUAGGGAGUGCCACCUCUUCCCAGCAGCUGUUGGCCCUCUGCACGGUUACUAGAGACUCUGUGCCCUUGCCCUUUGGCCAUGGGGCGAUUAACUGCUGCAGAGAAGCUCUGCUUACGAGGGAAGGGAUGUCACUCAAUGGUAGAAGCGUAUUAUUUGCAUGCAGAAUGUCCCAUGUUCAAUUCCUGGCACUUCCAGGCACAGCUGGGGAAGACUUUGGGCUGAAUCACUGGAAAGCCACUGGCAAUCAGUGUAAACAGGACUGAGCUGGAUGGGCCAAGACUCAAGAUUUGCAUUAAGAGAGCUCCCGAUGUUCCUGUGUUCCCACCAGCUGCAAUUAUAGGUGGGGUCACGACAAUCACUUUGAUCCUGUUUGAAAAGCUUUCAGUCAAGCUGACAGAGAUCUUUUUUGGACUUGUCCAAGCCAGCCAUCUCUUGUUCUCCCAUUAAAAUUCUUACAGAAUGCGUUAUAAAAAGCACAGCCAGCAGCAUACUUACUAAUUGUGAAAUAAGUCGUGUGGGACCCUGUCAUCUUAUUUUUAUUUUGUUGGACUGGAUGAGCCUCUGGGUUCUUUCCAACCCGGUGAUUCUAUGAUUCUAAGUAAGGGGCAGUUCAGGCAUGUCACAGGCAUAGCAAGUGAGCAAGAAUCGACUUUCCACUUAACGGACAGUUUAUGGGAAGAGCUCAACUUUUGCUGAGCAAAAAUGUACUUCUGAAUAAGCUGUAGGGAUGAGCACUGAUAGGUUUUUAUGAGGAAAGCAUGGCGGUGGCUCCAAGGGUGCACUUUUAAUUCUGCUGAUUGUGGAGGAACAGUUUCUCCCCAGCACUAAAAAAUCUUCAAACGGAAAACUUUGCAGGAGAGUUGGGGGUUGUAGAGGUGAGAAGAGACAGCAGAAUUCUUCCUUGACAUCAGGCAGGCCCCUUCACUGUGUUCUUUUUGAUGCCUGCUAAAAACAUUUUUGUUUAGGCAAGCCUAUAAGGACAUGUAGAAGCCGGAAUUUCAACACCUAUCUUUUUAGCUGAUAAUUAAUAAUAAUAAUAAUAAUAAUAAUAAUAAUUUUUUAUUUAUACCCCGCCCUCCCCAGCCAAGACCGGGCUCUGGGUGGCUAACAACCAAUAAUAAAAACAAGUUGAUUAAAAUACAAUUUUAAAAGAUUAAAAUACAACAUUAAAACAUUAGGAUGCAGCCUCUUCACAGGAGGAGAAAAGAAAAAGAAAGAGGGGGAGGGAAUCAAACUGAUACUAAGCCAAAGGCCAGAUGGAAGAACUCUGUCUUACAGGCCCUGUGGAAAGAAAUCAGAUCCCACAGGGCCCUGGUCUCAUGAUCCUAAUUAGCUUUUGACUGUUUUUAAAUACCUGCUUUUAGCAGCCUUUUAUUGAUAAUUCUAAUGUUCUAUUUUUAUUUUGCAAACCGCUUAGAGGUUUUUAUUACAAUCAACUCUCUCUUUUGCAGGCACAGAAAUAGGGGGAAGCUUAGUGACCUAGUAGCCGAGCACCUUGACCAUCUUCAUUACCUAAACGAUAUCCUUAUCAUUAACUGUGAAUUCUUAAAUGAGGUGCUCACAGACCACCUGCUGAAUAGCCUUUUCCUGCCUCUCUAUGUCUAUUCAUUAGUAAAUCAAGAUAAGGUAAGGCAUUAACUAUCUUUUAACAACUGAGAGGUGUCCUUUUAAUUGUUGAAAGUAGUGUUAUAGGGACUUAAUUGUCAGUUGCACCUUUAAGGCUGCCUGGAAUAAUUCUGUUGAAAGAGCAUUUCUCUUAGCUCUAAAGGUAUAACUGAAACCUUCUACUUCUUCUUUGCUAAACCUCGCACAGUUAGCCUUGUGUAACUGUUCCAGAGAAAGAGCUGCUGGUUCAUAUCUGUUACAUCACCUCAUUGUUUACAAGAAACCUGUUUGAACCCUUUUGCUUUUAGAGGAAAAUAAAGGAGAAAUGGAUUCUUGGAAUAAAUGAUUAGGAGCCAUCUGCAAUUUUCCCUGUGCAGAAGUUGCGACAGAAUUAGUGAUAGGACAUGAUUGCUCUUUUACCAAGAAACACUGAUGAGGAUGUUGUUGUUUUGUGGGCAAAUACCUGGGAAGCCUCUGCUAGGAAGGUGAUGCUGGCUGUUUCUUAUAAAACCGCUGUGUCUUUGUUGUUGUUAUUUUCCUGCUUCUUCUGAGCCUCUGGCUUUUAAUUCCCCAGAGGGGCAACUGUGUGUCUGCCAUAGACUUCAUAGCAUGCACCCAGCAUUUAUGGAUGCUGGGGGUCAACAACAGUCACCUUGACCUGCACCUCCUGAAGGCAUCUCUUUGGCUUCUGCUGGAAAUUCCAUUUAAUAAAUGAAUAUCCCGUCUUUGAUGUUGCGGCAGGCGACCUGUUGCCCCAGGUGCUGUUGGACUUCCAGCAGCCAGUAUGGGCAAUGGUCAGGGUUGAUGAGAGCUGCAAUCCAACGCCAUCAAGAGGGGAAGGGCCGUAGCUCAGCUUAGUAUGCAGAAGGUCCCAAGUUCAUUUCCCGGCAUCUCAAGGAAGGACUGAGCUGGGACCCCUGCCUGAGAAACCUUGGAGAGCUGCUGCCAGUCAGUGCAGACAAUAUUGAGCUAGAUUGGUGGAGGUUCCACAGCCCUCAUCUAAGGGGAUCAAGAUUCUCUCUCCACUUUUUUUAAAUUACCCCACUGGGCUGAGAGGUCUGCUUCAUUGUCACCCGGGGGGCUUCACUAUUUGAGCCCAAGUCUGCCCAAUCUUAGUCUGAGGCUCUAGCCUUCAAUACUAGAAGCAGAAUGCUGGAUUCAGUAAAUGGUGGUUUUGAUCCAUCAGGGCAUGCCUGAAUUUUUUUAAGAGCAAGAUGGAACUUCCAUGUUCAGGUGCAGUCUAGCUAUGGAUAAAAGAUGCUGGGAGCAGACAGCAUUGUGGGAGGGGGUGAGCUCUGGGCUUCCUGGUGAGCUCUGGUUGGCCACUGGUAGCAAUAAGGUAGUUCUUCAUUCUGCAUGCGAUCUGGCAGGCUGUGCUCCCAAAGGACCAAAUGUGGGCUUGGACACUUGUGCUGUGCUUCCCACUAAAUUGUCUGAAGCAGCCAGCUAUGUGCUGUACUCAGCCUAAUUAGAGAAACACUCAGCCACAAUCUUUCAGAUGAACUGAGACAAAUCUGUUGAGUGCAGCAUCUGUGCACAGUAUUUGCAUCCUAGAGGCAGAGAGAGAGUUGUGAUGGCUGAAGGGCUGGGAGUUAUAGUCCAAAGCUUCCCCAAAGCAGCUUGGAGAUUUUGCAGAUAUAUAUUUUUAAGUGUUUUAUUUCUGCAUUGUAAUCUGAUACUAGCUAUUAAUUGAACACACUCACCACUUUUCGCUUGACCCUUUUCUCCUUAGGGUGGAGAACGUCCGAAAAUCAGCCUCCAGGUUUCUCUGUAUCUGUUAUCGCAAGUACGUCUUUAAGUAUCCAUAGUUGGUAUUUGGGGUAUUGCUGAUAAUUUCAGGAUUUUUGCGUGUGACUCAAAUUGUAGCACCAAUAAUACGUAUGACAAUUUUGUAGUUGGGUCAUCCUUUGGAUAUUUACCAUUGCUAUCCCAUGGAUGAAAAAGGGUGAGCAGGUAGAUAGACAGGGAGAUCUAGACUUGGGGACAGUUUGCAGGCAGUGGAAAAGCAGUUAUGGCAAGACCAGGUUUACUUGGGAAAGGCUUUGCCAAGAAGCCAACAUGCAAACAGAGCAUUAUGGAACAGCCUGAAAAGGACUGCACCACUACGGACUGCAGGGGAGGCUUCUCUAGUGGACAAACAAGAAAGAUUUCUUUCAAUUACAUGCUGAAAGCUGAUUUCAUAUCUUAAUGAUGAUAGCAAUGUUCAAAUGACUCCUACGCAUUUAGCUUUUAAGUAAGAAUAUCACAUGACCUCAAGGGCAUUCCCCUGAAACUUAUAAAUAGAACAGAUAUUUUAAAUAAUUUCACCACCACCCCAGUAUCAUAGAAUCAUAAAAUUGUAGAGUUGGAAGGUACCCAAGCAUCUUCUAGUCCAACCCCCUGCAAUGUAGGAAGCAACAGAAACAACAACAAUUUUUUUCCAGGGAAUAUGAAUGAAGCAACCAAAAUGUGUACUUCAUGUGUGUUGCUUAAUUUUAGUUUUCAUUCAGUUUUUUUGUGGGCGUCUUUCUGCUGUUGUGUGUUAUUUAAGUAUAGGUUCUUGUUUAUGUAUAUAUAUAUGAAUGAAUAUAUAUAUAUAUAUAUAUAUGUAUGUAUAUGUGUGUGUGUGUGUAUGUAUAUAUAUAUAUAUAUAUAUAUAUAUAUAUAUAUAUAUAUAUAUGAUUCAUGAAACACCCAACCCACUUUAAUGGAAAGCUACCACCUUGCCAAUAAGACUUCUCCUGGUGUGCUAGCUUUCCACUGCAGGGGAUUAUUGAUUUGGAGAAGCCUUCAAAUAUGUGACACUUCUCUCCCUGCCCUCUCAAAAAAAAAAAAAAAAAGGUGGGGGGAGAGUAAAUCUGCAACUCUGCACAGCCCUGUCCCAGGACUUCAUUGUGCUCUUUUUGCAUAUUGGAAUUGGCACCCCAAAAAAUGGAUCUUGAGGGGAUUGAUAGUGGCCACCCAGACAUGUUGUCAGAAAGCUGCUUGGGGUCCUCUGAGCAGCAGUUUCUUUGUAGGUUCCAUCCUGACAUUCUGCUUUUCUGCUGCCUCUUCCCAGGUUUUCCUGAUCAUACAUCAUGCGCCUCUGGUCAAUUCCCUGGCCGAAGUUAUUCUCAACGGAGACCUGUCGGUGUUUUUUUCAAAAGCUGAGCAAGACAUCCAGAAGAGUUCAGUAAGUGAAAGGAGCAUGUGCGCCUUUGCAUCCACAACCCCAGGGGGCCCUGGGUCAGGGUUUGUGCACCUGUUUUUGUUUAGCAAGAAUCUGGGCAUGCGAGGGGGCUGCUUAAUUUUUGCAGCUUGUGGUAUGUAACAGGUGGCCAGGCCGCUUGCGUUUGGCAGACCUUGUUCUGUUUAAAAAAGAGAGAGAAGGGGGGAAAUGUUGUGAGAAUGUUGACCUGAUCUUGUAUGUGAACUGAAAUAUUAAAAGAAGAUAUCUGUUACACAUGAAAACAAUCUUGUCUUCGCAGCACAUUACCUCAUGCUACGUCUUGCCCAUUUUUCUUCAAGCGGGUUCUGUUACUAGGAAAUCUGUGGUCAGAAGCUUGUGGCCUUUUUCUGCUGCAGCAGUUUUACUUCCACCAAAGCUGUUUUGCAGAAUUUUCUCGGGCUUGAGGUUUUUUGUUUUAAUUGAUUUAUUUUGAACUGCGUCUGUGUGUGGUUGGGGAAGGUGGAGGUUACGCAGGACUAAACAUUGUCUUCUUCUUCUUUUUUUUAAAAAAAAUAGUUUUUCUAUGUAAAUGUAACCGUUCAGAAAACCGAAAUGUUCUAUUGCUAAUUCUGGAUGUCCGUUUCCUAUCAGGAGACGAGAGAAGAAAAUGAAAAAAGAUGCGCUCUGUACCUGCUUCACAAUCUGGGAACUAUAUUGUGCACUGAGCAGCGCUUGUUAAGUAGGACAGCAGAGCCCAUCGGCCCCAGCCAGCACAGUCUGGAAGGUGCUGAGUUGGCCAGGACUGCAGUACAGCCUUCAUUUAGCAAACAGAAAGUGGGCUUGCUGCUGUAGGACAGCGAGUGGGAGUGGUGUGAAGUUGGACUAUUAAGCACAGUGCUUCAGUAAAGUCCUUCACCCAUUUCUCUGAUAUAUAUUUUCUGUAUAUCCUGGUGCAUAAUUGGAAGGGGUGAAGCUAUGGCCCUGCAGAGACAAAUGAUGUAUCCCGGGGAGGCCCAACAGGUCGAUUGCGAUCUACCAGUCGAUCCCUAGGAGGUUUUGGUAGAUCGCGGUCGAUCGCUGGCUCCUCCAUCCGGCCUCUCCCUGCCCUCUAGAUCACUAUACCGGAAGACGCAGUUCUCGCUGUGAGGCUGACUGUUUCAUUAAUGAUCUCUUGGUGAAUGCUUUUUUUAAAAAAAAUGUUCCUUCACCCUGAUCAUCCCAAAAAACGGGAUUUGCCUCCCUAAAAAAAGUUCAAUAACUCUGACCUGAACCCCCCCCCCCAAAAAAAAAACCCGGACGUUCCUCCAUAAAAAAAAACUCAACAACUUAGACCUGAGUAGUUGUAGAUCUACUGCCAGUUUUUAAUUGUGUCAGUAGAUCGCAGUCUCUUGGAAGUUGGCCGUCCCUGAUGUAUCCCAUUUACUGCAUAUUACUUCAGUUGCACUCUGUGUGGGCGCCCUUGAAGAUGACUCAGAAACUUCAGCUGGUCUUCGGGGCCACCCCCAGAUUGUUCACUGGAGGCUCAGGUGGCUGAGAGUUCCUCUUUCCAGAUCUGGACCCUUUUGCUCAGAGAUGCUCAUGUAGUAUCCAGAGCGGAUUGUUGCAAUGCACUCAUGCACUCUACAUGGGGCUGCCCUUGAAGGUGACUCGGUGGUCAAAAAUGCUGCAGCCAGAUUACCGGCUACGGCUCCAUUUAGAACCCACGCAAUCCCCAUUUUAAAACAGCUGCAAUGCUUUCAAGUUAGUCCCUGGGACUAUUUUAAGGUGCUCACAUAAUAUUUAAAGCAUGAAACGACAUAGGCCCCAAAUAUCUGAAAGACCACCUCCUUUCCUACAGGCCCCGUUGGCUGUUAAGAUCAACGGAGGGGGACCUCUCAGCAGCUGCACUGUCCUCAGAUGUUUGGUGUGUGUGCAUGAUCAAGCAGAGGGUAUUAUUUUUGGCAGCCCCUAAGAUGUGCACCUCCCUCCACACUUUCACUGUAUUCAUUGAAUACUGAAAAUGCAUCUCUUUACCUAGACCUCUUGUCACUUGAGCUGUAUAUUUGUAGGACCUACCCUCUUCUUUUUGUGAUUGCAAGGGUUGAAGUUUGGGUAAUUUACAAUAACAACAGCAGAUGCCCCCACUUCCCCCCAAAAGCUGUUUGCCUCCAAAUACGAGAAACUUGUGAGAAGAAAGAGUACAGCCCGGCUAAUUUUGUGUAUGUGUGUGUUGUGAAACCUCUGCAGCAGGUGUGGGGAACCUCUGACUCUCCAGAUGUUGUUGGAUUGCAGCUGCCUUCAUCUCGAUAACUUUUGACUGCUGGCUAGGGCUGAACUGAGCUGGAAUGAAGCAACAUCUGGAGGAUGACUGCUGUGCAGUUUUUGGCAUUGAUUCAGUGGGAUGAAAUGGAGCCUUCCUCACUGUAAGAACAGAUGCUGCAGCUAUAGGGGGGGAAAGGAGAGCAGAGAAGCAAGGAGCCAGCCCUGUCUUAACGAGAGUCUUCUGUUAGUGCGAAGGGGGUAUGAGUGGCAUUUACAAGCAAGGUGUCUGAGCAGCAUGAGCGGUGGGCCUGGACAUGAGAGGGAAUGUGGAAAACAAGUACUGCAUCUGUGUCUUCUUGGAGUUUUCUUUUUGAAUCCUUUGUAGUGAUAACAGUUUUGAGUCCAGUGGUAGAAUCAUUUCAGUCCAGUAUAUCUGAAGGAGCGUCUCCACCCCCAUCUUUCUACCUGGACACUGAGGUCCAGUAUCAAGGGCCUUCUGGCGGUUCCCUCACUGCGAGAAGCCAAGUUAGAGGGAGCCAGGCAGAGGGCCUUCUCAGUAGUGGCACCCGUGGAACGCCCUCCCACCAGAUGUCAACUACCAGACUUUUAGAAGACAUCUGAAGGCAGCCCUGUUUAGGGAAGCUUUUAAUGUUUGAUGCAUUACUGUAUUUUAAUAUUUUGUUGGAAGCCGCCCAGAGUGGCUGGGGAAGUGGCUGGUAUAAAUAAGAAAUUAUUAUUAUUAUUAUUAUUAAUUAUUUUUUUAUUUUAUUUUAUUACUAUUAUUAUUAUUAUUAUUAUUGUCAUCUGGAAGCUGCCUUACACUGACCAUUGGUCCUUCUGGCUCAGUAUUAUUUACAUGCACAGGGUGUGGCUCUCCAGGGUUCUAGACUAAAGUCUUUUACUUGGAGAUGUGGUAGGAUUGAACCUGGCAACUUUUGCAUGCACCCUUCUUUCCCCCUGUUUUUUUUACACUUCACAGGAGCAGCUUGAGAGCCACUAUUUAUCCCUAUGAAUAGAUGCUCACUUUUUAUUUCCUAGUAAUUUGCAUAGCUCAGUUGUAGGGCACACUGGUGUGUAGAAAGCCUCAUGUUCAAAUCCAGUUAAGGAAAUUUGGAGUAGCAAUUUUAUUUGUGAUGCUGGAAAACCUCGGCCAGUGAGAUUGGGCAGCAGAUGUCUGUAGAAAAAACAGAACUCAUGCAUGCAACAACAUUUUUAAAAAAUUGCAUAUGUAUUUCAGUCAGGUGGAAGCUUGGUGAAUUGCACCCGCAACUAGCUCUUUAUUUUUCUUCUUCAGAGCAGCAAUAACUGUUUUCUGGUUUUGCUUGAAGUGUGCAGGUGUUGCAGAGGUGCGUGCUUGCUUUGCUAUGAGAUGUUUCAGAAACCUGAGAAGUGUGAUUGUGUUCCCAGCAAGGGGAGGUGGCACGAUGGGGUGGUCUCGCUGCCUUGCGGUUGUCUUGGGUCAGUGAGUCACGUGCCUUCACAAUAUACACCGCAUGACGUGAGGCAGAAGUCACAUUCGGCACUUACCUUCCUUCCUGUCAGAAUGGUUUCCACUUGUUUCCUGCCCGAAUCGGAUGUGGCUGGUUCCUGCUGCUUUCUGCUUAGCCUACUUUCUCUCCUUCCUGUAACCUAGAGGUGGUACUUAGCUAGCAUGGUUUGGUUUCUUAUUUUCCUAGCAGGUGUCCCAGCCCAAAUGUUAAAAAUGCAUGUUUUGGUUAUACAGUGGUACCUCGGGUUACAGACGAUUCAGGUUACAGACGAUUCAGGUUACAGACUCCGCUUACCCAGAAAUAGUACCUCGGGUUAAGAACUUUGCUUCAGGAUGAGAACAGAAAUUGUGUGGUGGCGGCACAGCAGCAGCGGGAGGCCCCAUUAGCUAAAGUGGUACCUCAGGUUAAGAACAGUUUCAUGUUAAGAACGGACCUCCGGAAUGAAUUAAGUUCUUAACCCGAGGUACCACUGUAAUACACUAUUCAUUUUGUAGGCGGAAUUUAGACUUUGCUUGAAACAAAACACAGCCGUGGUUAAGGGGAAACGCCAGCUGCAUUUGAACAUCAUGCUAAACUGCAGAUAGGAGAGGUAGUCAGCUGCAUUUAGUUUUGCUUUCUGGCUGGUUUCAAAACAAGCCAACUUCAAACCAUGGGCUGUGAAACUGGCUUGUUAAACUUAACUGCAUUUGUUGUGAACCACAAUCCCCAGUCUGGACCACCUAACAAGCUGAGACUCACAGAAAGCAUAGCUAAGUGCUCAUCAGGGAUGGGGUGCACAUGAGCCCAUGGGUAAGGCUAUCAGUAGCUACUAGCCACAAUGGCUAUGUUUUACCCCCAGUGUUGGAGGCUGUGUAUCUCUGAAUACCAGUUACUCCUUUAGACGUUGCAUGGAAAGAAGCAAUAGGCAGCUGCUGGAUCUCAAAAUUCCCUCGUCUAACCCUUGACUCCAUGCUUCAGGUAAGGAGCGAGUCGCCUAAGUGCUACCACACCUCGCUGUUUUGGACUAGGAAACCUUUUUUGGUUCCAGUUGAAGUUCUAGACACAGGAUGUUUCCAGAUGACCUGUUCAUUGAGCAUUCAUUCUGAUGUGCUUGCAGGGCGUCUAGAUGACGUCGUGUUAGAGUUAUGGCACAUUUCCCAGUGCAUUUUUCUGUAACUUUCCCUAUCACACAAGUCUGAUAUUUAGGGGAAGCAGGUUUGUUGCUCAAAACCUCCCAAUCAGCUCUUAAGCAUUCCACCUGAAUUUGCUGGUAUGUGAUUGAACUCCACCCAGAAAUAAUGGCAGCCUGGAUGUGUCCACAGUGCGAAUUCUGGCAUGGUAAUGGUUUUCCCCAAGCCGAAGUUGGGCCGCUUACAUGUUGCUGUGUGGCUCUGUAAGGAAACACCUGGAGUUGCUUUGCCUCCUGCUAAAGAGUAACGCUUACCUUUGUCAAACAUUUUAGCUCAAGACUGGCAUCAGAUGCUUCAUUAAACCUACGGAGACCUUAGAGAGAUCCCUGGAAAUUAAUAAGCAUAAGGGCAAGAAGAGGCUGCAGAAGAGGCCUAAUUAUAAGAACGUUGGGGAGGAUGAAGAGGAAGAGAGGGGGCCAGAAGACGCCCAAGAAGGCACAGAGGGCCUGUCCAAAGGCAUCAAGCCCACUGGGGAGAGUGAAGGUAAGCAUGCCAGUAAAUGAAAACCACAACCAUUAAUUCACCAAUUCCUACUGGGGGUUUGUCUUGUGCGCAUUGGAGAUAUAUUGUGUGGCUUGAUUUGCAAUGGAUGAUUCUUCUCUGGAGAACAGAACUUGUUUCCCACACUUGGUUAAUUUUGGGUUUGUUAACUCCCUAUUAUUUUGUCUCAUGACCUGAAUACUGUCAGUUGACCCUAAUAAAGGGAAUGCACCUUGGUAGCUCAUUCAGUAGAGCAUAUGACUCUUAAUCUCAAAGUUGUGGGUUCAAGCCCCAUGUUGGGCAAAAGAUUCCUGCAUUGCAGGGGGUUGGACUAGAUGCCCCUUGUGGUCCCUUUUAAUUCUAUGAUUCUAUGACGGAUUGCCUUGUGACCAAUGCUCAAUAUGGAAUUCUGCCUCAAACACCCUUUGUUUAUUGCUUGUAACACUUUUGUGAAUCAUCUAAGUUGAAACACUCUCUUGCAGAGCUAUAAAAGGUAACAUACAAUUCACCUUUUGUUUUAUGUACAUCUAUGUAAGGUGAAGUGAUGUUGUACAUGGUCUACUUUCCUUCUGUCUACCCCUCCUCUCUCUUUUAUUAAAAAAACCUAGAAUCCCUGUGAGCCAUCAUCAUGUGUUAAGUUUAUAAAUCAGUAGUUAAUAGGACCUCUUCACUGUUAAGAUGUAACAACUCUGUUCUUAAGUGAUCCUGAGUGCUCUUUCUUAAGAAAAGCAUUAUCAGACCAGACCAGCAGCCUUUGCAAGAAUUCCAAUGGGCAAUAGAUAAACCAUUAACUUCUGACUACCCCUGCACCCUCUAACAAGUACAAUCUCCCUAGAAAUGUUUCUAAAUGAGCUGCUGUUUCUCCACAGAAAUUGAGAUGGUCAUCAUGGACCGAUGCCAGUUGUCUGUCACUGAGCAAAACAUCACGGAUGAGGAAAAGAGCGCAGCUGCUUCCGAAAUGUCAAACUGGAACAGGUACGGGGGGAGAUUUGGCACUGUCAGCCAAGCUCCUACUUGAACACUAGGUUCUCCGAAUGAUGCUGGGACGCCCAGCUUCCACUGUCUCUCACUCGGGCCAUUCUGGCUGGGGCUGAUGGGAGUCGGAGUACCACUUGUAAUAAUCUUUCCUGCUUUUCCUCCCUCUGCCAAGCUGCUAUUUUAAGUAGUGCUGCAGCUGAAGGCCAACUUGAGGCCCACGUAAUGUCCAGCACACCUUCUAGUUUGAAGUGCUGCCUCUUGCAUUUAAGCAGCCUGGUGUUAAACGACGCUCCUGAGUCUCUGAAUGGAGCAGUUCAGUCCCCUUCCUGGGAAAUCUACGCAGUGGGGAACCUCUCCUCUUGCCCUUUGUAAAAGCAUUGUGUACAUUGGGGUGUGCUUUAGUUAUAAUUUGUAGGUGUUAGGGUCCUGAUAAAUGGCUUCUGGAGUGUUCCCCCCCAAAAAACACUCAUCACCCCCUUUCUUCCAGGCCUUUCCUUGAGAUGGUGUAUAAUGCCCUGGAAUGUGCUGAAUUUGAUUACUACGCUCUCUUUGUGCUGUGCCUCCUGUACGCCAUGUCUCAUAACAAAGGUAAGACUGAGCCCAAGAGUGGAGUUUCAACUUCCAUCAGCUCUUGCCAGCAUGGCCAACCCUUGGAGUGUGAUUGGAACUGUAGGCCAGCCUUUUCAGGGGUGUUGUAAAAAGCUCAUGAUCUGGGUUUGGUCAUAAUGGAUUGGUCAAAGCCAGCACUUUGAAUUGGACUUGGAAACUGAUUGGCAGCCAGUGCAGUUGGGCCAGGAUCAAUGUAAUAGGCUCAACCCGUCUUGCCCCGGUGAGCAAGCUGGCCGCUGAAUUCUGCACCAGCUGAAGUUUCUGGACCGUCUUCAGAGGCAGCCCAACGUUGCAGUUAUCUAACCUCGAUGUUACUAGAGCAUAGGCAGCAUAAGUUAGGCUAUCCUUGUCCAGAUAGGAGUGCAGCUGGGCCACCAGCCCAAGCUGAUGGAAGGCACUCUGCGCCGCCGAGGCCACUUGGGCCUUGAGGGACAGCAAAGGAUCCAGAAGCAUCCCUGCCACUUCUUUAGAGGGAGUGUAACCUCACCACUAACAGUGCCUCAGCCUUAUCUGAAUCGAGCUUCAGUUUGUUGGCUCUCAUCCAGUCCAUUACCAAGGCAAGACAACAGUUCAGCACCUCCACUGCCACACCUGCAGGCCUAAAGAAGAAGUAGAACUGUGUGUCAUCAGCAUUUUGCAGACAAUGUAGAGAGUCACGAACACCUGAAACUAUAGACUGUUGAGUCAAACCCACUGAUCCAUCUAGCUCAGUACUCUCUAGGCCAGUAAUAGAGAGUCUGCGGCCCUCUAAAUGCCUUUGGACUUCCAAAUGCUCUUCAGGCACAGCCAGUUUGGUCUGUGGCCAAGGAUGAAGGAAGUUGUAGUCCCCACAACACUAAAAGGAUCACAGGUUCUCCAUUCUGGGUCUGGCAGCUUCUCUUUGAGAGGUCUUUUACUCCUCAAUCACGACCUGAGAUCCUUUUUCAUUGGAGACGUCUGCUGUGGAACCACAGGGUUGGCUUCCUUGGGGGACCCUUGUUGGACUAUAUCUUCUAUCACCAGGCUUUGGCCAUGGUGGGGCUAAUGAAAGCUGGGAUCCAAAAAUCAGCCAGCAAAACACAUGUCCUCUGAGCUGUGUAUUGUCCUCCACAGAUAGGGAGGGGCUGGCUUGAUCUAAUCCAGACUUUAGCUUUAGAAUUCAUGGUAAGUCCUGAGCUUUUGUGUGGUGAAGAGUGGUUUUGUGUGUAUAUUGGAUUUAAAAAAUCCCUGGGAAUCUAUGACAUAAUCUGUUCUUGCUUACAUUUUUCCCAUGGAUAUUAUUUACAGAGUAUCGUGGUAGUUGAGCUGCAGAAAAAAACAGUAGAAUUUUCAGAACAGUGUAAUACUCUUUUCUUGUGGGUGACCCUCUCCUGAUUUUUAUUUAAAUAAACAUAUGUAUAAAACAUCAGUUUCACUUCAUAGGUGUUCUUAAGAUUGGAGCAGCCAGUCCCUCAUUUGCGCAGUGUAGGUUGAAAAUGAUUUUACUGGCAAUGCUUGGCCAGUUGAGUUCAGGAUGGGUAGGCAUUAAAUGGAGAGGAGCAAAUUGUCCUGCUUUCAUGACGGAAAGAUUUCUUUGGCUAUGUAUAACUACGACAAUCAGCUUUUUGUGCACAGGGCUUAAAUAUUACAAAAGGUUCUUACUGUACCAUGCAUUGUCAAGCAAGGAUGGCAUUUUGAGACAGCCUCUUCUGAGAAAUUGGCUUGCUGCGUUACAGGAACAGCUUGCUAUAUUAUCUGGCUUUAAAUUACUUGGAGGCACAAACAAGCCAGUAGUUCCUUCUGUCAGCUCCAUUCCCCAAAAUUUGUGCAUGCCUACGUGCUGUGCUGCAAUGGUUGUCAACCUCUUCAGGUCUCAGGACUCAAUUUUCACCCCAGCCUUCUGCACAACACCCCCUUUCCCUGUUACUUCUGUCUGUCUGCUUCUUUCUCACUCACUCAACUUUCCUGAUCUGGUUCCAGCCUCCAUCCCCGUUUUUCUGUUUGCCCUCCCUUAUCUUGUCACUUUAAAAAUAAAUCAAUACAAAAACGGUGCUUAUGCCCCCAGCAGUGUUAGAAACUCAGAUAUAUAAGCUAGGUGCCAAAUGGCUCCUUAAACCAGGGUUACAGUUGGCGAAACCGAAUGUCUUGUUGCCAUUUUGAGGCCAGACUGCUCGAAAGUCAUAUUUUUCAAGGUGAUUUUUUGGCUUCUGAAAUUCAUUCUGUUUGUGCAGAUAAAAUAUAACAGGUAGGAUUCUACAGUCAAGAUCCAAGGAUCCCCUGGUAGGCACCUCCAGAUGGUGGAGACGUCAGGCGCCAUCCUGGUGCCCGCGCAUCGUCACUUGGUCGCAAGUGGCUGAUAGGCAGGUGCAAAAUGUGCAUGACGAAUAUCAAACGUUGGCCCUCAGUGUGACUCACCUGAGGUUGGCCUACAACCCAUCAUUGCAGCCUUGCUUAACCUUGUGUUCUGCAGACAUUGGACUCCAGCUCCCAUCAGCACCAGCUAGCACAGUCAAUAACCAGGGAUGCUGGGAGUUAUAGCCCAUCAACUUCCAGUUGGGAAAUGCUGUGCUAUUGGGGUCUGACACACCUUCUCAAGAACAUAAGGAGCUGCAAGGAAUAGCCAUGGUUGAUUCUUUCUUUCCCUGUUGUGUUUCUGCAAGGAGUGGAGAACCUUCUGGAGCGGGAAGGCUCACCAGCUGCGAUCAACUUAACACAGCUCUGCUGGGAAGGGAAGAUUAGGUGGGGUUGUUGGUGAGGGGCAGGGCGAUAUCAACAGCCUCACUUAGCAAGGGAAGGGAGGGAGGAGGCUGGAGGAGGCAGCAAGGUGGGCUGUGCAAGAGGACAGCCAAAGAGGUAGGAGCACCCCUGAAAAAAGGAGGUUGAUGGGGGUUCCGGGAAGCUCCCAUGCCUGCUAGGUAAGAUCCCAAACCUCUCUCCAGCUUCACUCCAAAGCAGUGUCCUUAAUGCCUAGUCAGGUUUCCCCUGAAUGAAGGUGCAGCCACCUGGGGAAGCACCUGAUGAAAUUUGAGACACUAGAGGAAAAACAGGAGUUGGAAGUAGCCGUACCAGAGCUUGGGACACCACAGUAUUCCUAUUAGAGAAAGGAGUGGUCUAGGGCAGGGGAACCCUUCUUUCUUAGGUUAGAUGCUCUUCACUGCCUUAGGUUCCUUUUCUUUUGUGUGGCCUGCCUGUCUUUGAAGUAACAGCAGCAUCUCACCAAGGCUUUUAUGUUGUGCUUGCCUUGUUCUGUCGAAUAGCAGCCUGCCGUGCUUAAGAUCAACAUAUACUACUGAUGGUGGGGGUCGGGGUGGAUUCAAGGUGCUCUAACCUCUUGGUGUGUUGAAAAGACUAGUGGAUCUUGAAACUGGAUCAGGGAGGCCCAGAUCUAACUGGCUACUCAGUUGUGAAUCUCACUGGGUGCCCUUGCUCACCCACCUCCAACUCUUGUAUAUCCCACAUCCUCACUCCUUUUGCUGCAUUGCUGGGUCAGGAUAAAACAGGGUGAUUCCCCGUGUACACCGCCACCCUGAGCUCUUUGCAGCAAAGGCUGAGAUACAACUGUGAUGAAUCAGCAAGGGUUAGACCUGAUCAAGCUUGUUAUGCUAGUGCCGGCAUCCCCAAACUUGGCCCUCCAGAUGUUUUGGGACUACAGGUCCCAUCAUCCCUGACCACUGGUCCUGUUAGCUAGGGAUGAUGGGAGUUGUAGUCCCGAAACAUCUGGAGGGCCAAGUUUGGGGAUGCCUGUGCUAGUGGAUUCUUAAACCACAAGCCCAUAGGCUCGUAUCCAGCUAAGCCCUACUCAGAGUUGACCCAUUGCAGUUAAUGGGCCUAAGUUAGUCGUGUCCGUUAACUUCAGCUUUGAGUAGGGCUAGCAGUUGGCUGCAACCCAUAGACUCUGUCAUGGAACUGCACUAUAUGAUAUAAACAAGCAAAGUUGUCUGUCUAGGUUCCAGCCCUGCAGCUAGACUGGAUUGAAGACCUAUAAACCCCAGACGAUUAUCUCCAUUCACAAGUCUUGGCAUGUUACUCAAAGUUUAUACAUAGAUCUUCGGAUAGAUGAGUGAGAGCCUAGCCUUAUAUCAGAUAUAAUGCCAGAAUCAUUCCUAAAUGCAGGGAAAGAAAUGCUUUCCUCUUAGCAGUUGGAUUAACAUGUUAUUUUAGUGAGCUGCAAACAAGCAUCUUGAUACGUUGAGACCAGUCUUUGGCCCCCAUCUGCACCAUGCAUUUAAUAAUAACAAUAAUUUUUUAUUUAUACCCUGCUCUUCCCAGUUCAGAAAACCGGGCUCAGGGUGGCUAACAACAAAUUUAAAACACUUAAUUGAUGCAACAAAAAACAGCAUAAAAUACAGUAUAAAACGUGAAUAACAAUAAAUUCAGAAUUCAAAAAUCAAAAAUCAAUUUAGGGGGAGUCUCAUACCUCUUCAAGUAGUUGUGGCUCCUCCCAAAGAAUCCUGGGAACUGUAGCUUAUCAAGGGUGCUGAGAGUUGUUAGGAGGCUCCCUGUUCCCCCUGUACAGGUGCAGUUUCCAGAGUCCCCUGGGAAGAGGGAUUAAUUGUUAAAGCACUCCGGAAUUUGUAGCCUUGUGAGGGGAAUGGGGACUCCUAACAUCUCUUAGCUCUUUUAACAAACUACAGUUCCCAGGAUUUGGGGGAUGCCAUGGCUGUUUAAAGUGGUAUGCCCCUGUUUUAAAUGUAUAGUUCAGAUGGAGCCCUAGCGGAAUAUGCUUUACUCAGCCUUGAAGUCUUUACUAGAGCCUGGAUAGCUCAUUUGUUUAGAGCAUGGUGCUGAUAAUGCCAAGGUUGCAGUUUCGAUCCCAAUAUGGGACAGCUGAAUAUUUCUGCAUUGCUGGGGUUGGACUAGAUGAUCCUCAGGGUUCCUUUUAACUUUACACUUCUAUGUUCCCAUGGUUCUAUUGAGAGUUCUGAUCAGUCUUUGCUGGCCUAGCACAAGGCACCUUCCGCCUGUUGUGGGAUUUCAACUUUCCUUCCAACUGGGUGAGAUACUCUUUAGGGUUUGUUGCUGGGAUCAAGACUUAGUUUGGAGGAUGUGUUAUCAUUGCUGUUAUCUGGCUUGCUAAAAGACCACCUGGGCGGAGGACAGGUGAGGCCUGAUCCACUCAUUCUACUCCUUUUAAAAAUAGUUGCUGACCAGGCAGUGCCCAUCAAGGCAGUUUUGUAACCCUGGCAGUGGUUACCAAGGUUGUUAUCAAGAUUUUGCUUUGGUCUUAUCAACCCAGCAAAAUCAGGGAUUGGAAGUGUCAAGAAAGCGUGUCCCUGGGAGAUCUCCGGUGCGGUUGGGUGGUUGAAUUGGUGAUGUUGAUCAGGGCAUUUUGUGCCUCUAAAGACUUAUGGGGAGCGCUGGGAGGAUUUCAGUUGCUUUUAACUUUUUGUUUCUCACUGCCUCCUCAUCUUUCAAAAUCUAUGUGUGGGUAACUUGGGAAACUGGUGCUUUCCCAAGGCCUGGCUGCCUUUCUUAAUUACUGGCUUCUUGGUUCCUUGGAAGUGCACUUUGGCAAACUGUCACAUAGCUGCAAUAAACACUUUUUCUGUCUUCAUAGGAAUCGAGCCAGUCACGCUGGAGAGAAUUCAGCUCUCGGCACUGGAUGCUGAAGAGAAGACCUCGUACAAUCACGUGCUCGCUGAGAGACUCAUCAGGAUAAUGAACUAUGCCGCUCAGCCAGGUAGAGGGUUUUUGUCUCAACUGCUGCUCUUUUACUUGCGUUAAAAAUGGUUGAGAACGGCAAGGGGCAAUAUAAAAUAUUUAAAUAAUUGAAGUAAACACCUGUUGUUGUUGUUGUUGUUGUUGUUGUUAAUAAUAAUAAUGACAACAACAACAUUAUUUGGCUAAAAGAGGCUCUCGGAGCUGCUCAUAAAUAUCUGUGACAGUCCCAACCAUCAGGUUCAUGGUCUUAGGAGAUACAGUCAAACCUCGGUUAAUCUGCUCCAGAAGCCCGUUUGGCUUCCAAAAGUUCAACAACCGAGGCGCGGCUUCCAGUUGGUUGUAUGGGGCUUCCUGCACCCUAGCGGAAGCCGCGUCAGACAUUUGGCUUCCGAAAAACAUUCAAAAAACGGAGCAUUUACUUCCAGGUUUUUGGUAUUUCAGGAGCCGAAGCGUUCCAAAACGGGGCCGUUCGAGAACCUAGGUUUGACUGUACAGUGGAACCUCGGUUUUCAAGCAUCUCAGAAGCCAAACAAUUCGGAACCUGAACGCUGAAAACCCAGAAGUAAUUGCUUCCGUUUUCAAAUGUGCCUCAGAAGUCAAACAGCUUCAGAGGCACGGUUUUUGUCCCCCCCCCCCCCGUUGACUUUGCAGCCAGCCCUUUGAUCCUUGGUUUUCGAAUGUUUUGGAAGUCGAACAGUCUUCUGGAACAGAUUAUGUUCGAAAACCAAGGUUCCACUGUACAACAGGGGGGAAAAAGAGAUGAGGGGGGAGAAUGCGGAGGCGGAGUUAAAAGCUCUUAGUUGUAAUGGUCUCAGUGAAUCGUUCUGUUAAUCUCUAGAGAGCGCGGCUGCUUUGGCCAAAUUGUGGGUUUGGGUUUUGUUUGGACUAAGCUGGAUAGGCUUCCACACUACUGUAGAAGAGAAACAACAGUUCUUCCCCAGUUCUUUCCCAUGCUCCAGUGUUUGUUUGAGUGCAAGAAGUGUUUUGCAUUUUGUACUUAAAACAUGCCACAGUGCUGAGAUACUUGAAUUUGACUAGUGGUGCUAAAGCGCUGGCCCGUAAAGCUGAGACGUCAGCAACUUGAUCUCAACAAUCUCUAACUUUUUCCUGCCCUCCCCCCCCCCCCGCCCAACAUACAGAUGGGAAAAUUCGCCUGGCUACAUUGGAACUUGGCUGCUUGCUACUGAAGCAGCUGGUGAUGUCCAAACAUGGUAGAAUUAUAAAGGAUGUUCACCUUGCCUGUUUGGAGGUGAGUGUUUGCGGGGUUUGGACACCUUUUUCCUCUUAACUGCUGGUAUGUAAGUGUCAAAAUUUCUCUGAUUGCUAACAGUCCAUCUUUACGAGUAGAACCCUGUCAAGGCAGCACGCAUAGUAAAAAGAUGAAAUGAAAUUUCCAGAAUACGUUCAUUUUUAAAAAAAUCUAAGACUUUUUUUUUUGCUAGCUGUUCUCUAAACCAGUGUCUGAUUGGGCUGGAAUCCAUGCCUUAGUACAAGCAGAACUGAGAGCAAAGAGUUAGGAGUCGAAGAAACUGCUACAGCUCUGUCACCAGGGUGUGCCGAAUCUCACUGCUUUGUUCCACAUCAUUCCAUUGGUCUUUCUGGUCUCAUCAUGGUCUUGGGAAGGGAAGGGGUAAUUUCCCAGUCCUGGGAAAAUUUAAUCAGUGAUGCUAGGGAUUGAGCCUGGGACUUACUUAUUUUAUUGUAUUUAUUAGAUUUCUAUACCGCCCUUCAUCACAAGUUCUCAGGGCUGUUCACAAGAUAAAAAUACAGGGCAAAAGCACAAAUAAAGAGUUAAAAUGAAAACGACACAAUGUAUGAACAGCAAUAUGUGGGCUGUCACUGGGUUACAGUUGCUAUUGGUACAUGUUAGCACCUCCUUCUUAAUACGGGCAACCCCCCUGUUUACACAUGUCCAACUGUGUGCAACUGUGUGUACGCACAUCGCACCGAACUCAGAAAUGUAAAUGUCACUGAAAUGUUGCUAAAAGGGCAGAACGGGGUAUUUGCAGGCUUUUUUGAUAUGUUUCAAUUACCGUAUUUUUCGCCCUAUAGGACGCACUUUUUCCCCUCCAAAAAUGAAGGGGAAAUGUGUGUGCGUCCUAUGGGGUGAAUGCAGGCUUUCGCUGAAGCCUGGAGAGCGAGAGGGGUCAGUGCGCACCGACCCCUCUCGCUCUCCAGGCUUCAGGAAGCUAUCCGCAAGCCUUGGGAGCCCGUGGGAGUUCCCGCCGGGCUCUCUAGGCUUGCGGAAAGCAGCCUGCAUCCCGAAGCCUGGGGCGCGCUGAGCAGCCCCCCCCCAAAAAAAAACUAGGUGCGCCCUAUAGGGCGAAAAAUACGGUACAUGCAAUUUCACUGAUGCAUGUGGUGCCUUGGAACGUAACCCCCACGUAAAGGUUGGGGGCUGAACACGUUAGAACCUUUCUGAAGCAGUCUGGAUUCUGCCCAUCUCAUCAGGUAGGGGUAGCUGACAUGGCGCCCUCCAUAUCUUGUUGGACUCCAACUCUCGUCAUCCCGAUCAUUGGCUGCACCGCCUAGGGCUGAUGGGAAUCCCGCCCCCACCAAGUUUGCCACCCCUGCACUGGAGAGUGCCGUGAGAUGUCCUUCUCUUUCUUUUAACUGGCUUUCCAGGGGGGAAGCAAUGGUAUUGGGGAAAGACAUUUGCUGCUUUUAAAGCCUUAUUGAAAGCUGCCCGCCACAAAGUAGAACUGAGCUGUAUCCUUUUCUUUCUAGGGCGCGAGAGAAGAAAGCGUUCACUUGGUGCGGCGUUUUUAUAAGGUACAAUAUUCUCAUGCUUUCUAUGUUUCCCUAACCUCUGAAUACAGGGGAAGAUAGAGGGAGCAGGGAACCUUUUAAAGUACAUGGUUGCCUUUUCGUAGCUUAAUAAGACUAGAACCUAAGACAUCACUUACUGGACAGGAAUUACAUGGUGCUUUCACCAGACUCUGGUAAAGCCAACAUGGUGGACUCCUCUAGAAAAUGUUGGACUACAACUCCCAUCAUUACUGGCUAUCGGCCAUGUUGCCUGGUGCUAAUGGGAGCUGUAGUUCAUCAGGGCCUACAGAGCACCAUGAUAGUUAUCCCAAUCUAGACCAAGGGUGGGCAAUUCUGAGGGCCAAUGAGCCACGUAUAGUCAACAACACCAUCUCUGUAGCCUUUGAAGUCACCUCAUGCUAGCAGGUUUCUACCAUAAACUAUACUGGUUUAUGAGCACAAAACGGAAGUGCUGCCGCUGCCUUCAGCUAAGUUUUUCUGGCCCCUGAGACCCUACCUAUUUUGGUGGCGGCGGCCAGUGACUGGGGUCCUUUUGCCGCUGCCGCUGCUGCUGCCUUGUAUGUGAGUCGACCCUUAGCUGACUUCCUAUUUAAAGGUCUGGAAGUUUAUAAACAGGAAGAUCAGCAGAAACGGCCUCUUUGCCAGGCACUCAAGCCGUUUUGUGGCGAUGACCCAUUUCCAAAGCUGUUUUGUUUAAUUGAGGCCAGGUGCCAUGUUUUUCCACAUGAGGCAAAUCAAGCAAGGCACCCACCAGGCGUUUAGGAAUCGCAGCCUUGACAGGGGGAGAUAAAGAGCUGGCAGCUUAUCCAGAUAAAGGGAAGCUGUAGCUCUUUUCAUUCCUAGUUUGGUCAAAAGUGGUCCUUGAAGAAUGUGGGUAAGGUGGGAAGUUUUAAGACCAUCAUAUAAUGAGAAGCAGAGGGAAUGUUUAUGGAGGGGCAAAUGCAUUCCUCUUGUUUCCUUUUACAGGGUGAAGAAAUUUUUCUGGAUAUGUUUGAAGAUGAAUACAGAAGCAUGACUGUAAGUAAUUCAUGAGAUGGCCAUGUGGAUGGAGAGGGGCAAAAGGGAAUGUUAACAUGUCUGAUCUUAGAGUACCACACUUUAAAAUAAUAAUAAUCUGGAGGCUAAACAAUAAUUGUGUGCACACAUGUGUAGAAAUGUUAAAAUACUCAGAACUCAUAGAUUUAUAAUGUGUGAAGUUAUCAAAAUUCCACAGCAUUUGCUUAUCAUACAUAACAACGUCUUAGACAAGGCAUGGAAUAUCAGCACAGUGGUAAAUAUGGCAAAUUAUCAUUUGGUCUGACCUAACAGGCUUUACAAGAUGGAAAAGUUCCAUGUACACAAUUUUUUGUUGUCUGACGUAGUAUAGUUAGCUAGUUUUUAACUAUUAUUAUUUUAAUAGUUAGCUACUUUUUAACUAUUAUUAUUUUAACAACCUUUCCGCAGGAAGAGGGUGGGGAAAUAGUAUUAAAGGUACAGUUGAUUUUAAGGUUGCGCUUGGGUUUAUGUCACAUGUUAAGUGUGAAAUUCCUUUCCCAGCUUAAGCCCAUGAAUGUCGAGUACUUGAUGAUGGAUGCCUCCAUUCUGCUGCCGCCAACAGGAACCCCUCUCACUGGGAUUGACUUUGUGAAGAGGCUGCCCUGCGGAGAUGUGGAAAGAACGCGGAGGGUGAGGUUUUUUUAAUUCAGCACAUUUUUAUCCCCCUUUCCCUCCCUCAAAUGUGCUCAGAGGUGUGGGUGUGUGAAGAAGCCUUCCCCAAUCUGGUGUCCUUCAGGUGGCUGGGGCUGCAGUUCCCAUCAGCCCAGGUAACUACUGUUUCGUAGAAUUCUUCAGUGUGGUGGGUGGAUAUAUAAUUGCUUCAAAAACCCAUCUUAUUUCGAAUGAAUAUAUGUAAAUGAAAAUAUCAAAUGCUGUGGAACAGUGCUCAUGUAAUAAUGAAGAAUUCUACGAAAGAGUAGUCAAUAUCCGGAAUCACUGUUCAGUGUUGGACAUCAUAUUGGCUGAAUACACAAAGCUUCACAGCUUGCCUUUCAUCGUACAAAGUCUGGUACCUCGCUUCAUUUAAAGAUUUUCAGAGACUUUUAGACUAAAGAUUUCAUUUUGGACUUGUUAUGGUUUGAAGGAAUUCUAUAAAAGAUUGUCUAUUGAAUAGGUACAUGGUCAUCGUGUUGCCUAGACAUUGCUGACGUUCUCUUUGCAACACAGGGGUUUGUUUGUCACCUCUGCUUUCCAGCCUAUCCUCUUAAGAGCUGGCAUAGGGCAGAAAGGACUGUGGCUGCACUGCCCUUGGCAUCCUUUCUUCCUGUAGAAGCUGCCAUGGGGACAGGAUCAAGGCAGCAAGCCUGUGUUCUCUUUCCCCCAGUAGUUUCGUUGUGUUUUUUGCAAGGCUUGGCUGGGAAAGAGCUAAGAGAGUGUUGGUAGCAUUAGUCGCUGCCAUGCCAUGGAGUCCUGUUGAUUAACCAGAAGGGAGAAAAGAAAGCCACACUUCUUACUCUCCUAGAAAGCCCCACAUUUGCUACAAAAUUUGGGAGCAACACAUCCAGCUGUUCUGACAUGGGUGUGUGUUGGGGUUGAUGAUUGCUGGCAUUUGACUUCUUGGUGCAAUCAGGCCCUAGAUAAACAAUAAGCCAGAGAGUUACAGAGGUGUCCUCACCACCACCUAGAGAUCUUUAGAGAGGUCCCAUGUUGCUCUUUGCACAACAGACAGGUUAAGCACACCAUUUACAUUUUCCAGUUGCUUCUUGACACCUCUCUGAUAACAUCCCCAGAAGUGAAGGGAGGAUCUGGAGAUGCUCUGAAAAAGAAAACUCUUCUGUUUGUCCUAGUAGGGUUUGUUUGUUUGUUUCUUAAGGUGUUUGCUAGAUCAGCAAACCAUGUUCUUCUGACUGUGAGGCUCCUGGUGAGCUGAACAACCUGUACUCAAAUAACCUUCCGUUUGGAGCUCUAGCUAGGAAAUUGAUUUGUUUCAUUUUCUGCAGAAAACACAAUACCACAUAGAUGUGCUUGCUUCCGUUGUAUUGAUGGCACACUCCAGUUUAGGCCGCUUUCAUCCUUUCAGCGUACAUAGAAUUGCUGUAUCUUCAGGGAGGAAGAAAUGAAUUAGCGACAACAUCUUUUUUUUCUUUUUGGUCUUGAGAACUUUCUUGGAAAUACCAGCAAUCAAGACGGCCUUUCUAAGCUCUUCUGUUUAUUCUGCCUUGUCACUUCGAGACACAGGAUGUAUCUCUUAUCUAGUUUGCUUGCACUUCUUGGAAAGCCAGGGACCCUUAUUCCUAGAACAGAACUUUGAUUCCUUUUGAGGCACUUCUGAUUAGCUAGCAGAGUUGUUUUCUGAAGUUCAGAAACACUUUUUUUCUUCUUCUGUGUGAGCCUUGGGCCAAUCCAUCCUGAUUUCCAAAGCUAAUGCGCUUAUCUUUUAAAGCAGGCAAAGCUAGACCAGCUGUUUGAAGCUUUCUCCUUUAACCUGUCAUCUCUCUGCUGAAACAAGUGGUGGUGGUUGCCUUCCUCUUCAUGCCCAAAAUUUGUGCUUAAAAACAAAGGUUGCAUUCCAAGGAUUCAUUUCUUUUUUUAAAAAAAAUAUUAUUAUUAUUGCAUUUUGUCUAUAGAAAGCCACAAACCACUUCCUUCUUGUAGAGCCCUUUAGGGCUUAUUGCUUUGACUGACACAGGCGAAUGCUCCAGUUGCCCCCUUUCCUAAGUAAAAAUGAGCCUGGCUGAGGUUAUUCAGGCUCAAUUUAUGAUGCGAGGCUUUCACCAGAAGGUUCUCGGAAACUAGAAUUGGUUUCAGAGGCAACCGCCAGGCCUGUUAGCUGCAGAAAAAACAAGGUUCAAUUAAAGAAAACAAACAAACAGGUUCACUGGCUGCCAAUGAAUUUCCAGAUACUGCCAAUGAAUUUCUAGAUACUGCUGUUGAUUUUCAGAGCCCUAUAUAUUAUCUGGAUACAGAAAGCAUAAAAAAACUACACUCUCCUGCAAAAAAUAGGAAACCUACUCAUAGUUAAAGAUAUUCCCUGGAGUCCCUGUAGCAGGUCCCUUCAGCAGACCCUUCAAGUAAACCUCCUUUUUGGCCAGAUGAAAUCACCAUUGGGUGAUUAUUUGCCUCCUCCUCUUCCACUGCUAGGGCUGCUAAAAAGAAAUAUUUAUUUCCAGUACAACAAAGCCAGGGUAAGGAGUGAUUCUCCAUUCUCCAUUAGCCUUCACCUGGCAGGGCCUUGUCUAAGAUGGGAUAGCAGCAGUGCCCCAUGAUUCCAUGAUUCUUGUAAAUGUUAGAGGAGGGGGGAAAACUAGGACGGAUGGUGGUCAGGAAUCCCAUUGCUCCCCAUAGGUUGUACAGUGGCAUUAAGAUCUGUGUGCUAUCAGCAAGCCCCACUUGCCUAGGGAACAACUGGAAGCUCUUUGCCUCUCACAUGUAUGAUGUCGUAUGAUGUCAGGUGUGGGGCAGGGGGACUUGGUAUGGGGGAAAUGUCCUCAGUGGCCAAAUUGCCUACAGGCCAGAGGUCCCUACCCUAAUCUAAGGCAGGUUUAGGUUUAUUAUUAUUAUUAUUAUUACUAUUAUUACCUUUAAAAAGAAAGAAUCAGCUUUUUUCACUUGUGUUUUCAGGCAAUCAGAGUCUUCUUCAUGAUGCGGUCCCUGUCGCUGCACCUCCAGGAUGAGCCAGAGACUCAGCUGCCGUUGACGAGGGAGGAGGACUUAAUUAAAACUGACGACGUCCUAGACUUGAGUGAGUAAACAGUGGCACUUGGAAUGAGGCCAAAAGUGCAUUCUCCAAAGAAAGCCAUUCAAAACCUCAGGGGGAGAAAAAUAAGGAUUAACAAGACAGUGCUGAACUGGAAUGCCUAGCUUCUCGGUCCUGUUGGGGUUUGCUAAACCCCUCUUUUUCUUACUCAAAAAGGGAGAGAGGAGUUUUUGCAAGAAUAACUUGAGUUCCCUGCUCUUCCAAAGACUGGGCCUUUGCAAAGCUGCCCACAAUGCAUAAUAAGAUCCCUAUGGUUUUCCUUUGUCCCGAAGAAUGUUAGGAGCCUCCUAGUUGAAGCGGUCGAGCUUAGAAGAGACUUGCAAUUUUUUUUUUGGAGUGGGAACAAGUAAAGAAUGUUGGGAGAUCUCCACACCUCUUGGCUCUUCCACUCCUAGUCUCCACCCAACUCCCAAGAGCUUCUGGAGGUGACCACGUUGUUGAAGUCUGCCAUAUUAUCAUCCUGGCUGCCUAAGUUGGGUUCAGUGGUGAUGCAAAUGGCGAAGCAGUUCUUAAAGUGAGGGGUAUCUGAGCUAGGAGAAGAGGGCUGGUUUCCCCUCACAAAUGGGCAAGUAGGGGCAUUUUUUAUUUGUGAGGGUCUUUAUCUUUGUUUUUGACGGGAGGGUUAAAAAAACCUGUUGCCAAAGUAACACUAACUGGAAGUCAUGAAUACCCAAAAUAGCCAUACGACAUUCUGGUAAUGCCCCGCUCUUUUGUUAUGAAAAUAAAUUGCGUUUGCUGGGAAAUCUAGAGUCCUUGUUUCCAUCUUGGCACAUGCAAUACAUAUUAAUAGAAAAUGUCAGUCAUAUUUGGUAUUUCAAAGAAUUAAUCUUACUGUAAUGGCUGUUCUAGGCAGUUGAGCCUUAAGUCAAUUCCUCUGGCCCUCCCUCGGCCAGCGACAUUGAACAAGCCCAGCUGCUCCAGCUCACUUGAAUAAAACAGCGAUGUAGUUGUGAGAGAUCUCAGUUCCACCCGCCCCACUGCACAGGCUUCUGGAAGAGGCAUUGGUACUCCCAAUCAAAAUAUCAGGAUCUGUAGCCACAGUGAGCAUGUGCUAUUCCGAGAUCAAAGUCUGCUGAAAGCUAAAUUCCAUGGUUGAUGUUACUCGCACUUGGAAGCCGACCCAUUGAAAUUAAUGGAUCUAGAUAACAUUGUAGGGUAGAUAACUUGAGACCGGAUUACCUAAGGGGCCAGCUUGCCCCUUAUAUCCCCGCUUGGCAACUGCACAGCUCAGAUGGGGCACUGCUGAGAGUACUGCAUGUCCCAGAGGUGGGCUUAGUCUGUACUAGAAAUUGGUCUCUUGGUGCUGCGGCUCCAGUCCUCUGGAAUUGGUUACCAACUGGAAUUAAACAGGUGCCCAGCAUUGUGAUGUUUGGAUGCCUACUGAAGACUGUUUCACGUUUUUCCUGAGACGUGACCUAGUCAUAUAUGAAAUACUAAGUGUAAAUCCACGGGAAUGGUUUCCUUGUUUUAAGAAUUUGUAUUCUUUGUAUUUUAUUUUUGCUGUACAUCGCUUUGGUGUCCUUUGACUUGUCAAGCAGUUCAUAAAUUUGUAAUAUAAAUAAAUGUCAGUCCACUGAUUUCAGAGGGCCUGCUCUUGAGUAUGACUUUUAUCACCCCAUGCCAAGAAUCGCUAGGAAAGGAAUAGAAAGUAAAUGAAACAGCCAAUGUUUUAGUUCCCAUAUAUAACACUAUGUUGCAGCUACCUUUUUAAAUACUGUGUACGAUUCUUGACACUGUCUCAAAAAUGGCACCCUAGAAUUUUUUUUAAAAAGAUAUUUGAAAUUAUCUCAGGUGGUUGGCGUACUUUCCCGGUGAGGAAAAGGGAACAUGUUUAGAAAAAGUGGACAGAGAAAAGUUUUUAUCCUCUCUCAGAACACUAGAACUCAUGAACAUGCAGUGAAGCUGAAUGAUGGAAGAUUUAGGACAGAUGAAGAAAGUCCUUCACGCAGCACAUAGUUAAGCUGUGGCACUCACUCUCACAGGAGACAGUGAUGGCCACCAAGUUGGAUGGCUUUAAAAGAGGAUUAGAAAAAUUCAUGGAAGAGAGGACUAUCAGUGGCUUCUACCCACGAUGGCUCUGCUCUGCCUCAACAGUAAAAAGUUAAAGGGACCCCUGACCACUAGGUCCAGUCGUGACCGACUCUGGGGUUGCGGUGCUCAUCUCGCUUUAUUGGCCAAGGGAGCCGGCGUACACCUUCCGGGUCAUGUAGCCAGCAUGACUGAGCCGCUUCUGGCGAACCAGAGCAGUGCACAGAAACGCCGUUUACCUUCCCGCCGGAGCGGUACCUAUUUAUCUACUUGCACUUUGACGUGCUUUCGAACUGCUAGGUUGGCAGGAGCAGGGACCGAGCAAUGGGAGCUCACCCCAUCGUGGGGAUUCGAACCACCAACCUUCUGAUCAGCAAGUCCUAGGCUCUGUGGUUUAACCCACAGCGCCACCCGCGUCCCACCUCUACAGUGGGAGGUAGUAAAGCUUCUGAAUGCCAGGUGAGAGAGCUCUUGUGCUCCACUCCUGCUUGCAGGAUAUUUAUAGAAUUUUGCAUGGUGGAAAUGAAGGAUAAAGAAAGAAUUUUCUCCCCUCCCUCUCUCAUAAUUCUAGAACGUAGGUUCCUCCAUUUAAAUGGACUGGCAGUAGAUUUAGGAGAGAGGAAAGCACUUCUUCACCCAACACAGGACGGAUUCGUGGAAUUUGCUACCACAAGACGUGGAAAUGGGCAUGAGUUUCUGCUACAAAGGGAGCGCUGAAAUGUCUUGGAGUCAACACUUUGUUUUGCGAUGUGCUGACAACAUCUGUGCACAUCUGUUAGCACAAGACGUGGAGCAUGACUGUGAAAUUGCUGUUUGGAGAAUAGGCAACGCAUUGCCAAUUAGAUGUUAUUUAGGGAAAUGUCAAGGCUGAAUUGACACCAUUUCUUAUGGUCCUAGGAAUUGUGUGCAUUUGAGUUUUUAGCCUUGGUUCUGUCAGGAAAUGAACUCCCUGUGCAGAAUUUAAGUAAGCAGCUUGUAAGCUAACGGGAAAUGUGAUUAUAAUCUAUCUGUCGGGUAUUUUAUAUGGGUGUUCUUAAAGCAAAUCAAAUUGCAAUAUUCUUUUUUGGCUUUCAAAUGUAAUGGUGUCGUCGUUUCCUGCAUAUUGAUUGUUUGAUUGGUACCUGCCUCCCCCUGCUUCAUUGAUGCAGUUUAAUGUAUAUUCCUGUAACCUUCCUCUGUUUUUAUAGAACAAUCACAAUUGAGCUAUGAGGCAUUAAAGUGCAUUUCGCAGUUCAGUUUUCCAAUGUCUCUUGUCUAAACGCACACAGUUCCCCAGCCCCCUGAUAUUUUUGCCAUUGCAAAGAUUAAAUAUCAGAUUGGUCACUUUUCCUGGAAAUUCACAUUAUUUAUAGUCUGUGGAGACUAGCCAUUUUCCCCCACAGAGAUUUUGCUGUAGGUUUAGAUAAUGGGGUGGGGGGAGAGAGAUGCUUUCAUUGGUCUAGCCCGGACUUUACAACACUUUACAUUACUUGGGGACCAGUUGGAGAUGGAGGUUUUUCUGUGGCACCUCCUACUUGUGAGCUUGCAUCCCCACCCAAAAGGCUGCUCCUAUACAUGCAGAGCAUGUUUACGGUUGCUUGGAGCACCAGAUGUCCCUUAACGAGGAACAAAAAACUAUGUAGUUUGGCCGGCUUACCCCUCCUUUCCAAGGAAAUGGGUGUACACUUAGCUUGGUUGUAUUGCAGAAGCACAAACACAUUAUUUCAGUCAGUAUGUAAUGCACCUCUCCUUAAUAGGAAGGGGACGCAUCAGGACAUUUUGGACUUUUCAGUUAAGAACAAAAGGCAAGUAAGAGGAGACGUGAUCGAGAUAUAUAAAAAUAUGCAUGUUGUGCAGAAACCGGACAGAGAAAAGCCUUUCUCCCUCCCUCACGGUACUAGAAUUUGUGGACAUCCAGGGAAGGUGAACGUUGGAAGAUUCGGGGCAGACAAAAGAAACUGCUUCUUUGCAAAACACGAGUUAAACUGUGGACUUUGUUUCCACAAGUGGUAGUGCUGGCCCUCAAGGUGGAUGGUUUUUAAAAGAGAACUAGACAAAGUAAUGGAGGGCAAGGAUCUCAGUGGCUGCUAGCCGCGAUGGCUAGACUCUACCUCAACCGUCAGAGGCAGCUAGACUCUGAAUACCAGUGACUGGAAAUCACAGCAGGGGAGAGUGCUGUUGUGCUCAGGUUGCACUUGCUUCCAGGACAGCUAGGGCUGCUGUGUGUGGGUCUCUGCGUGGGGCCUUAACACACAAGGGAUUUAUUCCCAGAAAAGCAUCAUUGCAGCCAUCCACAACCUAUUGUCCACCAAAUAUUGUUGGAUUCCAACGCCUAUCAUCCCUAGCAUGGCAAACUGUCAAGGGAUUAUGGGAGUAAUAACAAUAAUAAUAUAUUCAUAUCCUGCCCAUCUGGCUGGGUUUUCCCAACCACUCUGGGCGGCCCCCAACAGAAUAUUAAAAAUAUGAUAAAACAUCAAACAUUUUAAAAGUCCCUAUACAGGGCUGCCUUCAGAUGUCUUACAAAAGUCAGAUACUGUAGUUGUUGAUUUCCUUGACAUCUAAUGGGAGCAUGUUCCAUAGGGUGGGCGCCACUACCGAGAAGGCCCUCUGCCUGGUUCCCUGUAACUUCGCUUCUCGCAGUGAGGGACUGCCAGAAGGCCCUCGGCACUGGACCUCAGUGUUGUGGUCCAGAGACAUCUGGAGGGCACCAGGUUGGAGAAGGCUGUAUUGAACAAUGUAGCAAGAAAAAAUGCGUGCAGUAGAUUGGUGUAGAUGUCAACAAAACUAGUUGAGAAUAUGAAAGCACUACAAUCAAAGGUACCUCUUGAGAAUAUUGUUUUCUAGGAAAGUAACCAAUUGCCUCUGAUGAUGCUUCCUCUCCCCUCCCCUCCUUUUUCCAUUUCAGAUAACAGUGAUUUAAUUGCCUGCACUGUGAUCACAAAAGAUGGCGGUCAAGUCCAGAGGUUUCUGGCAGUGGAUAUUUACCAAAUGAGUUUGGUGGAGCCGGACGUUGCCCGCUUAGGCUGGGGAGUGGUGAAGUUUGCAGGUCUUCUCCAGGUGAGUGUAAAAGAUGGUAAGGUUUAAAGCAGCAAGUAUCAUGAAUCAAACCUUGUGCUCUAGGGGGAUGAGGCAUCAAAACAAGGUGCAUCCUUGGUCACCAGUGGUGAACAAAGAUUGCCUUAAGGCAGUGAGGCACAAGCCUUACUCCCAAGUUGAGCAAAACCACUCUGCCUUGCUGUGUUUCUCCUGCAAGUGGAGGGGUUUGGGGCAGACACAGGACCUUCUGAAUUGUUUGCGUGGCAUUCACUGAGUGGUAGAGCAUCUACUUUGCAUGCCGAAUGCCCCAGGAAGGGCUAUGAAAGACCCCUGCCUAUAUCCCAUAAAAGCCUUUGCCAGACCAGUGUAUACAAUACUGUUCUUGAUGGACCCAAUGGUCUGGCUCAGCUUCCUGGGGUAAUAGGCAGAUUACUUAAUUGAGGCUUGUCCCAGCAAAAUGUAUUUAUAAUAUUAAUAAUAAUUUAUUAUUUAUACCCCGCCCAUCUGGCUGGGUUUCCCCAGCCACUCUGGGCAGCUUCCAACAAAGUAUUAAAACACAGUAGUCUGUUAAACAUUAAAUACAGUGGACUUUAUGUCUUACCUUGUGUGUCGCAGAACAUGUGAUUUAAAUACUACUACUAGGGAUACAUUUUCAGAACAGGGUUCUGUGAGAAAGCAUUUCUGCAAUGUACGGAAGUUCCUUUCUGCCACACUUCCCUCCCUGUCAGAGUAAUAUUCAUUGCCUUUGCUGCCUUGGCUACCUUAACGGAAAACUCUUCGUUCCACAUAAGUUCAUUAGUAACAAUGAAUGCCACAAAUGCGAUAUCAGGCAUACUUAACCAUUUCAAAGCUUUGUUUACUAAACACAUGUAAAAUGAAUGUGCCAAAUUAGAUCACUCUCCACGGCAUUAGAAAAAAAUUUCCAGUGCAAACUGGACAUUUUCAGGUGCAAAUUGGCCCGAUUUGCAUAGGGAUUUUUUUUCCAGGAAACCCACUGCACUGCAUGCACUGCUUGACACCAGUUCUGACCCAUGCAAAAGCUGCCUCCCCCCCCCCCCCGUGGGGUCAGCUGUGAGUAAUGAUCUGGAGACAGCACAGAUUCUGAGGAGAGUUACCUAUAAGACUGUACAGCAAUGCUAGGAGGCUUCAUGGAAACACCAUCUGGUGCAGACGUUGCUGGACUCCAACUCCCAUCAGCCUAGGUCAGCAUGGCCAGUGCUCAUGGACAAUGGGAUUUGUCGUAUAACAACAGGGUCAAAUGUUCCCCAUCCCUCGUUUAGCGGAUCCCAAAGAAGCUGGCGGAUCCAUCUCUCACAGCUCAGUCAGCUGGACUUUGAGGAGUGGUUCCCACUCAGAAAAUUCCUCUUAAUCCUAGGCAUACUCAGCUGGGAGUUAGACUGACACAGCUAAAACAGGUCGAGUCAGGACUCAUUUCAUAUGAGGCUUGGCUGGAACCUCAGUCUCUGUGCUGGUUGCAUCUGCGCCUGUGUUUUGGCAAGGAAUCUCCUCGUCCUCAAUGCCCCUUCCUUUUGAGAACCUGAAAUGUGAAGCAGCCUGAGCCACACCACUCAGUCUGUCUAGCCCGUCUACAUUGAAAGAUGCUGCUAGACAAAGGACUUGCAGGAGGGGGGUCUUACCCAGCCCUGCUAUGGGAAAUGCUGGUAAAUGGGACCCUGACCCCCUCCUACAUUGAACAUUUUGAGCUCUGCCAUUGAGCUGUAGUAGAGCCCAUCCAGUUCUCUCAUACCUUCCUAGGCUCCAACUUUAUCCUUGGGUGAGCAUGGUGCUGUGGCAAGAAACUGGGUCUUAAUUCUAUCUCUGCCAUAAACAUUCUUCUCUACUUUCCCACCUCCACCCCAGGAUAUGCAGGUGACCGGAGUUGAAGACGACAGCCGUGCCCUGAAUAUCAUCAUUCACAAGCCAGCCUCCAGCCCCCAUUCCAAGCCCUUCCCCAUCCUUCAGGCCACCUUCAUCUUUUCGGAUCACAUCCGUUGCAUCAUUGCGAAGCAGCGCUUGGCAAAGGGCCGCAUCCAGGCUCGGCGUAUGAAAAUGCAAAGAAUAGCAGGUAACUCUCGCUCUCCGGAUAAACGUACCGUGUUUCCUUGCCGCUUGUAAAGUUGCAUUGCUUUACACUGGGGAAAGGGAACCUCGGGACCGGGGCCAAAUGCAGCCCAUCAGGCCUCUCUUCCUGGCCCUUGGGACUCUCCCUAGGUUACACCUCUCGCCAGCCCUUCUUUGCACCCUUAUUGGGUGUGUGUGGUGCCUGGCUGGAAUACGUCAUUGAACUCUGAUUAUGUUGCUUUGCUCCCUGGACGGAGGGGGAUAGAAAGGGUUGGGUGAGUAGAGACCUGUCUCCUUGUAGGAAAGUAAAAUUUACAUUCAUUGUUCCGCCUGCUUUUGCUUCUGGCCUUGCCCACCACUGGCAUGUGGACUCUGAAAGGUUGCACAGAAGAGAAUGCUUUUGUGGGGAUGAAAAAGGCCCCUUAUCCCUGAUUUCCGGCUUGGUAACUGAAAGCAAAGCUGCGGGAGGCACUGGAAGACAGGAGUGCCUGGCGUGCUCUGGUCCAUGGGGUCACGAAGAGUCGGACACAACUAAAAAAACAACAACAAUUGAAAGCAAAACAAGCAUUGUAUAGAAAAGGAGAACAAUGUUGCGUACAUGGUAAAAGUCUAUACCUGUAACAUCCAUAGUAGUGCUCUUUUCAUACCCGCAAGCUUAAGUUAUUUACUCACAUGCUGUUGCACAACUACAUUCACUUUAGUGGGAUUUGCAUAAGAGGACUGCCCAGUGAACUUUGAACCUGCUCCCCGCUUGCUGUGCUGCCCUUAACAGCCCCCAAAUCUGCUGCCCGGCAUUCAAAAAAUAAAAGUAAAAACAGCAUGUACCAUCAUUCUACAUGUCCAUUAAUUUCAAUGGGCCUACUCUGAGUAGGACUAGCAUGGGAUACAUGCUAGCAUUGGUUGCAGCGUUAACAUCAUUAGUUUUGUAAACUUCCAAAAACGCUCAGCAUUGAUUCCCCAGUACCAAAAGACACUGCAAAAUUGUCAUCUUCCUCAUAAUCAAAAGUUGGCUUUUCCCAAAAAUUUGUUCCCUCCCAAUUAUGUACUGUUUUGUUUGUUCUUGGCAACUGUCUUGUAGCAAAUGCAAGGGUGAUGCGGGAAGCCUGUGUCCCUCCAGAUGUAUUUUUUGGCUGGCUCCAAUUCCCGUCAGCUCAGGCCAGCCUGGCUGGUGGUCAGGGAUGAGCAGUGCUGUAGCCCAUCCACACCUGCAGGACACCACAUUCCCCAUCCCAGAUCGGAGUGAAUUCUUCCCAUCAAGUGUGAUAAUAUCAAAACUCCCAUUCCGUGGAAAGAUUGCAACAAUCUGAAUUCGGAGAAUUGCCACAGCUGCAAGGGCCAUUUAUUUAUUUAUUUAUUUAUCGUCUGUCUAUCUAUCUAUCUAUCUAUCUAUCACAUCCCAAGGAAUAAAACAUGUGUGAAACAGUUACAUAUAGAAAAACAGUUAAAAUACUUGCAAACACAAAAGCAGUUAAGCUUUUUUUACAGAUAGAAGCUUUAAAAAACAUUUAAAACAACAGCAGUACGUACGUAAAACAUGUUGCAGAUCUAGUGCAGAAAUACCAACUGGGGGAUAAAGAUCUCCAUUUAGAAAGCUUGUUACAUUUUGGUAACCCAGGGAUAGGGAGUCUGUAGUCCUCCAGAUGAUGUUGGACUACAACUCCCAUCAUCCCUAGGCACGGUUUUGACAAGCUGAGUUACCAGGUUCUUCAGCUGAUGUAGAUUUUGAAAUGUGCCUUGUUUAAACCCAGCUCUCCUAGACCUUCCGGUCCAGCCUUCAAAUGAAGUGAUGGGCUUUGGACAUAGCUCAGCUUCUGCAUCUCAGCACCUGCCGUUCCGGUUUUACGACCAAGCCCGACGUGGCAGCUGCGACCCUACUGUACAACGCUCCGUGUUUGCGUCUGUCGACAAGGUCCCAGGUAAGCCCUUCCUGGCUGGCACACUUUAAAAAAGGUCCUCUGUCAUGAGAUAAUCAGCACCGUGGGAGAGAGAAGCUUGUGCCAACGCAGAUUAGUGGUUUGAUUUCUCUUGCUGCUGCUGCUGCAAAUAAAUAAUAAGGGUUAAUAUAAUUUUAAACUCUAAAGCAUUAUAGAAAUACAAUGCGUUCCGCAUAUGGCAUUUAUAAUCCUGCAGGAUAGGCGAGUAAUAUGUUUCAGGUGGGAGAAGCAAAGGCAGAAAGGGAGAAACUUGCCCAUGACCCUCCAAAGUUUAUACCAAAAGCGAGAUUCAAAUUCUGCACAUACUCCUUCAUAGCUUAAGCCAGCUUUGCCAAUCUGGUGUCACCCAUGAACUCCAGCCAGCACAGUUUGAAUGCUUUUCUUGAUACUUUGAAGGAAGUGUAUUGCAGGGCAAUAAAUAAAAGCUAGCUCUCGUUGCCAAAAGGAAAGCCCAUCUUUAUUUAGCACAUCUAUGGUAGGAUUGCAAGAGAUGGAAAAGUGUUUAUCUUUAAAUCUCAGCCCCAACAAUUAAACCAACUCAGCCUUUAGCUUGAGUUCUUGACCAGGUAAACCAAUUAAAGCUUGCAGCCCUCGCAGAAAAAAAAUAGAUUAAGUACUGAAGUUAGCCUAAUUCAAAUUCAGAACAGUUGAAGUUGUUUCCCCAAAUCAGCUGCAAGUUGGCUGCGUUCAUGUGUGUGUACCGAGCACAUAAAAUCACAAAAAAGAUUGAGAACAGUACAUUUGCUUAUAGAGGUCACGGCAGCCAUCGCGUGGAAACUGUGCCGCUCUCGGCUUUCUGCUGAUUAAGUUACGACGGGGUGGAGCAACUUCUACCAUCUAUUUGUGAUUUUAUGUUGUAACCACCCUGAGACCCGCAGGUAUGGUGCGGUUUACAAAUUUAAUUAAUAAUAAUAAUACAUAAUUCUUCAAAACCUUCUGGAGGCUGCCUGUCAGCAAUGGGUGGGAGCAGGUGCAAACGCGGGUGGACCAAGGAGUGUGACUCUUAACCGUUCGCACAGUAGCCUACAUUCCAGGCGUGCAAGCCGGCCACACACACGCCCUCUCCCCAUCCUCCACCCAGGCAUAUAAGGGGAAUUACCAGAACAUUUCCCAGCCAGGGAAAAGCAUUCAAAGAGAGUAACAAACAGGUUUGGCAAGGGGUUGCAGUCUAGGGAGAGGAGCACGUGGUGUGGGACGAAUCUGAGGGGCCAGAUAGAGAAGCCCAGAGACCCACAUUUGCCUGCAAGCCUCUGGUUCUCCCACCCCUGGUUUAGGGUAAAACUUUGCCCUAAAUCUUUAAUCAUGCCUGAGAACUGGUACAGAUGAGGACGACAUCCUGGAUGUGUUAAGACGUGCUGGGUUUCCUUGAAGUAAUAACCUCUUUCUUUCCUCCUGUGUCAAUCCACCUUUUGGUUUUGUUCCCUUUACGUGCAGAAUUUGUACCUAGUGCUGUGCAGCGAAUUUUAUUUAUGUUCUAAUCCCAUGCGUUCAUCUUCUGGUAUCUCAAUCCAGUAACCUCUCAAACCACAUUUACUUGGGAGUUAGCCCCAUUUUCUUGCGCUUGGGGGGUGGGGAGUAUGCCUAGGAUAGCACUGUUAGAUUUCUGUCCCAUUGGCACCUUAUAACUCUGUGUCUCCCCCUUCCUUACUUGUUUUUUAAUUCCUAUUCCAGGCAAGGACUGUCAUUUCUGCAUUGCUACAUAAACAUUGCAUAGUCCUGGAUUAAAUUUGAUUUUAGCCUCGUAGCGCUAGGUUGCCAGUGCUGCAGUGCAGCCUUUGUAUAUUAUUUGUGUAUUUACCCAGGACACUAUCCCUUUCUCAUGCAGGGCUGCUCUUAUCACCAGCUGCCCUGUUGAAAGGAUCCUGGUGACAUUUUAUAACAUUGAUUUUGUUUAUUUUACUUUUUUAAAGUAGCUUAACACUAUUUGUAAACUGCCUUAAAAGGAUUUGUAUAUUAAAAUGCAGGAUAUAAAUAUUCUUUCCCCUGAUAUAAAUAUUUUUUAUAAUAAAUCAAAAAGAAUUUUGGUGUUGGGAGGAACCUAGAGGGUCAUCGAACCUCCUGGCUGGGAUGUGUCAUUGUUGAGUGUGUGUGUGUGUGUGUGUGUGUGUGAAUGUGUUUAGGUUAAUUGAGGUGCAGACAUGUGUUAGUAGAUGUGGAUAUUGAGCGACUAUACUGAGUGAACGAAAUUCUGUGUUUUGGAGUUUGAUAUAUUUUAUUAUUUAUGGAGGUUGAUCAUUUCCCACACUGCAUUCAAUCUUUAAUAUAUUACAUAGUCUUUUUUACUUUGUAAGCUGCUUAAUUAUCUUUUCUGAUGAAAAGGGGUGCAUAAAUACUUUAAAUAAUAAUAAUAAGCGUUCUUUUUAUAUUGUGUACGAGUAUGUGGGGUUGCUUGGCAUAGAUCCUGGAUUUGCAUAAUUUUGUGACAUGUCCUGUGUUUCCAAUCUGUAUUGCAUCCUGGGCAGAGUAAAAGUUUUGUAAAGGCUGUUAGGUAGGCAUGGCAUUGAGAAAGCGGACAGAGAGAAGUUUUAUCCUUCUCUCUUGAUGUUAAGAGCCCAAGACCGUCAAAUGAAGCUGGUGGGAGAUUCAGGAGAAGAGGAGGUUGAGGGGUGAUAUGAUGGCCAUGUUCAAAUAUAUAAAAGGAUGUCACAUAGAGGAGGGAGAAAGGUUGUUUUCUGCUGCUCCAGAGAAGCGGACACGGAGCAAUGGAUCCAAACUACAAGAAAGAAGAUUCCACCUAAACAUUAGGAAGAACUUCCUGACAGUAAGAGCUGUUCGACAGUGGAAUUUGCUGCCAAGGAGUGUGGUGGAGUCUCCUUCUUUGGAGGUCUUUAAGCAGAGGCUUGACAACCAUAUGUCAGGAGUGCUCUGAUGGUGUUUCCUGCUUGGCAGGGGGUUGGACUCGAUGGCCCUUGUGGUCUCUUCCAACUCUAUGAUUCUAUGAUUCUAUUCUAUGAUUCUAAAGGAUGAAGUGCACACCUGAACUGUGGAAUUCACUGCCACAAGAUAUAGGGAAUUAGGUAAAAUAAUGGAGCAUGCAGCUAUUGAUGGCUACCAGUUGUGACUGCUGGCAUUGGAGGCUGUAUGCCUCUGUCGCUGGGGACUGCAAGCAGAAGAGGGGUAUUUUCUGAUAUCCUGCUUGUGGGAUUUCCAGAGGCCACUGGUUGGCUGCUAUGGGAGCAGCUCUGGACUAAAUAGGCCUUUGGUCUGAUCCAGCAGGGCUCUUCCUCUUUUAAGUUCUGACUUGUUUUGCAGAAGAGGUUUCAAUGUCAGCAUUGCUUCCAGUGAAGCCCUACCCUGAGCUAUGGUGGCACCUGGAGGAGUGAUUUAUACAUGGUCACCUCCGUAGAAGGCCUGGUCCCUUUCUGUUCUGCUCUAGAAACAUUUAUUCAAGGAUAUGGGACUGAGAAGAGGGAGCCCACGCCCCUUUCCCCAGUGAUUGGUUUUACUCCUCAGGCCAAACCUGCAGGAGAGUAAGCCAGCAACUUGCGCUUUUUAAACUUGUGCGCGUUCAGCUUUCUGUGUGUGGCAUAAAAUAAAAUAAAAACUAAAAAAGGGGGCAGGAAAAAUGACUGGCAAUGCCACCUGCCAUUGAACCCAACGGGUUUUGACUAUACAUGAUUUUGGUUUUAGGCGCAAUCCCAGGAAUGUAACCCCCGCCUAAGUUGCUGGCCUACUGUGUCAUACAUCCCACAAGUUGAUCCUGCAGCAAACAUCUGAGUCACAGACUUGAGCUACGUUCAGGUGCAGCUGCUGUUUCAGGGCCUGCCUUGAGCCGAGAGACGCGCUGGUGUCAGGAUGCCCUCUGUCCCGCCAGAUCUGAUGUGUAGCGAGCUGUGUGCACUGUUAGCUUCUACUGGUUUCUUUCAGCGGAAGUGACUCCGGCUCUUUUUAGGAGGAGGAAUGUUGCAUUAGCCAAAAAUAAAAGUCAAGAUUGCUGUUAACUUUUCUUCCUGCAUUUGUAUUCCACCUUGUCUCUAGUAAGCUCAAGGUGGUGUACAUGGCUCUCCCUCCUCCAUAUUUAUCCUCCCAACAGCCAUGUGAGCUGGGAUUUGGUGGUUAUUCAGUGGUCUUCAUGAAUUGUAGAGAUUGGAGACCUGGUCUCCUGGAUCCACCUUCUGCUUCAGAUUUGGGGUGUAACUGGAACAGGAAGUGGCAAUGUCCAGCCACAGUGAGGUCUGGCCGUUCCCCACCUGCAGCGGGUCUGCUAACCCUUCACCAAGGUUAGAGUUGACCCCCCCCUUCCUGCAGCGUGCAUCUCACCAGUGCUGCAACUGGUGACUUGGCACCUGCAUUUUUGAAGCUCAGCUUUCCCCUAGACUUUAUUUCCUCUGUGAUUUCAAAACCCAUCUUUUAUGAUCCUUUCGCUAUAGAGUUUUUUUUUAGGAGGAGAGUUGUGGCAUGGUGUCCACUUGGCACUGCAGGAGGGGCAGUUCUGAUAAAGGCUUAGUUGUACUGCUGCUUUCUGAACCAAGGCAUGUACUUCUCAGCCCUGGGUGAAAAGGACUGACAGCGUCAAACGUAAUGUCUAUGCUUCUGGCAAGUGCUCUUUGAGAGAUAAAUUAGCGUACCUGGUUAAGCUGUCAACUGAAGCCAUGAGUGAUGUGACACAGUGGAACCAUGGAAAAAAGCGCAGAGCAUGAUAACUGGAUGCAAAAAAAUUGACUUCUUAAGAAGCCUGGGGCGGGGGGGGGGGGGUAGCAGCUCUUAAGGCUCCACAAAUAUGCUUGAAAAUGUGUGGGCAGUGUUUGUUGAAAGAAGCCAGAGAAGCAGCUGAAUCAUGAUUUUGGUGAACUAAGUCGUAGCAGGCGGGGUGGGUGUCUUCAGUCUCUUUGCCUUGAGACUAGCAAAACCAAACGAAAUGUAUGCAAACUGAAAGCUGUGCAACUUUGCAGCUCUGAUACAGGCAGCAGAUUUCAGUUUUUUGUCCUGGCCCAGAACUUCAACUUUAAUUUGCACAUCACUUGUGCACAGCCCUGACAGCAGUCAACAGCCCGGUCUAGACCCUAACCUGCCUGGCCCAACAAAACAUGAUUUAGGAAUGGAAACAGGCAAGGUACAGUACUCUUGCACCUCUAUCCUCCUCCUGCAGCCGAGCACUUUUCUCAUUUGUUAAACCAAAGUUUUCCACGUUAUGUCCAAAGUGAUAAACCAUGGUUUAAGCCCGUGGUGUGUAACCUCCAAUUUCCAGUCUUGCCUAUUGGUUUAUUGGUUUAUUUAUAAGCAUUGAUAAACGUCUUAAUACUUCAAAAAUCUCCAAGUAGUCCUAAGUGGAAGAGGUCCUAAUUUGGCCCAUGAGGACAUUUUCCACAAACCACUUGCCACCUGCCAAUGUGUAAGAAGCAACGAGCCAGGACUUGGUUCGAUUGCCGAAGCGUUUUGCUCUGCACUUGCUCACAGGUUUCCUCUAUCAGCCUUUCAAAAGCGUGAGAGCUAAGCGUUGGCUUAAGGAAAAUCCUGCGCAUAAGACUUUCCAUGCCACAUGGCGCAUGCUUUCGGCCCAUAUGGGAAGGUAUGGUUUAGGAAGUUGUGCCAUGGUCCGAGCAGAUUGAUUACAUGAGAGUCAAUCUCUUUUGCAAGCAGGGGCACAAAGGAAGAAACUUCCCAAAAGUGACCACGCCCACCAUCAUCACCACCACCACCACCAACACAUCCGGCUUCCUUUCUGGAGGAAGAGAUAGUCGAGACAACCCGCUGUUGAUAUUGUUGGAGGAAUUCUGCAGAGUGGGAAGAAUAAAUAACUGUUCUUAAAAAAAAAAAAAAAACCAGAGUGGAAAAUUUGAUAUGUACCAGAGACUUGGAACAGUGAAAAGCACAAAUUGCUUUUAUUAAAGGAAUUGGGCAGUGGAUAAAAUUUGUGUGUGGGGGGGGAAGAGGUUGGGUAAAGGCAGAGAUUAGAAAAUACAGAUAUUGGGUUAUAAAUUGGAGGCUGGGGACAGGGACCAGAUGCAGAGAACAUAGGACAGAGUUGGGAUGGCACAUUCUGCCUGCCUUAGCAUGUGUUCUGCCGCUGAGCCGUGGGUCCUAGGCAUGGCAUGGGGCCAUUUGGCCCACACAUUGUUGCCAGUUCUGAGCCCCUCUUUAACCCUGCUGUUAACGAUGCGAUGAUUUUAAAUUGUUCCGCUGUCCUGCCCUGAGGAGUACACUCACAGUGACUUGAAGACUGGCGGGGUGGGGUGGGGGGAAAUUAUGUAACUAAAUCUGCUACUUCGCAAGAAUUUACCGAGCUGCCUGCCCGGCUGGGAUACUUAAAAUAUCCUCAUUCUCAUUAAUUGUGAUGGUGUUGCUUUUAAAGGAAAACAGUUUGAACAGGGCUGUGGCUGGGCCUGUUUUUUUUAAUUGCGAACAGGAACCCUGUUGUGUUCGCAGCAGUGUUGCACAAGACUUCCACAGAAGUUAUAAAAGCCACCAUAAUUCAUCUGGCAGGUGCUUGUCAAAGUACCUUUGCACUGCCCAAUCUCUACAUGAUAUCCAAAUGAGCUCUUCCGAAGAAAAGCCGGACACAGAUAGAAUGUUCUCUGUGUCUUUUGUGUAAGAUAAUAACAAUUCCUGUUUCUCAAUUAGCCUUGCAUUUCACUAGGUUUUAUAACGCUUGGCUUUAUGGUGUUAGGUUGCGGCGUGCUAAUCACCUUUGAAGUUAACUGAAAUAGCUGCCUACGUGGUCCGUGUGUUAACAGAGGUUUAUUUUUCCUAGUACCCUGGAACCCGUCUGGGCUCAAUCAUAAACGAACAGCGCAUUAACGUGGUAUUUAGCAAAGCACUUAUUGAUCUGCCUGGGUAAAACGCAGAGGUUAAUAGACAGACAGGUCACCUGGCUCCAGUUUUCUUUCUGCCUUUCUUGUGCAAGGCCACCGUUAAAGAGCAGAAGAUGGGCUGAGGCUGUCUUGAGUUGCUUGCUUUGGAACAUAUCUUACCCUGACACCAUCAUCUCACUUGGCUGCGGCCAUUGCUUACUGAUCUCCCGCCUGUCUUCGUUGCUGUUUUUGUAACUGGGCAGCGGCACCAAGUCAAAAUUCCACUGAAUCGUACAGGGAACGCUUUCGUUGGCUGCUUGGCAAAAAUCGUCAAUGGGAGUUUUUUCAGUGUCAGAGAAAGGUACAUUUAGGCCAAAGCAGAGCAACAGGGGUAAGUGUGAAGUUGGAUUACCGUCAUCAUUCAGACAAAUGGAAAUGCCAGUCCUCUGUGGUGCAGGGAAAGGAGCGUUUAAGGGAAAUACUGUAUUUUUCUGUGUAUAAGACGAUGCUUUCUGCUAAAAAAAAUAAAAAUAGGCAAAAUUGGGUGUUGUCUUAUAUACACAUAGUGAAUGCAGAGGGGGGACGUGCGAUUAAUGGCAGCAGCAAGCAGGAAAUUGGCAGCAGCGAUUGGGCGGGUGAUUGGUGGCUGCGGCAAGGCCUGCUGGCGAUUGGCUGUGGCUGCGGCAAUUGGGCAGGCGGUUGGCGGCUGUGGCGAGGUGGGCUGUUGGUGGCAGCGAGCAGGCAGACAAUUGGCGGCUGCGGCAAGGUGUGCGAUCGGCAGUGGCUGUGGCAAGCAAUUGGCAGUGGUGGGAAGGCGGAUGAGCAAUUGGUGGAAGUGACCUCCCCCACCCCCCAAAAGCUAAACAACUUAAUUUCUUAAUUUGGGGUUUAAAAAAAUAGGGGGUGUCUUAUACAUGGAAAAAUACAGUAUGUUCUGCUGCUUCCAGACCGUUGCUGUUUUGCGGGUAGGAUUCAGUCACUACCAGCAAAUUCCAUCUGCACAGUUAAAGCGGAUCUGGCAGGCUUGUGCAAGAAACCUACUUUCAAAAAAUAAACGUAAAGUAAAGUAAAGCCCGGGAAAAAUGGACUGGAAAGUGCGAGGUAGGAAUUGCUUGAUGUGAUGUCAUAUAACCACCCCCUUAAAUCCAUAAUGAACCCUCGGUCAACAGAUGCCGUCAUAUAUCCUCGGAAUCGUUGUACAAACAAAUCAGAAUCAAUGCUUAAUACUUAAUACUGAGGUGGUUGGGAAGCGACUUGUCUGGUGAUGUGCAUGAACAGAAGCGCUGAGUGGGCAGGCUCCCAGUUUCUGGGGCAGAUCUUAGGGCAAUGCACUGCCAAAGCCAAGGGGCUCUGUGUAGAUGAUUCAGGAUCUGUCCCUGGAGAUCCUGCCUCUGUAGGCUUGCAGCUGAUAAGAAGAAUUGUGCUGGAGGAAACAAAAGAUGCCUUAACUCCUUAUAGAAGACCAUGGUGCAGAUCUCCCUGCUUAGAAGAGUUCUGAACCAUGUUUUAUAUUAGCCAAAAGCACCAAGCAGCCGUUUCAGUUCAAGGCUGCAAACUGGCACACUCCCUUUUUUAAAAUUGAUCUCUGCUGAUGGGCCCCUCCUCAGAUAGGAAGCAACAACUCUCCUUACCUACAAGCUGUCUCUGGUCCUGCAGAUUCUGUCUCUCUUCCCCCACUCUGGUGCAACAGAGACCUCCUCUUGGGACCUUUGCCCUGCACCUAAUGGACCCACCACCAGCUAGACUUCUGGGUGAUGUUGUGCAUAUUUCAUCCACGUAGCAUCAGACUAUGGCGCUGUGGUCUAAACCACUGAGCCUCUUGGUUUUGCCGAUCAGAAGGUCAGUGGUUCAAAUGGUGAGCUCCUGUGGCUCUGUCCCAGCUUCUGCCAACCUAGCAGUUCGAAAGCACACCACUGCAAGUAGAUAAACAGGUACCGCUGUGGUGGGAAGGUAAACACUGUUUCCGUGUACUCUGGUUUCCAUCACUGUGUUCCGUUGCUCCAGAAGCAGUUUAGUCAUGCUGGCCACAUGGCCCGGAAAGCUGUCUGUGGACCAACGCUGGCUACCUCUGCCUGAAGCAAGAUGAGUACCACACCCCAUAGGACUGGACUUAACGGUCCAGGGCCCUUUAUCAGACUGUUCCCAAGGAGCCAGCUCUUAUUUGGGAGAUUCUGCUGCACCAGUCUGGAAGUUGCAGCGGCGUUGGGAGAACCCUAUUCCGAGCCUUCUGCGUCUUCCUGGUGAGCCACAAUGAAGGUGGCAAAGAUCAGCUAUCCGAAAACUACUAGAAGAUGUUCUACAAGACAUCUACAUCUACAAGACAAGUCUGUUCCUGGAAGCAGUAAAAAUAAUCUGCAACAGGAGAGAAAAUCUGUAAAAACACCCAAAACCACCACAUACACAACCCAACUUAGAACCUUCCACAUUGCUGCAUUCUUGGAUGUUAAAAGUUGGUGCUGUCAAGAUGAUUGAAUGCAGAGGACCAAGCUGGCAUUUAGCGCAAGAGACCAGGAGAUGCCCCCCUUGGGCUCCCCUCCCAUUCUUGUCAGUGAAUGAACUCUUCUGAGAGUCAGCACCGCAGUGCAUUUUUAUGUGAGAUUUAAUAGGCAAUUAGAGUAAAGUGAUAAGGUCUAAUUGCCUGCCGUUAAAUUUCUUGUUUUGAGAGCCGAGGGGGUGGGAGGGGGGCAUCACUUAAGCAGGAAUUCCAGGGCCUAUUCCAACAGCAUCUUGUGUCCUCGGGAUGUGACUUCCAGAACUAUUCUUGCAGAAGUUAUUGCCUACAAUGCAGCAGGGGAAGGGCACACUCACAGACGCCACCUUUGCUGAAGGUAUCCUUGCAGACUUAAGAGAACGCACAAACCUUCCCUUCUUUCCUCCAUCCCAUCUGCCACUGGAGAACUCCCAGCCCAGGGAGAGAGGGGGACAGCCUGAAACCCCUCUUCCAAAUUUCAAACAGUCUUUGGCCUUAAUUGAUUUCGUAAGAACGUAAUAAGAAGCCUGCUGGGUCAAGCCAAAAGGCCAUGGAGCUGAGCAUCCUGUUCUCACAGUGGCCAAAUGGAUGCUUGUGGAAAACCCAUGACCAGGACCUGAGAAAAACAGCUUUCCCCCACUUGUGAUUCCCAAGAAGUGUUAUUCAGAUGCAUACUUUCUGCAGCGGUGGAGGUAACUAAAAGAUGGUAGUGAUGGGAGAACAGGAGUUGGAAAUUAUUAUUAUCAGUACCAUGACUAUUAUUAAAAGGUAAAGGUACCCCUAACCAUUAGGUCCAGUCGUGGCUGACUCUAGGGUUGCGGCGCUCAUCUCGCUUUACUGGCCAAGGGAGCCGGCGUACAGCUUCCGGGUCAUGUGGCCAGCAUGACUAAGCCGCUUCUGGUGAACCAGAGCAGCGCACGGAAAUGCCGUUUACCUUCCCGCCAGAGCGGUACCUAUUUAUCUACUUGCACUUUGAUGUGCUUUUGAACUGCUAGGUUGUCAGGAGCAGGGACCGAGCAAUGGGAGCUCACCCCGUCGCGGGGAUUCAAACCACCGAUCUUCUGAUUGGCAAGUCCUAGGCUCUGUGGUUUAACCCACAGCACCACCCGCAUCCCUAUGACUAUUAUUUUAUUUUAAAUUUCAUACAUGCCCUCGACCAUGAUUAAAAAAACCCACAGCAAUAAAACCAAUUAAUAAAACAAAUGCCAAUCAAAGGGAACAGAGUGGGGCCUAAAAAUAUACAGGCAACUCCCUGCUUGCACAGGAGUUGCAUUCUGUGUCCUUGUGCACUUGUGUGGAAUUGCAUGGAAUUGGAAACCCUAUGAAGAAGUCUGCAAAUGCCUUGCUCCACCCCUUCCUGCUCCCAUUCCGGCCUGUUAGUGAUGUUUCAGUGACGCCUUUAUGACGUUUCUGUGCACAUACCGGUUGCGCCUAAAAUGGGAGUUGCCUGUGUGUCUUGAGCAUCGAAGGCCCGAUUUUGCAUACCAUGGAAGCCAUAAAAUGAAAGUCCCAAAUGUACCCAUUUGGGAAGGGAAUCUCUCGGCUUAGGGGCCCCCGCAGAGAAUGCCGUCUCCAGGGCUGGCAGCACCUCUUGAACUUCUGGGGGUUGUGCAGAACUACCAAGAAGGCCCUCUCUGCCAAUCUGAACACCCAAGAGGGUCUGGAAGGCAUCAGGCAGAGAGACGGAGAACAUAGAAUGGUGGUGGCUGGCAGAGCCCAAGAGAAAGACAUGGCAGAGCCUUUGUCCCCUGUCCUAGCCCCAGCCAACCACUGAGGACUUGUGUCUUCCUGCUGCCUGCGAUGCUCCCUAGUAGCCAUGGAUGCGGAGGCAGGAGGGCUUUGCAGACUGGGGAGGCUGAGGUUUCUUCUGGCUGCUCAAUAUUUUUCUGUUGGGGUUUGUUAUUAUCCCCACCCACUGCCUCCCUGAUAGGCACAGUGGAUGUUCCCAAGAGGAACGCGUCACUUCAGAAAUAUAGGCACUGGCAGAUGUAUGAAUGAAAACCUCUUUGGCAGCCUUCCAUCCCUUGUUCAGAAAUGAUUGUUGAUAUCUUAAUAGAGCCAAGUCACAGGAUUGUUGGGAAGCUUCUUUCAGCUUAAAAGCCUUGCAGUGCCUUUUAAAAGAGCCCUGUGAACGAGAAUCUUUUUUAAAAAAUGAAUAAAUCUGGAUGUCAUUGAUGACUGCCUUCCUCUGGGCUUGGGCAACCAGGGUUGAAAAAAAGAAAAGUUUAUGAAUGAGAUAGCAGCAAGUGGCAGCUUCAGAGAGGACAGCAGCCCUCUCCCUGCCGAAUUUUGGUGGUUCCAGUCCCGCUUGUUACCAACCUCGCCUUGUAAAAUACCCAUGGGGCUCCUCGGAUCCUAAAUGCUGCCUGGGGGGAAACUGCCAACUAUUUACAGCCCUGCUUGAAAGAACUAAUGCAAACCAAUCCGGUCAGUGAUUAAUUCCUCCCGUCAAACUAGCAGUGUUGACUAAUCAAGUACAAAACUAAUGCAUUUUCGGGAAGGUGCCUAGCGCAAUGGUGGAGCACAUGCCUUCCAGGGGAAAGGUCCGAGGUACACCCUCUGGCAUCUCCAGGUAGGACAGGCAGAGACUUGCUGCCUGAAACCCUGGAGAGCUGCUGCCAGUCAGUGCAGACAGUACUGAGUUAGGUGAACCAAUGGUCUGGUUCAAUAUAAGGCAGCUUCCCAUGUCCCUAAGAUGGAGUGAAAGCUUCCUAUUUUCCUGUGUGUGUGUGUGUAUUACCUAUUGGUUCUGGAUGCAUCUUAUACCUCUACUUUCCUUAUUUUUCUCGUUCCUUCUUUAUUUCCUCCAAGAGCUCUUUGAUGCUAUUUGGGGGGGGGGGUCCCGCCCUCCAUUGUUCAGCAAACACCCAAUUCCAAGCUACUUUUGCAACCCCAUGCUCACUUGCUCAAACCAAUCCCUCCUCCUGCCACCGAGAGAUUUACCUUCUUGCAAAACGUUGCUUACCAUUCCAAGAAGGGGUGGUUUGGAAGAUGAAUUGCCCUUGCCUUUGGACAGCCUUUGCCUUCUAAACCAGGGGUAGCCAGCGGGGUUGCUGUAGAUCUUGUCAUCCCUGACUACUGGCCGUACUCAAAGGGGCUGGUGGGAGUUGGAGGCCGAAAACAUCGGGAGUGUACCGCCGUGGCCACCCCUGCUUUAAAUCACGUGCAGCACAAGGCAGGGCCCUUCGUCUUUGCAUGGUUAAUGGUGAGAAAGGAGCUUCAAAAGUUUUGCAACGUGUGCUUUCAUGUUUUGUUAAUCCAGGUGUUGUCAUUCCGCUCAUCAGUGUCUGGUGCUAAUAGAACCAAAGCUGUUUCCUCCUUGCCGUAUAUUGUUUGAAAACGUUGAAAAUGUACAAGUGCUUUGUUCUGAGGUUUGAACUUCCUGCUCUCAAGGCUUAGUUUGCUUCCAGUUCUUGGUUGAAACUAAGCCUCCUGUUACUGGUACCCUGUUGUCUAAAGAUUCCCAUUUGCCUUCCUGUAAGUUGUUAGAUAAAUUUGCAGCUUGUACCUUUGCCAGGAAUCACUGCUUGGAUUGUGGCGUGACCUCAGAACUGCGCCUCAUGAGAGAGAGAGAAGAUCAUACAAAUGUGCAUCUAUUCAUGGAAAAAAUGCUGCCUGUGUUUUAAUGCUCAGAAUGCAAGGUGUUUGAGGAUAGACCUCGGGUGCUUGAGGGGAACCCUAUUGAGUCACAAAGACACCCACAUUGAUCUGAUUCAUUAUUAUUUGGAUUGAUAUUCCUCCCUAUCCUGAGAGCUUAAUGUACUUGUGAGCCUGUGGCUCUUCCAAAAUAAGACCAGGCAAGUGAAUUGCGCAUUUUCAAACAAAGCAGUUGCUCUUGAAGGCAUGGGUUUUUAAGGUAGAAAACAAAUGCUUUUUUUCUUCUUAUGGGUCACUGACUGGUAUGCUUUGGAGACGGCUGGUUGGGGAUGGAAGUGUGAGUUGCGGUUUCCCUGCUCAUUCCCAAUUUUAUGUGGCUUAUUCUGAUGAGAAACUGGCUCAUCUUGGAUGAUCCAAUCAACAUUUACGUUGCCCUUUUCCAUACGUUUUCAAAGCACAUCCCAUGCAUCAGAUAACAGCCCUGAAAGGUAGGUCACUAAUAGCAUCCCAGAGUUAAUGAUGUGGUUAUGAUGCUGAAAGUUGUGUACCCUUAGGCAACCUAGUGAGUUAUGUGGCUGUUUUCGAGUUUCUUACCCACCUUUCACCAUAAGAACCCCACAUGGAUUGCAGCAAUAUUAAAAUGCAAUAUUAAAAUCAGUGCAAACAAUUUACAAGCAUGGGGGGAGAGGAAGCCAAUAAGGCAGAUGCAGAAGAUUCAUUUGCAUAAAUCAGAGUCCAGUCUUGCGGGUCUGGGAAAAAGCAGAGUAUUUGGAAGAAGUCUGAAGCAACAGGUGGCUGUUGUUUCAAGUAUGGCCGAGGAAGGGCAUCCUAUUAUUAUUAUUAUUAUUAUUAUUAUUAUUAUUAAUCAACAACAAUUCAGCAGAGCGGGGCAACAGCAGAACUGCCUGUUUUCAGGUCACUAAAUCUUAGAGCUAGACCCACAGAAGAUCUCUUGGCACAGUUGGCAUCACCAUUUUGCCCAUACUGAAUUGAGAUGGCACGGGGUGUUCAUGGCUUCCAAAGUUGGCAGCUCUGACUAUAUUAUUAUUAUCAGUGCUUUUUUUCGGGGGGGGGGAAUGUUUAGGGGUACUCUCAUUUUCCUACUCAUAUUGAAAUUCUGCCCCUCAAUGAGGCCAAACUUAGAUUCACAAAAUGUUUAGGGGUAUGCGUCCCCCUGCGUCCCCCAGAAAAAAGCUCUUCUUCUUCUUCUUCUUCUUCUUCUUCUUCUUCUUCUUCUUCUUCUUCUUCUUCCCCUUCUUCUUCCCAAGUUUAAAGAGCCCAGUCACUGUGGGGAGGGCAGCCUUAAUUAUCUGACUGCACUUCCCCAAGAGCCCAGCAUCUUCCCAUUUGCAGAGAAGGCUGCAUUAGUGGAGAUAGAUAUAUAAGAGUUGCGACUUGAGCGUAGAUGUUUGUUGAACCUUUUCAAAGUUCAGGCGUACCAGGCCUCCUGGAACUCUCUGUCCAAAUUACCGUAACAGUCUAGCUCUGGGGACCGAGGGGUUUGGUUUUGGAUACUCUCCGAUUUUUCCGCCUGCUCUGUGUGUGGAGUGUCCUGAGAUAGCAUCCUCUCUAGUAAUGUCAAAAAGACAACUCGGCAAUCAGCAGGAAUGUGGAGGCCCCCAAGGGCUCCCCCCCCCCUUAUGAUUUUUAAGAAAAAGGAAAGCAGAAAGGCAAGAGGCCAUUUUGGCUCCCUUCCCUUCUUUUCCAAGCUCAAGCCAGCAUUGCUCUAGCAAAUUCUGUUCUGGAAAAUGUGUUAACAUUCCUGGGCCGGCUGACCACCAGCAGCCCUGCUUUCCCUCUUGGGUGCUCGAAAGCAUGAGGCCUUCAGCUUAGUAGGUGGCAGGUGUGUGUUUUGCAAGGAAGGUGAUAUCUGUAUGGGAAUUCUGUGCUAAGAAAAGUUAAAUUCUGUAACUGUAUUAACCCAGUGCAAAUUUAAAAUGACACAGUUCUCUCUCCACUCACCCACCCACUUGGUUACUGUUUUGCAUGAUUUUAUUUCCAUUUUAAUAGCCAAGGGAGAGAGCAAGUAGGUGUGCAAUGGGCAGUAGUUCUACCCCUGACCACUGGAAUCUGUGCUCUGACUCCCUGUUUGGCUUCUAAGAUUUCAGCAAGUGCUGCCCACCAGAAAGUGUUUUACACGUCCUCUCAGCCACAAGGGUGGGAAGCUAGCUUGUAUUCUUUUCCCCCACAAAAUUCUCAGGAAGCUGAAUUUCUUGCCUUGCACGCCCAUGGGAUUGUGGCCUGUGCACAGGCCCCUGCUCAUGGUGGAGAUGCAAAGCACAGAGAGUUGAGGCUGAAACAUAUUGUUUUAUUAACCACCACAAACUUUCCACUAGGCUUCAUAAGAACAGCUGACUGCACAGCUGCUCCCCUAGGGCGAGUAAGAAUUUUCUCCAGAAAAUGACUAGACAUGGAAGCAGAUGCAGAUUUAGGAAGGGAGUGUGGUUGUUUCUUUUAGAUUCUUGACAUGGCGCAAGUGACCGGCUGAGUUACUUAUUUUAUUCAUUAGAUUUCUUACCUGGCUUUAGCCAUAAGGUCCCAGGACGGGUUGCAGUAUAAUCAUAGAUAUUUUUUAAAAGUAGAACAGAUAACAAUGAUAAAGAAUAAGUAAAACGGUUCCACAGAACAGAAAUAAGGUGGGUGCUAAAAAUACACACCUCCCUAGGUAGCUCAGUUGGUUAGAGCGUGGUGCGGAUAACGCCAAGGCUGCAGUUUUGAUCCCUGUACGAGACAGCUGCAUAUUCCUGCAUCACAGAGAGUUGGACUAGAUGAUGAUCCUCAGGGUCCCUUCCAACUCUACAAUUCUACGAUUCCAAGUAUCAGGAGCCAGGGCAAAGAGGUGCGUCACUGUGAGCACCUUGAACUGGGUCCAGAAACAAACUGGCAACCACUUAAGUGUGGGCAGGAGAGCUAGGGGCAGUUUGUGGGCAAGUAACUUGAGUAGACUUAUCAUUUAGCAAACCUGCUUUGUUCUCCCUUAGUCAAGCUCUGCUUCUGUGUCCAAAAUAGAUUCUCAAUAGCCUCAAGUGAGGGAGAAGCAGAACAGCCUCUUCCUGUGACUCUAGCAGUAUAGCAUUUUUAGGCUUACCUCUGAGCACAUUUGGCGUUCUUCAGUUGUCCAAUGAUGAUGAUGAUUUAAUCAACCCUUCUUGCCAGCCACCAGCCUGCUCCACCUGAUCUCGUGGCCUCCUGAAGCAACAUGGUGAUUUCCCCCAUAUUGACCCGUAUCUAUCUUUCUGUCAGCCACCAUGAACUAAUGUACACUGAUGCUUUUUGUGCUCCCAAGGUCUUCCUAAACUACAUGUUUGUUUGACUGCUUCAGAGAAACUGUGGUUUUUAAAAGGAUGGUAUUUUCUGGCAGGCCCAGGUGCUGUUUCCUGUUGCCAAUAUUUUUUUAUAAAAUAAUAAUAAUAGAUUUUGCAUCUCUCUUCAAGUAAUGAUGGCAAAGUUUCCAUUGACCCAUCAUUUCUGAAAUACCCCCUUCUUCAGUCACAACUCACUGGGAAUAAGGAUUGAGGAUCUUAAAUCUAGGGAGGGUCGUCCUCCAGGUAGGGCUGUGGGAGGGCCUCUGCCAGUCAGUGCAGACAAUACUGGGCGAGAUGGACCCAGUGGUUUCCCCACUUGUUCUUGCAGAGGUUCAAGUUUGUCUUCUAAUUUCUCCAGAGAUGUCUGUUGCCUUGUGCAGGGUUGUAAGGCAGCAGCAAUUUCUGUCCUGUGCCCUUGGUUCAUUGCUGUUUCUGUUCUGCUUCCACCAAACCUACGUCGUUUGUCUUGCUGUGCAAGGAUUUACAUAAUUAAUUUUGAUGCGUUUCAGUGGAAGGGACAUGUCAAAAACUCACGCAGAAAAUAAGCAUGCAAUUACGCAGGGAAACAUAAAAUGAAAAUCAAGAAUAGUCAAAAUACAUUGAAUUUAAUGUCAGGUGGGAUUGCCAAAGUAUUUUUUUUCUUGCCCCACCCCCCGCAGGAGCACAUAACCUGAAUGUACCUAAGUUAAAGGCGCGUAAGUUGCAGGCUUACUAUAACAUAAAUAUUUACCAUAAUUAUUUUACCAUACUUAUUUUAGUUUGCAGACUAAACUCCCUGCCCCGACAAUAGCAAAUGCCACUUGUAUUUUCUUGCAUGAUUGCCGUUCAUGACCUUGCACAAACAUACAAAUUGCGGGAAUUUCCAUUUGCGACGGAAUUUCCCAAGAUUCCUAAUCUUAGGUCAGGGUCAGUGGUUGUUUGCGAUACGGAAAGGCCUCCCAUUUGCUUUCCCAUUCUUCCUCGAAUUUGAUGCCACCUUGCACAUUUAUACAGGGGUCAGAGCUCAGUGGCAGAGCAAAUCAUUUGCAUGCAGAAGCCCUGGUAUGUCCAGUUGUUCUUCCAUCCUUUCUUUUUUAAAGGAUCCAGUAGCAGGUGGGUGGAGUGGCAAAACUUUUGCUGGAGCUCCUGCCAGUUAGUGAGAUCAUUAAGCAACCCAAACCAUUCUUGUGUGCCCUAAGUACUGGGCAGCUGCAGCGGUGGGAUAAAUGCCUCUGGCUGAGUGGCAAAGCCCCCAUGCAGAAGGUUCCAGACUCAGUCUUGGGCUUCAUAGCUUAAAAAAGGGCCUCGGGUAGCAGAUCAUGGGAGAGACCUUCCCCUGCCCUGAGAACAACCCACCCGUCUUGCCCCAAAGAGCCGCUGUCAGUCAGAGUAGACAGCACUAGUUUGAUUAGAUAUGAGGGGCCUUCAGGUGUCCAUAUGCUGUUCCCUGUUAAGGAAAAUAAGCAUUUGUUCUGUUGAACAAAUACUAUUGAACAAAUCUCCACUUCAGUAGUUUUGAUUUCUGUUAGGCAACUCUCCCCCAUGAUCCUUCUGGUGACAACGUUUUCAGUUUCAUGCAUUUCAUGUGUCUUGCUAUUCUCCAUCUCUUUAUUGCUUUUAUGGCUCAUCACUGGGGAUGCGCAGGCAGAUGUAGGAGGAGCUCAUGGCUACAAAAAGUAAGGAUUGAUUACUUGUCAGGGGGAGGUAAGCCUGUUUCUUGUGCCAAAUUUUCAUGGGGAGGAUGUCAGUCUCUUAAAAUAAUAUAUGGCUAGGAGUAUUUAAAGGUAAACUGGGUGCUCAAACACUGCAUUGCUUUAAACUGCCCCCCGCCCUCCUCAAACUCUUUUUAUAAAGACUCAUAGACAAGCCUUCCCCAAGCUGGUGUCCUCCCAGAUGCUACAAUUCGCAUCAGCCCCAGUGCGACCUGUCAUCUGGGAAGAUGGGAGUUGUAGACCAAAACAUAUGGAGGGCACCAGGUUGGGGAAGGCUGUUGUAAAUCAUGGGUGGCAGAGGCUGUAAGACAUGUGUGGCACCACCAUGGUCACAUGCCUGACUGUGGCGUAGAGUCAGUUCCCAUAUGUAUGCCUGCCUGCCCAGCUCAUUAGACUGCAGUCCAGUUGCAUCACGUUCAGGGGUAACAUUCCAGAGGCAUCUCAUAUUUGCAAAAGUCACAUAUAGCCCCAGAUGACUUUUUUUAAUAACAAACAAACACAACCUGGCUACUAGCUGGCAUGGGAUGGGGGGAGGCCCUCCCUGUGUCUCUGCUGCCUUGCCUUACUCCUCCACCAACAGGAGGAGAGGAGAGGGAUGGAGGCAAGCAGAGAGAGUUGCAGGCAGAAGAAAAAGGCUGGAAUUGAUCUGGGAUAGAGCUGCAGCCAAGCACCAGUUAAGUUUGUAUGGAUGCGACUUGACUAUAGAGAAUUGCAUUGUGAUGCCCGCCAAGGUGGCACUUUUGCAUUUGACACACUUCCUAUAAAAAGUUGGUCACCCCUGCCCUAACAGAGAAUUGUUGGUCCUGAAAACAUCACCUUGCAGGCAAACGCUGAACCUGAACAACUUCCUAGCAAGCUCACUAAGCCUUUUCCCUCACCUCCUGUGUGGCCUUCAUCUCCUUUGCUUCCUGCUGGCAGUGGUGGCACUUGCCUCCCAGCUCUGACUUCCUACAGACCGAACCUGCAAGCUCGUGAGCUUCACGUUAUCCUCACUUGUUCUCUGACAUUGUACCCUGUUUUAUUGCCAUUCCCAACAUCUAAACUUGGCAUUCAUUGAGAUGUUCGGUAUUGACCGAGAUGCGGCUUGUAUGUAGGUUUGCUUGAAACAAGAGAUGUUUGGAAAGCCCCUGGCUGGUUAUUAUAUCACAUGCAAGGUGAAAUGAGGCGCCAUAAAAUAUAUACUGAGCUUGUCGCUUCCUCUUAGAUAAGGUUAGCUGUGACUUCAUCCUAAAUGAGGAAGGCUUUUGUGCAAUUCAGAACCGAGCACUGUCGUUCACAAGGACAAAAUUUCCCUCCUGCAUCUCUUUUUGUCGCUUUCUGGGUCAGCCACACCUGCUGUAGAUUAGCGUGUUGUACUUUUGCAGAACUGUGAAACCAGGCAAAGUGUGGUUCCUUUGAAAAUCUCUCGGAAAUUUAAUCCAUUUUUAAAUAUGUAAAGUGAAGUAGUAAGGAAGCAUUUAAUUGCAACUCUCUGAUUCCUCUUCCUCUCCCCCACCCUACCCAAUUAUGUGGUCUUUUAAAGCUCCUUUUCUCAGCCCAUUUGUCGUGAGUCCUGGGAUUCAGACCAUACCCAAAAACAAAUACAUAUUUUCUUAAGAAAAAGAACAAGCGCCACUGUCUAUAACUGCACCGCAGAGUUUAUUCCAAUCUGGGAUAGUUUAGAGUUUGGGUUGGCUUUUGUAAACCACCAGGCGCCAUUGAGCAUAUCCUCUGAGUUAAUACCUCUACAAUGGUUUUGGCUUUUUUUGUAAAAACAGUAAGAAGAAAGAAAGCAUUUUUUUGCAAGUUGUUGAUCUAUGAAUAAACAAUGCCUUAAUAGGGAGCAGAUUCGCCAGUGUCUGCCUAGUCCACAACCCUGGAGCCAUGACACUUCAUUGUAAAGCAUUCCUGGAUGGGUUGGGCAGGAUUCGGAGAACCAGGGAAGCAGUUCUUGUGAUCUCUGAACAAUCAUAUUCUGUGCAACACCAAACACGUGGUGUGGGUCUGGAUUCUGAAAUGGUUGGUUUUCUCAUGGUUUUUAUCUAAAAGCAUCUGCCGUGAAACCUUUGAUGUGAAGUCAUAGAAUCAUAGAGCUGGAAUAGACCACAAGGGCCAUCGAGUCCAACCCCCUGCCAAGCAGGAAACACCAUCAGAGCACUCCUGACAUAUGGUUGUCAAGCCUCUGCUUAAAGACCUCCAAAGAAGGAGACUCCACCACACUCCUUGGCAGCAAAUUCCACUGUUGAACAGCUCUUACUGUCAGGAAGUUCUUCCUAAUGUUUAGGUGGAAUCUUCUUUCUUGUAGUUUGGAUCCAUUGCUCUGUGUCCGCUUCUCUGGAGCAGCAGAAAACAACCUUUCUCCCUCCUCUAUAUGACAUCCUUUUAUAUAUUUAAACAUGGCUAUCAUAUCACCCCUUAACCUCCUCUUCUCCAGGCUAAACAUGCCCAGCUCCCUUAGCCGUUCGUCAUAAGGCAUCGUUUCCAGGCCUUUGACCAUUUUGGUUGCCCUCCUCUGGACACGUUCCAGUUUGUCAGUGUCCUUCUUGAACUGUGGUGCCCAGAACUGGACACAGUACUCCAGGUGAGGUCUGACCAGAGCAGAAUACAGUGGCACUAUUACUUCCCUUGAUCUAGAUGCUAUACUCCUAUUGAUGCAGCCCAGAAUUGCAUUGGCUUUUUAGCUGCCGCGUCACACUGUUGGCUCAUGUCAAGUUUGUGGUCAACCAAGACUCCUAGAUCCUUUUCACAUGUACUGCUCUCAAGCCAGGUGUCACCCAUCUUGUAUUUGUGCCUCUCAUUUUUUUUGCCCAAGUGCAAUACUUUACAUUUCAGUACAUUUACAUUUACAAGUCACUGGAGCAGAAUGGAGUGACCUUCUUGAUCAUGCUUUAGCAUCUCCCAUGCUCAGUUCGUGCUUGCAGGUUUGGCAUUUACCAACUUGUAAAGCCCUGCUUUACUUUUAGCUAUGCAUACUUAAGACCGUGAGAGCCUCUUGGAUCACGUCAAAGACCCACCUAGCAUCCUGCUCUCACAGGGGCCAGCCAUUGCCUCUGGGAAGCCCAGGAGCAGAAUCUGAGCUUAAUAGCACUCCCCCAAUCAAUCCCCCCAUUGAUAGUUUUAUCCUCUGUGAAGAGGUACUUUCUUUUGUCUGUCCCGAUUCUUCCAGCAUUCAGCAGGUAUCCAUGAGAUCUAGAGUUCUAUGAGAGGGAGAAGAGCCUUUCUCACUGCUCUUUUCUCCAUACCAUGCAUAGUAAGAAAACACCUUCUCCUAAAUUGAAUCAAAGUGCUCUUAAGAAGGACCUAAAACUUGUUCCUGGCUCUAUUGCCUAGGCCACUGGCAUGACGAGGGCAUGUCAAAGAAUGGCCACAUUGGCUGACUGCCUUGCAGCCGCCAGAUUUUUUCUGUCUAAUGAAGACUUAGCAAAGCUUGAACAUAUGUAUUCUGCAAGAUAGCACUGGGGCUAAGUGGGAAGUGAAGGGUCAAAAGAAUCUAUUGUAUAAAGUAGCUUUCUAUGUGCUUAUGUGUGUGUGUUUUAAAACUCCAAGUGACGUCACACUGGCACAAGUGGUUGAAUUGAUUGGCUGAAGAUAUCUUGCUGAAGAUACCCGCUUGUUCAUUUCAGUGUGGCGUUUGUAGAAUGCUUUGCAGGAAGUAGAUUGUGUCCAUUGGUCGGAUUGGCCCACCUCUCCCAUUCUGCCAACCCUAGUUGCUAUCAUUAUCGCUAUUAAUGAACUUGGUGCUUUGCAGACUGCAAGGUGGCAGGUCCCUGCUGCAAGGAGCUGGCAAUCUAAAAUGCUGCUCAACUCUGUCACUCAUGUUAAUGGCUCCAGGAAGGGUACAGUGAGGGGUGGGGGAGUGUGAUGGCAGUAAACCAACAGACUCCUGCUGCUCCUCACUACCUCCCGGUGGUCCCUGAAAGAGCCGGUGUUCUCAAUUCCUUGAAGUAUUCAAAAGCUAGCGGAGCAAGGACUGCCUUACAGUUCAUGCCCAUGUUGCUGGCAGGGCAUCUGCAUCUCAGUCUACAAAGGACGGGGGAUAUCCCUUGGCGCAGGUUCCUCGUAGAGCAGCUGUAAGCUAUGGAAGAAGUGGAGACUGAGUCACAAGUCUGGAUUCUCUUACGAAAAUAGCAACUUGGCAUGCUUUGUAGAAGCCUUCUCUGACCUGGUGCCCUCCAGAUGUUUGGAACUAUAACUCCCAUAAGCCCCAGCCAGUGCAGUCUUGCCCAUGUGAUUUUCAGGCAUGUGUUCAUAGUCCUAUGACCUACAAACAAGUUUAAAAAGCAGCAGCAGCAGCAGCUGACAUUCCCAGGAACCUGAGUCCUGUACCCUGCCGUUCUCUGGAAUCGCAGGAGUUGCACAAGCUCGGUCAUCUCAUCAUGUUCCCUGGUCAUUUUGGCUCCAGGCAGCUAAUCAUUGUUAAGCUACUCCUGUGUCAUUCCUUUGGGACUCUUCAGGGGGUUUAGCAAGCUGCAUUCAGCAGGAUACGCCUGUAACUUACCUGAAUGCACAACACUGCCUUGUAGGGAGGCAAAUCGCUUUUUAUUGUAUUUAGCCAUAAGCAAGGGGCAGGCUAGGGGCUGAACGUGGCCCUGCAAGGAUCGCGUGCCUCUCUCCCUGGGCCAUGCCCCUUCCUGGCCCUGCUUCAUGCUCCCCUGGACUGUGUUUGCCUGUGGGAAUGCAUCCUUUAAUUGUGAUAAUGCCUUUUCCUUACCUGGAUGGAGGACAGAGAGGGCCUGUGUGUGUUUUCCAUGGCUGGAAUGCAAUCCACGGUGCAAGAACUGCUUCUGUUGCUGCACUUGCCUUUGCAUCUAGUUGCACCCUCUUUUGUCUUCAGCCCCACUCACCACUGGCAUGCAGCUCCCAGAAGUCUGUCCAUAAGGGAACGUGACCCUUGGUCUUAACAAUGUUCCCCUCCUCUGCUGUAGUUCUCCAGUGGGUGCUGGUGCCCAUUGGGACUGGGAGGUGGGAGCCCAACAGUAGGUGGCGCCAGAGCCGAUGGCAGACAAAGCCAGCUCAUUCUAGUUCUGGCCCCAUCCUCCUCCUUCCUGCUGAGUUCUGUAUAUACAUGGGUAUGAAAGAGGAGGAAGCUGGCAGGCGGGGACUUGCUAAGGAUGGUGGGGCAGUGCCCCAUUUGCCUGAAUGGAAUACCCAGCACCUGCAUAGGCUAUUUUGGUGAAAGACUGGUCCUAGUGAAUGCUGGAAGUCACUAGGGGUGCCAAUGAAGCAAAACAUUAUCUUACACCAAGUCCAGACUCUUGGUCUAUUCAGCCCAGUUUCUACAGGGUCGCAGGCAGAGGGAGGCCCCUUUUUCCAUCACCAGCUGCUCCUCAUCCUUUUCAACCUGAGAUGCUUCCCUGAAUGCAAUCUGGGGCCUUCAUGCAGAGCUCUGAGCUGCCAAGAUAUUCGGAGAGCAUUUUGGGAGCUCCCACAACCAGCCGCAAUUGGGAGGCACAAUGCAGGGUUGGAAACUUCCCCAACUGAACAGGUGUCAAUUUGGGACUCCAGCAGAGCACUGGAUGAUGAUGAUGAAGAAGAAGAGUUUGGACUUGAUAUCCUGCCUUUCACUACCCUAAGGAGUCUCAAAGUGGCUAACAAUCUCCUUUCCCUUCCUCCCACACAACAAACACUCUGUGAGGUGAGUGAGGCUGAGAGACUUCAGAGAAGUGUGACUGGCCCAAGGUCACCCAGCAGCUGCAUGUGGAGGAGCGGGGAAGUGAACCUGGUUCACCAGAUUACGAGUCCACUGCUCUUAGCAACUACACCACGCUGGUUGCUUUCAUAUCCCAUAGCCCCACCCAAGGAGCUGAGUUGGAAUAUAUAGUUCUCCCAUUUCAUAAAGUGAAAUGCGCUUUGUUAAAAUAAAUUUCCUUCAUUCCGCCCCCCCCAGCCCCCGUUCAGUGUUAAGUGGCAGGGGUGGCACUGUUUCUUAAAGGGCCACCUCCCAUCUUUUUAAAAAAGGAAAAGGAAGAAGGUCAUGUUGCUAAAAGGAUGCACCUUAAGUGUACACCUAAAGAAACAUAAAACUGUGAAUGCAGCUUACAUCUGUUUCCACACACGAUUGACGGGCGUCCCCUGCCAAGGACAUACUGGUGGGUGAACCAGGCUUAACUGCUGUGUAAUGUGUGGAAUGGAUUCAAAUGUGGCAGCCUCUGAGGUUUCACAGCUAGGCUGCCCAACUCCAACCUUUGGGCAUUCCUCCUGUUUGCUUGUACCUCUUCCUGGUCGGUAGGCUCAGGGAUGAAUGAGCAGCCUUCGUACCCAAGAAUGGGAGCUUCCACUUGCUUCAAUUGAAGGCUGUAGUUUGGAAAAGAACCAGGCAGUUCCCAGAGUCUUUUCAAGCUCUGCUCGAGGGAAUCCUGGAAUUCCUUGGAAAUUUUCUCAUGUCAGUCUGCAUAAUGGGUUCUUUCGGCGCUGUCUCCAUUUAUCACUCUUCAUUUUCCUGUUUAACGGGAUCAACAAGUUUGUUCAAGGAAAAUAAAAUGGGGAGUCACAAACUUAAAUAAGCUACAAGUACUGUUUAUUCAGGCAUUUGAUGACUGAAGGACACUGUUCCUGAACCCUGAGAUCACUGGCUCAGAGAAUGAUUCUAACUGCUUUUAGAAUGCUUUUAAAAAGUGUUUUGUGAUUAAAGCGUUUGCCCCUCGCCUCCCUGGGCUCCUCUGGGAGGAAGGGCAGGAUAUCAGUUGAAUAAACAAGAAAUAAAUAAAAUUACUUUGAAAUCCAAUCAAUCUGUGGCACCUUUCCCCUUUCUCAGCAAGGGGAGGGGGGUUUCUGCUGAUCCAGACAUCCCUCUUUGCUUUUGUGGAGGAGGUUAGGAAGUCAGAACAAUAGCUUGAAGUGCCACAGGGAAUGGGAUUUACAGUAUCUGUGGCUUUGCUUCUGUGGAGGAAGGGAACUGUAGCACAGUGGGUAGGAGAGAGCGUCUUCUUUGCAUGCAGGUGUCCGUUCAACCCCCAGCAUCUCCAGGUAGGACUGGUGAAGAUUCCCUGCCUGAAGCUCUGGAGAAAUGGUCCAGCUCAGGGUCAGGUAGCUCCCUGUUUUCCUCUCAGUUCAUGAGGGGUAGGGAGCAUCGUGUUUCAUGAUCUAGUCUACCCUGCAGGGCUAGUGAGAGCACUUUGGAGAUAAGAGACGGGAAGCACGAGUGAAUGGGGUAUGUCUCUGUCUUCUGCAAAAUGUAGAGGGUUCCAUGUCAGAUGGUGAUACGGAAAGGUUUUUCCUGAAGGGAGAAACCCCCCCGAUGUACUAAAUCAGUGUUGUGAGCUUUCAUCCUUUUCUCAGCAAAAAUCAUUCUUUUCCCAUUUCUUUAGUAGAUUAGAUUCAUUUCAUGGAGGAAGAGGAGAGGUCUCUUCACAUUUGUUAAUUGUGACUUCUCUGUAGAACCUCCAGGCUCAGAGACAGUCUGCCUCUUGGCUACCAGUUGCUGGAGAGCAAUGGCAGGAGAGGUGUGUUAACCUCAAGCCCUUUCUAGAGACACCUGGUUGGCCAGUACAGGCAACAGGGUGCUGGAACUUUUUGGUCUGCAGGGCUCCUGAAUGAAACCUUCAUGUCCAGGGGCAGUGUAUCUCCCAGUGGAUGCAUACAACAGGAGAUAUUCGCUUUCCUUCCCUGUCCUGCUUUUGGGCUUCCUAGAGGCAUUCGGUUAUCCACUGCAGGGAGCAGGAUGAUGACACUAGAUGGACCACUGGGCUCUUCAGAUGUAUCCCUUAAUUUACAUAACAAAGCACUGAACCUCAUGCAACAUUUCAUGGCUUUCUCUUGUUCCUGUUGGCCAGUGUAGCUUAGUUUUUCUCAUUCCAGCUGAUGGCACCUGUCCACAACACAUCCAUUGUCCCUGUCCUUCUGUGAGGAAGUGCUUUUGUAUUUCUGGCCAGCUUCCCUCUGUGUAAGCUCUUGCUUUCCCUCCCUUGCAGGUUUUGCCGUCGCCCAGUGCAUCAACCAGCACAACCCCUCUCCGCUUUCAUCUCCAUCCCCUUCGUCCAGCGGGAGCACCGGGCGCUGUGACUCUGCCACCAGCUCCACAUCGAUUCCUUCCAUGGUCCAGAGCCCGUCAGGUAUUGAAGCCUCUUGCUCUUAGCUCCUGUAGGCUGUUUUAUAAACUCUGCUUGAAUCCACCUGAAGGUUUUUAAAGAGACUUCCUAAUCUUAAUAUUUUAUCUCCUGUUCUUUAAACUUGUUUUGGAAAGGGUACCCAAGGGUGGGGGGGUUCAGGUGAGUCCAUGCAAAACUGGGGGACAGAUUAUCCGAGAUUUUGUUUUUCCCUGUCGUGGCUUCAGUCCUGCAAGUCAGGCAGGUGGAUGAGCUUGGCAGACCAUUCCUCAUCAGUCUCUUGGUUCAAAUUGUAUGAGACAACAAUAUUGCUUGCUGCAGGAUCCUGCGUUAAAACGCUUUGUGCUAAUGCUUAACUUCUUCGCCUGCUGGAGCUGAGACCAUUCCAGAAUCCACACUCCCCUGACUGAAAAUCCUAUUCCUACGAUCCCAGAUAACUUAAGAUCUGGCACGGCUUCUCAGUAGUAAGACAAAGGUGCUCUGCACAUGCGUAAAGGCACUGUGUGUCAUUUCACACAUUCCUCGGCACUGAGAACAAGUUGGACUCCUGGUUCAAAUUUAAGUCAAAUUUGAAUUUCAAAUUUAAUAAUAAGCUGGCCCAAAAAAAAAAAUCAAAGUAAUCUCUCUGUCCUUUGGCACUUGUGUUUAUAUCCUGGUUCUUUAUUUCCAUUGAAAUGAUCUGACUGCUAAAUCUAAAGGUGUGCGUAUGGGAGUGAAAACUAAAUUUCAAGGUCAUCUUUUAAGGAAUGUUCAUGGUGCCAAACAAGAUGCCCACUCUAGAUCUAGUUCAGGGAUGGAGAACCUACAACCCUCCAAAUGAUGUUGAACUGCAGCUUCCAUCAUCCCUUACCAUUGUUUCAUGUUGGCUGGGGCUAAUGAAGUCCAAAAAUACCUUGUGGUGGGGCACAGGUUCCCCAUCCUUGCUUUUUAAGGAAUUGGACGUUGUUGGCUACCAGGAACAACUGCAAAAUAUUGCUUCAUUCCUCAUAUCUGGUAACCUUUGCAUUUUGUGUGUGUAGUUUUAACAGCCUGAUCUUAGAUGCAAGUCCUGCUGUAUAAAUUUUGAAUUGUACUCUCCUCCUUUUCCCUUCUCUUCCCCUCCCACAAGUAACUUCUUUUGCAGGGAUACUCUUUUUUUUUUGCAGAAAACCUCCACAGGCAGCUUGUCUGUGCCAUAGUGACCUUAAACUCAGCACACCUGUAUUUCAUGGCUAUCAUAAACUCUGGAAAUGUACAGGCUUGUUAAAAGCAAAUGCUGGCCUGCCUUCAUACAAAUGCAUUUGCUGACAGGCUAUUGAUCUUCUGUAGAGGUUUCCAAGGAAGAAGAACGAGGUGAUUGUGUGUUUUUCCCCCCAGCCCUAGAUACUUUUGCCUUUGUGCAGAAGUUCCUCCUCCCACCCCAGCUUUAUUCUCCCCACCCACACGUGAUAGACGGCACUGAUUUGGACUGCCGGUGGGGUGUUUGCUCCACCACAUGUUUAGCCUAGUUGUGUGGGUCUUAAUUAAAUUAAAGCCCCCAAAUGGGAGUGGAGUCAGCUGUUCCUUGUUAAAAUCUAUUUCCAGCAAUUACUGGCAGCUCUGUGUGACAUUAGCAGUCUUUAAACAUGCGGCUAACAGUUUAAAUCCUAAAAAGCGGAGUAGGUGUAGUAUCAUUGGGAAAUGAAAGCUCUGCCUUCAGAGAGAGGGUUUUGUUAAAGAACUUGUAUUCCUUGGAAAACCACACACUUCACGACGAGGAGUUAACUUUCCAAGCUGGGCCCUUGCCGUGAUGGAUAUGAGCUGCUCAGGCAAUCAACCUGUUUCUUCUUCUUCUUGGUUUGAGGUCACAAAUACUGAUCCGCAGUAUCUAUCUAGUGUCCCUCCGCCCCUUGGCUGCAUCAUGGCAACUUUCAUCCCGACUAUAUUUUAUUUCAUUAUGUCAGGAUUUUUUAUUAACUUCUGUUAUCUGUUCCACUGAGAAGCAAGGGGUCUUAUUUGUAGAGUGUGGCCACACCUCCACAGUUUCACUUAAAAAUGUGAAAUCUGGUUCUGCUCUAAUCACCUGGAACCUAAACUAAUGCUGAAGGCAGCAAUUCACCCUUUAAUAGUACAAAACCUGGUUGAAAGCUGACUGCUGUAUUGGAGAGGGGAAAUAAAACCCAUGGAGCUGAGAAGCACGGUUUGUGCUAUGAAAUUAAGGCUGUUACAGUUCUACUUUAUCAACGCUUUGAUUUAUUUUAGGAACAAAGGUUUUUCUUCUCCAGAAGUAAUUGUUUCUUAUUUAUUUAUUUAUUUAUUUAUACAAAUAUUUAUCUACCGCUACUCAUAACAAUUGAAACUUUUAAAUAACACACAAAACAAUAUGAUAGAGAAUAUUUAAAAGUUACAGUCAGAAAUCAGCUAAGCAUUGUGGAAAGAUGCAUUCUUCAUUGGCUGCAUAAUAAGCCUGUAAGGUUUGCAGCAGGUGUUUAAAAGCUGAAACAGAAGGCACACUAAGGACUCCAUUUCUUGUUGUCAUUAAAUGAGGCUUGCCAACUCUGGAAGCAACCGGUGAUGUUAGCUGACUUUAGAAGCUUUUGUCUUGGGAAGUGAGGAAAGUCCCUUCUCAGUGCAAGGAUGCCAUCUGCAAAGCUUAAACAGGUGUGUGUGUGUGUGUGUUUUUACGAGCACUUUCAUUCAGAUCAAACCACGUUCCCCAAACUACUUUUGCCAUCAACGCAUUUCACAAUCUGGGAGCCGCUGUGCAGUCCCUUGGUUGCUAAAUUAGUGAAAUGGCUUUGCCUGUGGGUUAAGCAAUCCUUCCUCCCCCUUGUCCGCAGCACUGUCAUUGACUGUGCCUCAUGCAAAAGGCACAGAUGAGAUAAAGCUUUCGCGUUACUUCUGACGGCAGUCGGGAGCUUGCCCAACUCAUUAAAUAAGCAGCCUGCAGUAAUUCUGACGGGUUCUUACGUCAUCCCAAAGCUUACUAAGAGCUCUUCUACACUAAAUUUGACCCCUCACCUUUCCACCUUUCACCAGAAGCAUUGUCCUCCAGAAUCCUCCCAGCUCAUCCUGCGCAAUAGACGCCAAAGAACUGUUGCUAAAAUGUUCAAAUUAGUUGCAUUCUUUGUUUCAUCAGUACAGCAAUAUCUUCCUGCCUUCCUGCCUUCCUGCCUUCCUUCCUUUGACCUUUUGGGGCAACAUGCUGCAAGUGUUAUCCGUAGCUCGCAUCCAUGACUCAGAUAAGGAGCUCAGGAAAGGGCCAGGGCGCUGUUUUUCCUUCUUCUUUUAGGGAGAAAAGUUGGUGUUUUAGGAACUUCACAGUGUUCGCAUUCCACACACACACACCCUUUAAAAUGCAUGUGGAUAUGAAGAACUUCUAAGCUUCUUGCCUGUUUAAAAGGGACAGCACAGAGGAAGGCUGAGAGGGUUGUACAAUGUCAUGUUUGGGAUGUUGUCUGAAACUUCCAACUCCUAGCAGUGCUUGAUUUAUAACACAGAACACAACUACUUUACAGUAUGAUCGUGGGACAUCCAGCAAGUAUAAAACAAUGCAGCUACAGAAGAACAUGGAUCAUUCCCAAAAUAUAAUUAUAAAUGGGCCUCUUACAUAUGUACCUUAAGUAUGCAUAUAAACUCAGUGAGAUGUAUGAGCUUGCUUUUGCUGGGUAAUCUCGUUUAUAUUAGGUUUAAUUUGCGACAAACAAGCUCUCAUCUCCUCAUCAACACAGAGAAGCCUGUCUCUUCUCUGACCUUUCAUAUUGAAAAACCCUCUUCACAACAACAUGUCUUGGAGAACUGCAGGAAGAAUAGCCAGCACUCUUGAAUACUGUUUCUGGUUGUAUAUCCAAAUUAUUUGGAUACCAUACCAUACUGCACUGAAAUGUUUAAAUGUUUCUUUGAUCGCCCUUGAAUCUUCCUGCCCCACUCUUUGAGAACCUCUGCCCUGGGGCACAUGAGAUGAGAAUUCUGGACUGAAAAGGCACAGAGGGAGAGGAUCAUAUUAGAGCUCUGCUGAAAAUUGCUCAGCCAUGAGAAAAGAAAUUGCAUUGCAAAACAUGUCAAAGGGGAGAUAAAGAAAUUGGUGAAAUUCUGAAGGGUGUGUGUGCCUGGUUUAUAUCACGCUCGCCUGCCUUUUGAGGUGGCUGAAGGUGCUUGAAAGUGCCUUUUCUUACCUCCAUCUCACUGAGUGGUCUGUGCUCCGGGGGAAUAUUGCCAGGAGGAAACUCCUUCCACAAUGCUUUUUUCAGGCAGCUUGGGGAGGUGGCAGAGUGUUGGAAAAAUGUUUCCCGGGAAGGGAAAAAGAAAGAAACACGCCACCCUCUGCCACAUUGCUGCAACAUAGUAAGCUCAAAUCCCAGCACCCACCAAGAUUCUGAAGUGUCCUGAGAAUGAAGGCUUUAAAAAAAGAUUGUCUAGGCUUUAGGCUGUUAUUAAUUUAUUAGUUGUUUUUUUAAUCGACAAUUUACCAUAUGGUCCCAUGGUGGGUUUUAUAAAGUUUGUAUACUGCUGGUUUUAACCGCUCUCCACCAUACGUAUAGUGUUGUUUUAAUGUAAUAUUAUUGUGAGCUGACUUAGGCUGCCUUUGGAGAGGAGAGACAGGUAAUAAAUUUGGGGGGAAAGUUAAUGUUAAACAAUCGUAUCUACUUAGAUCCCCUCCCACGUCGUUUCUGGUUAAGACAAACCGUCAUCUUGACCAUUAUUGCCUAUUAUUAAUAUUGUUGUAAUUUCAUUUCUUUUUCUAGUCCACCCCAGGAUAGUUAACAGUAAAAUGCAACGUUAAAACCACAGUGUGGAUAGAUGAUCCUUGGAUAGAUGACAAUUCCUUGAACCUAUUAUAUAAUAAAUAUGCAAUUCAGCAGUAGACUGCCUUAUAGCCCACUGGUAGAGCACCUGCCUUUUACGCCAGAGGUCUCAGGUUCCAACUGUUGCAUCUCCUGGCAGCACUAGGAAAAACCCCUGUCUGAAACCCUGGAGGGUUGCUGCCAGUCAGUGUAGACAGUACUGAUCUAGAUGGACCAGUGGGUCUGACUUUGGUAUAAAGCAAUGUUCUAUGUUCUGAUAUGCUGCAAAAGCUGGAGAAAGUAAGUAUUAAGCUGGCCCUGAAUGAGAAUAAUGUGCCGGGCAAUCUGAUCACAACAACGAGGGAGUUCCCUAGCCAGGGUGCUGCCACAAAGAAGGCUCCGCUUCAUCCACUCCCCUACCAGAGUCCCAUUCACCAAGGGCACCACAAACAAGGGCCUCACUGGCAGAACUCACAGCCCAGGCAUGCCAUGAGAGAGGCAGUCAUUCAGCAGUUUGGAUUCCGCCAGCGCCUUGAAUAGGACCCAGUCACUGACAGCCAGCACAGUGCUUCCAGGAUUGCUGUAAUGUGAUCCCAUCUUACGUCCCCUAAACCACAAACAGGCAGCAGUGCCCUGCACCGGCUGCAGCUUCCAGGCCGCCUUCAAGGGAAGCCCUCUGUAGAGUUCAUUGCAGUAGUCAAGCCAGGCAGGGCUUAUCAGAGCACAGACCCAGAGGUGGGUCAUCCCCAUCCAAGAAAGUAGAGUGUAGUCAGUGGCUAUCAGAAUGUGCUUGGGUCCUUGUUGCGAGUUUCGCUUAGGCAUCUGGCUGGCCACACUGAGAGCAGGAUUAGAUGAGCCAUUGACCUGAUCCGGGCGAGCUCUUCUUAACGUUCUUAUGAUGACUGUCAUCGCUAUUGGCACUUUAUCUCUGUAUACAUAAUACGCUACUGAGUCUCCCAAGUGCUAGACAGACACUUUAGGCGUGUGGGGCUGCCAUAUUGCAGUCUGCCAUUGCCAGUCUCCCUCGGCUUACGGAAGAGUUUCUAGUGUGGUUGGGUAAGGCUGCUGCUGCUUGGGACACACAAAUUUGAUUCCUCUCCCAUGUCCUAUGUUGUUCUUCAAGUCUGAGCUCCAACCCUCUGUAGGAAACACAUUCCGUCUACACGACCCUGGUUCUUCCAUCAUGGCUGAAUCCCACACAUGACGAUGUUUGUUGCACCUGUUGUUCUGUCUUGCUCUUUGUUCCACCGAAACAAUGUUUUUCCAGAAAUCUUCUGUGUUUGCAAAAUUCCGUGGUGUUCUGUCUGUCUUUCCUCCCCGUUCUUUUUUUUUUUUAAUUGCUUCCCAUUGGAUCUUCUUUUUUUCUUUUUUUUAAAGAAAAAAAAUGUGCUGCACUUAGCUUUGACUGUAAUCCAAGUGCUGUAUUUUACAGGCUUCCUUUCUCGAAAGGGUAGAUUUAUCUGACAUCCUAAUUUAUCGCUUGCUCUGGGGGAGACGGAGCAUCCUCCGGCAAUUUAUUACCAUUAAGUGGGACAGAAUAUUGCUAACCCACGAGAAAUCUGUAAAAAAUUGCUCUUGCCUCUUUUUUAAGUGGGUUGUCGAGGUUCCCAUCCCCCCUUCCCCAUCGUUUUGAACCCGAAAGCAUUCCUGUUUCCUUCCCUGGCGCUUAGCCGCUGUCAUCGCCUGGCAAUCCUAAGUCGAGCCAACCUGAACACGUGGCAUUCUUGAGGACGGUUUGUGUACUCGGUAACGGGCGAACCUCUUCUCGGCCUCUCGAGGCUUCCGAAGAGAGCGAGACCGCAGGAUGCCAGCUGUUUGUGAGCAUGUUUGUGGUGUUGGUGAUAGUCAUUUUGAUGUUUACUCUUAACACAGCCUCCCUGCAACCCCCGUGGCACCUCCUGAUCUUUUGGACUGCAAAUCCCGGCCGGCAGGCCUUGUGGCCCGAAACCUCUGGAGGGCACCUGGUUGGGGAAGGCUGCUAUAACAUGUCUUCUUCCUUCCCGUCUCUGUGAGUCCCCACCCCAUGCCCUCUCCCCACCCACCCAAUUGUUAAUGGCUUCAUGUGAUCUAUUGCUGUGUUUUCCUCUAGUUAGGCCUGGCAGGAAAGGACGGCGGCGGGUCUUCAGUCUCUCGGAGGCUGACAGUCACGGUGGACACUGGGUUUAGGCCUUCCGGCAGCAGCUGCAGCAGCAUCAAUCCUUGCAAAAUCCCUUCAGGCAGGUUUCUCCUUGGAUGUGUGUGUGGUGUACGGCUCCCCUUCUCACUCCCCUCGUCCUCUCCGAAAAAGAGAUUACGGGGCCAAGGGAGUGUUGCUGCGAUCCUCUUCCACGCAUGCAGAAACAGCCAGCUGCUGUUCACAGUGCAGUAUCUCACAUCCAGGGUGUAUAGAGGCCUUUUCCACCCUUCCUGGCUAAUUCCGCUGAAAGAGAGCACCUUGGUUGUUCAGCCUGGCUUCACCCCACAGCCACUCCCUUGCUUUCUUCCUUGAAACAAAGAGCAGCUCUUCCCACUGGGUUGCGGGAAGGUUAUCCAGGUCUCCACCGGAAAAGGCGGUCCCAAGGUUCAAGAUGCCAGACUCCUGUAUCUUUUGGCUCUUGGGUAGCGUAAGGCUCUUACCUGGCACCUGAGCUGUCGGCGGCUUAGUGUUCGGCAACUGGGAACUCACCUGACAGCAGGUGAUCAAGGGAUGGAGGUGGGAGUAUUUCUGCCCCCCUGCCGUAGCUUCAAGCAUCAGUUCAGAUAGGUGAGAAUGAACCCCAGUUCUCAGAACCUUUUAGCAGGAAUUGGUUCAGGCAAGCUGUGUUCACAGCAUGACGGAAUUGGAGUUUUGUGUUUCCUUUCAGUUUUUUUUAAAUGUGUAAAGUCUGUGUUGCCGCUUUCUCUGUGUGUUGGACGCUUUUUGGCUCCCUUCCUUACAAUAUUGUUUGCUACCUGCUUUUAUUUGCAGCCAUUGUCCUUCGAGGCCAUGAUCAGUUUGCUUCUGUAUAUUUUGAGAUCUGCCUUUUCCUUGCAAAGCGGGGAGCUUCCUUAGGUUCUCAUGAGAAUUUGAGGUACCCCCCAUCCAUUUCCCCAGAUCAUUUAAUGCCUAUCUCAGGGCAUGGGGAAACCGUGGCCCUUCUGAAGUUGCUAGACUACAACUCCCAUCACCCCUGACCAUUGGCCACAUUGACUGGAACUGAGUCCAGCAACAUCUGAAGGGCUACAGCUUUCCUAUCCCUCUCCAAACUCUUUAAUUUGUCUAGUUCAUCUUGCCAUUCAGGUGCUGUUUGGUCCAAACACUGGUGACAGUGGCAGGGACUUCAUUUAUUUACCUUUCAGGGGCAUUUCUCUUUACGCCAAAGUCAAAGCAAGUAAGGAUAAGCAUUUUGGGACAGAAAAGUACUUUCCGCACAAACAUUCAGGUGUAGAAAUUAACCCAAAAGGUCUCCCUUUCCAUUCUGACUUGAUUUUCUCCACCCAAUGCCUCUUCUUUAUGUUUCGGGUGGAUGAAGGCAGAUAAGAAGCCUCCUUCUGUGUGCAUUUUUGACAUGUGAAGACUGACAGUGAGCCGUACACAUCUUGCAAAUCUCCCAUCAGGCCACUUGCAGACCUUGCAUGGCCGUGAAAAGCGAGAUGUCCCUUGAAUUCUGCCACCCACCACCAUCAGUCCUACUUUGCAGCAGAGCUCGUCCAAUUCUAUCCCAUAAUUCUAGGGAAGAAGGCGGCUGUUGUGACUAUAUAGCCUGCUGCAUUGAGGAAUGACAGCCAAAGAUUCCCCGGCCUGCAUCUUCGGCUCUCUUUGAAUUGCAGCAAUAUGAAGGGUGAAUUUUACUUUUCAGGGAAAGCUUCAGUCGAUAGCAUUGAUCAGUCAAUUAAUCCUCAUAGCCCAACUGAGAAGUGCUAUAGAGAUUGUGCUCAUUAAUUACUCAAUGUCUCUCGGCUUGCCGGCAUAUCGGACAGCAGAGACUAGCAUGGUCCCAGCGGAUACAGAUUCCAGUAGUGCAAAAGAAAGAAACCUGUCAAAGCUGUCUCAGCAGUAACCCAUCUUCUCCAGCCUGCCCCCCCCCCCCGCCCACAACCUGGUGCCCUCCAGUUUUUAUUGGAUCACUCCCCACAUCAUACCUGACCAUUGGGCAUUCCAUAGCUUAUGGGAAUUGUCAUCCCACAAAACCUGGAUGGCACCAGUUUCGGGAAGGCUGAUCCACACCCAACACUGAACUGUGCAGGGUGAUUUUUAAGAGACUAUUGGCUGAGGUACAUGUUCUUACACAAGCCCUUGGGCAAGAAGCUAGAAAAGACCUCUUUGCUUCUCAUACACAUUCUGUGAUGUCCUUGCCUAUCCUAAGGUCCAUAGUGCAGCUGGGAGUUGUGCCCAGAAUCUCUUGUAAUAUUAUAGGUGAUCCUGGGGCACAGGAUCCUGGGGCCCUUUCUUCCCGUGCUGCUUCAUUGCAGGCCCUAAAUGUUUUAUUAUUAUUCAUUUAUUCAUUGUUACAUUUCUGCCCCACAUUUACUCCAAGGAGCUCAAGGUGGCAUACACGAUUCUCCCCAUUUUAUCCCCACAACACUGCUUUAAGGCUGUGAGACUGUGACUGGCCCGAGGUCACCCAGUGAGCUUCAUGGCUGAGUAGGGAUUUGAACCCUGGUCUCCCAGGUCCUAGUCUGACUUUCUAAUCCCUGUGCUACAGAUGAACUUGCUUGUACAGUCUGGACAGUCCAGGCAUGAAGGAAACGGUUAAUAAUAAUAAUAAUAUACCCCCCCUAUCUGACUAGGUUGCCCCAACCACUCUGGGCAGCUUUCAACAAAUAUAAAAACACAGUAAGACAUUAAAAACUUCCCUAUACAGCGCUGCCUUCAGAUGUCUUCUAAAGGUUGUAUAGUUACAGUGGUACCUUGGUUUUCGAACAGAAUCCGUUCCGGAAGACUGUUCAACUUCCAAAACGUUCGAAAACCGAGGCGCAAAGGACGGCCUGCAAUUUCAAUGGAGAAAAUGGGGGGGGGGGGAGAGACUCAGCGGAAGCCGUUCGACUUCUGAGGUCCAUUUGAAAACAGAAGCAAUUACUUCCGGGUUUUCGGCAUUCAAAAACCAAAACAUUCAGCUUCCGAGAUAUUUGUAAACUGAGGUACCACUGUACUUGUUUCCUUGACAUCUGACAGGAGGGCGUUUCAAAGGGCGGGUGCCACUACCCCGAAGACCCUCUACCUGGUUCCCUAUAACUUCAUGUAUUGCAGUAAGGGAACCGCCAGAAGGCACUCGGAGCUAGAUUUGUGCAGCCGGGAAGGGACUGGCCAUACCCUGGUCUCCUAAUUAGUGUCUAUCCACUUCCAGAGACAGGGCCUGGACUGACAAUUCGCGUGGGCUCAGUUUCACAACACGUCAUUCUAGUUCCCAUUCUUCCUAGUGUUUUUUCCCCUUGGGCAUUAGAAGCCACAGAAGCUGCCUUAUUCCCAGGUCAAGCCAAUGGUCCACAGACCAGCAGUGGCUCUCAAGAGGUUCUUCUAGUGCCGAGGAUUGAACCUGAGACAUUCUGCAUGCGCGACGUUGUACUGCUGGGCUGCAGCCCUUCUCCGUUCAUUGUUAUUUCCUUCUCCCACUCCCCUUACCAAGAGAAUUGAACUGGCUCCAAUGGGCCAGACCGUUGUCCCAUCUAGCCCAGCAAGAUCUACUCCAGCUGGCUCUCCUUGGCAGAGAGAGAGGCCUUUCCAGGGAUGGAACCUGACGUAAUUGUUAUUUUAAACAUUAAAAAAACAUGUUCUGCCAACGACCUCCCCAUUACUGAAAACUGGCUGGAGUUUUACUCCCUCCCAGCUGACUUCCUUCACAUGUUUGCAUUAGCCCAGCUCCCUUUCUUCUGUGUGUACAUAACUCCUCCCUCCCUCCUGUUCUUGCAGAACCCCCCCCAAACCUCCAACAGACAGUACAGAAUCCCAAGCUCAAGAGUAGACAUUCAGAGGACCUGCAAUCUGCAAUCUUCCAUUGCGUCCUUCCCUCUGAACCUCUGCGAUCAGGCAUCCCCACCACUUUGCCAGCACAGACUGAAUUGGUCUGCGUUGUAUUUGCAUUUUCAAAUUCAAGGAAACGCUGGUGGUGGUGGUGGUUUCUCCCACUUGCCCACUCUGAGCUGAAGCAACUCUGCCUUUUUCUCCUCUCCCUCCUUUUUUGGCACAAGCCCUGCAUCUUUAAGCAGCAAAACACAAAAAACCUUCUUAAAGGGGUGGCACACCCUCUCCCCGCUACAUAUCUACUCUUCAAAAAUGUGGGAAGGAUUGGGGAGGGAGAGAAAGAGCAAUGGGUGUCACCAUUUCCUCUGCAGCUUUUGGUCUCUUUUUUCCUUUCCUUACAGAGCCGUGGUUUGGGGCUGCCAAGCAAAGCAAAAAUUAAGUUAUAUUUCCCGGACAUUAAAAAUAUGCAUUGGCUGGAAGUCCUCUUCUGCGAAAAUAAGCAUAACCAACCCUUUACCCAUGAAAGGAACUGCUGUCUGUCAUUUCAACUCCACCCAGCCCUCUCAUUUCCCCCACUGUACUCAAGUUUAAUUCUCAGCUUCCCUCUUCCACUGCUGGUUUUGGCUUUGUAGUGUUAUUGUUUUUUAAGUUAUGCAGCACCCCUGCCUCUCUGUAGGAUUUCUGUUAAUUCUGCACAAGCAAGAGUUCCGUUUGAGAAUGCCAAAUCCAUUGUGUCCACCACUCACUGCAUUGCUUCGAGGGUCGUUCUGCAGAUACCUUGUGCUGAAAGGGAGACAUUGGAGUCGGUUUGCAUUCGGCCAACUUGCCCAGUCUGACCUCCUGAAACAAAAUGCAAACCGAAGUGCUGCCAACCGUUUGAAAUUUGCGCUUCUCUGAAUUUUGCAAUGCGGUUCUCCAGCCAGCUAAUGCAUUCGAAAAUGCAUGUGCUGGGGUGAGAUGUCCAUUGAAUUGUACACGAUAGUGAAAGCAGUGUACAAACUGCAUUAUGUCAGGGGGACGCGCUUUGUAGAAAUGAGCGUAGGAGGCAGACUUGCACACCAAAAUGUGCAAGGAGGAAAUCGCACUAAAAAUGCUGGAGAAUAUCCAUGAGGAUUUUUUUAAAAAAUUGCACACUGAGAGUGGAUAAGUUUUUAGAAUAAGAAAGUGAAUGAUGCUGUCAGAACAGCAGGAUAAAAACAUUUUUGUGGGACGUGAUAAGAGAGUGCUUUCUGAGGUCAGUGGGGUCCCCUGCUCUUUUAGAGGCCAGCGGUGUCGCAGGAUGCACUUAGAGGAGAUUAUGUGCCCAUCUGAACCAAAAUGCCUGGAGCAGUUGUCUCUUGGGUGUCACAAAAGCUGGGGAUGUUCUGCAGCAGUCACACAAAGAGAAGCAUUAAGGGAAACACAGCUACUGAAAUUGCAUUGCUUGGUGCAGCUAUUUCCCUCUCUAGUCAAAGCUCACCUGUCCAGGGCUUCUUUCACCCAGUUUCUUUCUUUAUUCUGGACAGAGUCAUCCAUUCCUCUGUUGCUGUUCUUGUUUCCCAGAAAUCUGUCUCUUUCUGCCCAUGGGUCCUUGUACCCAGAAGUGCCUGGAAUUGGGGGCUGCUUCUGUCAGUGGACACCCACAGGGGUCAGGGAUUGCUCCCUGAACAGUAUCUUCAGUACCAACCAACAUAAGAGGACCGAAAGUGAGAUUGUGCAGGGACAAUCUGUUAAAGCUUCACAGCCCAUCAUUGUUUUAUUUCCUUCUAAACCUGCAUUACAGUUUUAAACUUCUCAGAGAGGAAAGCAGGAAAGCCUGGAGGUAAGGAUGGCAAUAACAGUAUCACAGAAAUAACCACAAAGCAGCAGCAGGCAUUAAAAUAUUAUGCCGCAAACAAGUCAGCAAAAGAUAGUAAGACCUUGCCUAAAAAUGCAAAUCGUUAUCAUGCUGUAUUCUCAGUUGAGAGAGCUCGUCUUCCUCUUUGGCAAUCACUCAUAGCCAAGUAAGAUUGUCUUCCAUCGAGAAAUGUCUAGCUAGUUAACAGUGUUUCUCAAACUUAGGUCCCCAGCUAUUGUUGGACUACAACCCCCAUCAUCCCUAGCUAGCAGGACCAGCAAUCAGGAAUGAUGGGAUUUGUAGUCCAACAACAGCUGGGGACCUAAGUUUGAGAAACACUGGAAGACACCUUAGGUCAGCUUUCCCCCAGCCCUGGCACCCUGCAGAUGUUUUGUGCUACCACUUCCAGCAGCCUGCGCUGACGGGUUGACGGGAGUUGUAGCCUGAACCAUUUGGAGAGCGCCAGGUUGAGGAUGUCUGCUGUAGGUGGACCUGGUGCGUCCCCUAGAUGUGCCCCUUUCCUGAUCUCAGCAAACGGAAAGAGAUAACAGUUGCAAAUCAGAGGUCCUCUUUGUUGCUGGAGGGGCAAGGUCAAAUUUUCAUAGUCUUUUUUCAAUUUUAAUUUUUAAAAAGCCCUUUGAGAGUGGAAUGCGUUUUUCGAAGAAGGGAUUAAAUAAUGUUGUCAAAACAGCAGGGUAAGAAGAAUUUCGUAGGAAGAGAUAAGAGAGUGAGUGAGGGAAGCCAGAGAAAGGCAAGGCAAGCAGAUUUUGCAAGUAAACACUGGGAAUAAGCACUGAGUUGGCAAAAUUAAAACCACAAUGUUGAGUUUUGGUAUUUGCAUGAAGGUUCUGCAGAACUAACCCUUCUUCCAUGCUGUUUUUUGUUUGUUGUUGUUUUAAGCUACAACAGCUCCUGGUUCUUGCCACGGGUGCAAUGUAGUCAAGUAGCACUUUCCACAGGUUAACUAGGACUAAAGUUGCACCAAAGGACUGGGUCAGUGUCAGGCAGCUGUCUGUGUUGCUAGGGAGGCAUGGGGAACCUUGUGCAACCUUUGGCCCUCCAGAUCUCGCUGGACUUCAAGUCCCAUCAGCCCCAGCAAGUGCAUCCAAAGAUCAGGGAUGAUGAGAGUUGCAGUUCAGCAGCAUCUGGGAUGCCAAAUCUCCCCCUGCAUCUAAACUAGGUUAUCAUGGAAUCCACAGGUGACUUGAGGCCAGACUGUGUCUGAACUGAGAUUUGAGCCCAAGCCUCCUUUUCACCACCCUGAGAAAUUAUGUUUGCCAUGCACAAUAUUAUCCUUUUACUGCAGCUAUGCCCCACUUUUUCUCUCCAAGGAAUUCCAAGUGGUGCUCAAGGCAGUUUCUCCCUGUCCCCAUUUAAUCCCCACAACUAUCCUGUGAGGUAGGUUAGGCAGAGAGGCAGAGACUGGCUUAACGUCACCCAGUGAGCUUCGUGGCUGAGUGGGGAUUCAAACGCUGGCCUCCCAGGUCCUAGUCCAGCUCUCUUUGCCGCAUUGAUUUCUAUCUGAAGAGGUGGCCCUUUUCGGUUAAGGAUAACGCUCAUUACACCCAGGCAUAAUAUGGUUGUUUUCCUUCUCUCUCUCUCAUUCGCCUGAACAGAUGACUCAGCAGCCACUGAGCAGCCUCAGGCAUCCUCUGGUCACUUGCCGGCAGCGGACGACUCUUCUGCGCACAACUCAAAGCCUGGCAAGAGGAGCACAGAAGCGGAAACGGCCAAUUUAUCUCCCAGCCUCAUUCCUGCCCCGCAGCCCACCAUCUCCCUCAUCUCAAAUGACAGCACGGACACCUUGAGCGUGGAGUCCCUGACGCUGGUCCCGCCCAUCGACACGGACAGUAUUCUUGCCGUCGGCGGCAAUCAGCCGCCAGCCGCAGAACCAGGUGUUUCCACAGAGACCGACGGACAACAAACUUAGCCGUGCGUCAAACCGUGGCUCAGAGCGUCGGGGACGCGAGCGAGCAAGCACUCUCCCGCGAGCAGUUGAGCCAGCGGAGGCGUCACUGGCUGCUUAGCGACGUCCCUCAACCCGUGUCCAUCUGCGUCUCUUGAUGAAAAUUCAGCGUGCGAGGCGGGCUUUUAAAAAUAAAGAUGGGAGGAACCUUAAACUUCAGUGCAGGACUGGCCUUGCACGCUGGUGUUACAGGGAGGCGGGAGGAAGGAACUUAAGGGAAUUGGUGACGGACGGUAUUUUGGAAGUACCUGGCUGCUUCUCCCUCUUUUCUGUUGCUCGUUUUUAAUGCCACUGUCACAGUCCCACCUUCAAAAGCCAUGACUGCAACCGAGCAAACUAAACUCUGUCGUGAUCCGAACCAGUUUUCUGUCCGUGCGGUGCUUUUCCACUUCAUUUGGAGGAAAGGGCCGUAGACCAAGGAACUUUAGUAGGGUGUGUGUGUGUGUGUGUGUGUGUCCCAUUUGGGCAAAACUUCCUUCUAGCCUGCUGAGUUCUAGUUUUCAUUUUGUUCGGAGGCAUGAGCAUUCUGUUGGGAAUCCCAGCCAAGCUGGCCGCUUGUAUUUAUAGCACUGUAAAACUUUAAUAUCCAACUUGCGUGUAUUCUGUGUCUGAAAUAAUUUUAACUUGAAGUUGUACGCACAUCUGUUGGCGGGGGGUGGGGUGGUUUUGCAAGCAAACACGAGAAAUUCGGGUCUUUGGCAUAACUCUAAAGGGCUUUAUUUGGAGGAAUUGCGGGCAAAGUUUUGUGUAAGAGAUUUCAGAGGAAUGUAAAAUAUUUUAGCAUACUGAUGUCCUCGUUUAUUUUGUGGCUUCUUUGUCGUCGUCCUUGGUGCUCUCCUGCCGCAGCAGCCUUCAGAAGGAACUUUGUUUAUAUCCUCAUAAAUCCAGUUCGCAUCCU